GUCUUUCCCUCAGCCGCCGGCCGCCAUGUUGUGCUAGCUUGCUUCGAGCUCCUCGGCGGCGGGCGCUCAACCACCCACCCACCUCCCUCCCUCACAGCGCGGCGGGGCCGAGAGAAGCAGGAGGGGCGCGGGGGUCCUCGCAGGGGCCCGACGCCAUGGCAGCUGCCUUGGGAGGAGGAGGGGACGGAGGAGCAGGUACGGGGGGGGGGGAAUUCUCCGCCCGCGAAGGCCGAGGGGGCGCGGCCGGCUCGGGAUACAAACGGCGGGGCCCAGUUGCGGGGCGGGGAGGCGGUUGGGGGGAGUGUGCGAGUGGGGAGGGGGCUUCUGAUCUCGAAGGGCGGGUGGCACAGGCGUCCCUGUAGCCCCGUCGUUUGCUCGGAAGGAAGUCCUACUGUUUUCCAUAGGGUUUAACCCCGCCCCCUCAGUGUUUUUCGCGCGGGGGGUGUUAUUUAGUAAGGCCUGUAGGAAGCAAAAGCGGAUCGUGGGUUCUAAAGUGGCGGUCGUGGGAUGAUCCUCUAUCUCUUGAUACAGUGACAGGAAAUAGCUAGAGGGCCCCGCGAGUUUCGCCUGUGCUGGUGGGGUUGCUUCAUCUACAGAUUACGUCGAGAGGGGGAGAGAGAUUGGUCAGAGGCGCGCAGGGUUGGUUCUGGGGUAUCGGGGAACUGGCAGACGGGGGAGUAGUUAUUUGGGGGGGAGUGACAAGCGGUACGAUGCUCUUAUGAAAGGGACGCUUGAUGCUGGAGCUGCCCCGGGAGUUGCCAACUGCCUUCAUCAGGGAGGUGAGCCGUCAGAUGUUCGUUGGACUCCCAGCUCCCAUCAGUCCCAGGCAGUGUGGCCAGCAGCCAGCUGUGAUUGAUGGGAGUUCAAGGCUUCUCACUUCUGAUGAAGAGCGGGCCACCAGAAGUCAAUGCUGAAAGACACUUAUGUGGGUCUGAGGAUGAAUUAUGGGCGUGUUUCUAUAGCUAGGAAAGCAGGAGAGACCAAUCUGAUUUGUAAGACUGUUCCUUGAAAUAGGGGAGAGUCUCAUGUCACAAGUGUGGACUGCACUGUUUCCAGAGUAUUUGAACAAGUGGGGAGUAAGGACUAAAUGAUCUGAUUUUAUUCAGAUUGGGUUGCUUCUCUCUUUAAUACUUUUUUACAUAUUGUUGCACUCCACCCCAAUCUGUGUGGUGCGAGAUUUGAGGGGUUCCAGACACUUACCCAGGGCUUGUUUUCCUCUGAAUGAGGAACAGCAGAGACUGUGAUGUCUUUAGGAUAUAUGGUUUAUUUACACAUAUAUACAACCUGAGUUGCCAAUGGAGGGCCUUGUUUCUCCCAUAGGCACAACUUUGGAUUCAUAGAGAAAUCAAACAUCUCUGAGUCUUUCUCCAGCUUGCUGCAUUGCUUCUAACUCACAUCACUCAACUCUCCACUCUGGCCUUUUGCCUUUCUAACUAACACUCAACUGCAGAACUGUUCCCUUAGCUGGCCUGGCUAUUCCAGCAAUUGAAUUUGUGCUGGAUCCAGGAAUUAAAAGGAAGGCUCAGUCAUGUUAGUGCUAUCAGUGAUUCUUUCAAUACUGCUGUGGUAGCAUGGUUCAGUAGGGAAAAAAAGUAUUUUAGUACUAUGUUCCCUCUUCUUUGCUAGGUGAAUUUAAUUUUGUUUGGGGUAACCCAUCUGUAGGUUAGAAACUUUUUUUGAACAUUUUAAUCGGUUUUGUUUUUUGUUCCCAUCAUAAGAAUGUAUAGUUACUUUACCUGAAACCAUCCUAGAGUCCCUCAGAGUUUUUUCAACUUGCUUGAGAGCAACUGAAGCAAUGACAGUUAAAAGGUCUUGAAGUAGUAUUAGAGAAGAAAUAGUGCCAAACUGACCUGAGGAAAUAUUGAAUUCCAAUUGAGUGUCUUGGUAUUACACUAUUAGAUUUUAUUUGGAAGCUCAAAUAUUAUUUUUGCAAAAUUCUGUUUGGAUUUAAAUUAUGAAUUGUGAUUGCAGUUUAAUAUCAUUACUUUGUCUGGAACCUUAAGAUUUGUCAGAGUACUUCCUGAAUGCUGCUGUCAGAUAUAUCAUGUACAUUACAGUGGUGCCUCGCAAGACGAAAUUAAUCCGUUCCGCGUGUAUCUUCGUCUAGCGGUUUUUUCGUCUUGCGAAGCAACCCUAUUAGCGGCUUAGCGGAUUAGCGCUAUUAGCGGUUUAGCGGCUAUUAAAGGCUUAGCGGCUUAGAAAAAGGGGGGGAAAGCGAAAAAAAUCUCAAGACUCGCAAGACAUUUUCGUCUUGCGAAGCAAGCCCAUAGGGAAAUUCGUCCUGCGAAGCACAUUGAAAACGGAAAACCCCUUCGUCUAGCGGGUUUUCCGUCUUGCGAGGCAUUCGUCUUGCGGGGCACCACUGUACUGUGAAACUUCUAACAUUCUUGUGUUACAUAAUCUUCCUUGGAUUGGAAAAUUGUUUUAUAUUCCAACCCCCACUGUUCAUUGUUAGCAUUCCUAGAGACUUUUCACUCUCUAAACCAGUAUUUCUUAACCCUUUUUUCUCUGGGCCACACUUUCAGAAUAAAAAUUUGCUUGCACUGCACCAUUUUUUAAAUUGAUAACAAGAAGAAGCAACUCCUAGCAGUGCUUGAUUUAUAAAAUAGAACACAACAACUUUAUAGUAUGAACAUGGGACACGCAGAAAGUAUGAAACAAUGCAGCUACAUAAGAAAAUCAUUCCCAAAAUGUAAUUACAAACCAGGAAAUCUCAUUUAUGUUAGGUCUAAUUCGAGACAAACAAACUCUCAUCUCCUCAUCAACACAAAUAAACCUUUCUCUUUUCUGAUCUUUCAUAUUUAUGAGAGCUGAAAAUCUCUGUUCAUAACAAUAUGUUGUGGAAAGUAUGUUGUAGAAGAAUAGCCAAUACUAUUCUCAGAACUCUGUUCAAUUGGCGAUUUUGGAUCACAGGAUUGUCCUCAGUAUCACUUGAUGCUCUUGCUCUCAUUUUGAAAAGAUGCCCCAUGCUCCGCAAAUAAAAAAAAUACUUUGAUACUAUAUACUACACUGAAAUGUUUAAAUAUUCCUUAGAUUUUCCUUGAAUCUUCCCAACACACUUGCCAUCCUCUCCUGCCACACCAGUGUGACACCCCACACCCUUUGAGAACCACCUCUCUUAACAGAACUAAUUGCCUGGCAGACACUGGUUACCUAAGCCACAUUUUGCACAAUGGGGCCUAGAUUCAUUUCUGGAUGAAGGUAAUACUUUGACUGCUUUCUUCACAGUUAUAUGAACAAUUGUCAGGUAGCCUUUCUUUUUCUUUUCUUUUUUAAAUCUUGAAAUUAAUGAGAUCUUCAGCUGAUAUAAGAAAGUCCGAAUGUAAACUUGCAGGGUGGCCUACCAUUUGUCUUUUCAGCUCUUGCCUCAAUGGCUUAUUAAACCUGGCUGGGUCCAAGGGGGUUGAAUUGGAGGGUGCAGUGUGUGGCAAAUACUCAUUGUGGGAGAGGGAAGUGCCAUCUGUGCUCAAUGAGGACUUCCUUGGACACUGAAGUUCCUAACAAAUCUUAUAGUCACCAAUAUCCUCUUUUGGCAAGGGGAGGGGGCAAGGUCCUUGAGAAAGUGGUAGUGACCCAACUACAAGCAUACCUUGAAUGAAGUGGAUUAUUUAGAUCCUCCUUAAUCUGGUUUAAGGCUACUGAGUUUGUAGUAAUUGAUUACUUUUGUUUGGGAGAGGAAUGCAGGGAGUAGAGCCUUACACAUUUUUCAGUUUGGUGACUCUUGAUACCGUUGAUCAUAGUAUUUAUCAUUCUAGUGGGGCUUCAUGGAUUGAGGUUGGGAGGCACUAUUUUGCAAUAGUUCUGUUCCAGAGGUUAUUCCCAGAAAGUAGCAUUGGGGAACUACCAUUCAGCACCAUGAGAUAUGACCUGCGGUGUCCUGUAGGUUUAGUCUGGUCUCUGAUGCUGUUCAACAUCUAAAUGAAGCUGUUGCAAGCUGUCAUCAGGAGAUUUUGAAUGAAGUGUCAUUAGUAUGUUGUUGACACCCAGCUCUGUCUGUCUGUCUCUUGCCUCUGAAUCAGGAGAAGCAGUUGCCUGAAGGUGGCAUUGGGCUGAAUGUGUGCCAGCACAUUGACAUUGAAUCCAGACAAGAUGGAGGUGUUGUGUGUUCCAGGUUCUUGGGUUUAGGAAAUGAAAGAUCUGCCAGCUCUGGGUUGGGUUGCACUUGCCCUGAAAGUGGGAGGGGGGAUACUGCUGGAUCCAGUGUGAUCAUUUGAAGCCUAGGUAGUGAAGAGUAUCUAGGUUUGUCAGCCAUGCCUCAUCCUUGAUGGAGAAUACCUAGAAACAGUAGUACAUGGUUUUGUAGGCCUCUGUAUUGGAUUGUUGUAAUGUGCUCUGUGUUUGGCUGACCUUGAACACUGUUAGUUGACACUUCUGCAGAAAGUGGCAUCCAGGGUGCUAACUGGCCAGGCGCAUAUUGUGCCACUCCUAAAAGAACUGCACUGGUUACCCGUUUGCUUCUGAGCUCUAAUCAAGUGGUUGUUGCUGAAGUAGAAAGUCCUGAACAACUUGAAAUAUCUAUUCACAGUCAUCUCCAGCACCUUCAUUUUACCUGGAUUAAGUUUAAGCUCGCUCACCUCCAACCAACCCAGUAGAGUUUCCAGACAGGUGUUCAGAGUUCAACAGCCUCCUUGAAAUGAGCAGACAGAAAAAUGAGUCAUAGCUGAAUGUCCUCUUCAUAUUGAUGACUCAUCAAUCCUAACCUUGAUGUGGCUUCUCCCAACAGUUUCAUGUAGAUGUUGAAACACAUGGGGGAAUUGUUCUCCUAAGAGUCAUGUCAAAUGAAUUUGUGAGUAAUAACAAGAUCCAUACUUAUAGUAGGCACAUUUAGCUUGUCAAAAGGUACAUUUGUUUGUUUUAUAAACUUAGAUCCUUGCCUUAAUACUAGGACCCUGGGGUGGGUUACAACAAUAAAUACAAUAAACCAUCUGCAACGAAAGACAUUAAGAUUAGCUAUAUAACAGAACAUUUAAUAGUUGUUGUUUUUUUGCAGUCUCAGCUUCAUUCUGCAUUAAUAAGUCUGAUGAAAGAGGCAGGUUUUCAGCUGGUGUCUAAAACUAGACAUUGGUACCAGUUGAAUUUUCAGAGUGUGUGCGGUUAUUGAGAAGUUUUUUUCAGUGGAACAGCCACAAGGAGGAGUAAUGGCUCUCACAGUGUCAGUACCUGAGUAGUAAUGAUGGCUUUUGCAUAUUGAAGAGGAUGUCACGUGACUUUUUGUACAGAGGUAACAUUUCAGGGCAGGAAAGCUUUCUGAAACUUUUGUACUGUUUUAUUGUUGUUAGCCGCCCUGAGCCCGGCUUCGGCUGGGGAGGGCGGGAUAUAAAUAAAAUUUAUUAUUAUUAUUAUAUUCUUGUUUGCAGAAAAAAAAGAAUAGGCUUUCUGUCAAUUUCCUGCAUAUGCAUGGAAUGUCUUUCACAGCAAGAAGGAGUUACUGAAAACUAGGAAUUGGUGGAGUUUUAAUGUUAAACCUCUGUUUUAAAAAUAUCAGGUUUUUCUGUUAAAUUAAUGUCCAUGGCAGCUUAAUAGAAAUCUUAAAUGCAAAAAUCAGCUGAGACAUGUACCACUUCAGACAAGCACAGAAAAUAGUUAUUCUGAUCCCUUGCUUUACAAUAUGCCCUUUAGUCUUGUUAUUAAUAAGUGGCAAACUUAAUUUGGUUUUCUAUUGUGCAUGUUAACCUAUGGAACUUGCUGUCAUAGGGUGCUGUGGUUUUUACCAUUGUAACGUAAAAUACCGUAUUUUUCGUUCUAUAGGACGCACCGGCCCAUAGGACGCACCUCGUUUUUUUGGGGGGGGGAUGAAUAAAAAAAAUUAUUCCCCCCCCCCGCCGCGGCUGCCGCCCCAAGCCUCGCGCACUCGGCGGGACCUCCUGCCGGGCGCGCAAGGCUUGCAGACACUCGCCCGAAGCACGGGGAGCCCUCCGGAGGGCUCCCGUUGCUUCGGGCGCCAAGCUGCAUCCCCAAGCCUCGCGCGCUCGGCGGGACCUCCUGCCGGGCGCGCAAGGCUUGCAGACACUCGCCCGAAGCACGGGAGCCCUCCGGAGGGCUCCCGUGCUUCGGGCGACAGGCUGCAGCCCCAAGCCUCGCGCGCUCGGCGGGACCUCCUGCCGGGCGCGCAAGGCUGCAGACACUCGCCCGAAGCACGGGAGCCCUCCGGAGGGCUCCCGUGCUCGGGCGACUAGCUGCCGCCCGAAGCCUUGCGCGCUCGGCGGGACCUCGUGCCGGGCGCGCAAGGCUUGCAGACACUCGCCCGAAGCACGGGAGCCCUCCGGAGGGCUCCCGUGCUUCGGGCGACAAGCUGCCGCCCGAAGCCUUGCGCGCUCGGCGGGACCUCCUGCCGGGCGCGCAAGGCUUGCAGACACUCGCCCGAAGCACGGGAGCCCUCCGGAGGGCUCCCCGUGCUUCAGGCGACAGGCUGCAGCCCCAAGCCUUGCGCGCUCGGCGGGACCUCCUGCCGGGCGCGCAAGGCUUGCAGACACUCGCCCGAAGUACGGGAGCCCUCCGGAGGGCUCCCGUGCUUCGGGCGACAAGCUGCCGCCCGAAGCCUUGCGCGCUCGGCGGGACCUCCUGCCGGGCGCGCAAGGCUUGCAGACACUCGCCCGAAGCACGGGAGCCCUCCGGAGGGCUCCCGUGCUUUGGGCGACAGGCUGCAGCCCCAAGCCUCGCGCGCUCGGCGGGACCUCCUGCCGGGCGCGCAAGGCUUGCAGACACUCGCCCGAAGCACGGGGAGCCCUCCGGAGGGCUCCCUGUGCUUCGGGCGACAAGCUGCCGCCCGAAGCCUCGGGCGCUCGGCGGGACCUCCUGCCGGGCGCGCAAGGCUUGCAGACACUCGCCCGAAGCACGGGAGCCCUCCGGAGGGAUCCCCGUGCUUCGGGCGACAGGCUGCUGCCCCAAGCCUCGCGCGCUCGGCGGGACCUCCUGCCGGGCGCGCAAGGCUUGCGGACACUCGCCGGGGCUGCAGGCUGCUGCCUGCAAGCCUUGUGAGCCCGCGGGAACUCCCACCGGGCUUGCAAGGCUUGCGGAUAGCUUCCUGAAGCCUGGAGAGCGAGAGAGGUCGGUGCGCACCGAUGCCUCUCGCUCUCCAGGCUUCAGCGAAAGCCUGCAUUCGCUCCAUAGGACGCACACACAUUUCCCCUUCAUUUUUGGAGGGGAAAAAGUGCGUCCUAUGGAGCGAAAAAUACGGUAGCUUACAUUUAUUUAAGAUGAUUCUCAGUGGAGCACCCAAGUCCCAAUUGAUAAAAGCAACAUAAUAACAGGCAAUCAAAAGAUCAAAGAAAGCAGAAAGCAGUGGCAGUGAACAGCAUCAAUAACAUAAUGGAAUUGAGAAGAUUAAUGGUACUACUGGCAAACUAGAAGGAUUCUUUUCAGUUUAAUAAGUCUAGUAUAUUUUUCAGUUCUUCUGAUAGAAGAACAAGUGUAAGAGCAAUUGGCAAGUUCUAAGGAGAGAAAAUGUCAGCACUGCUGUUUUAUGAUCUGUGAUUUUCUUUCUGUAUUCUUGUGCAAAUCACUAAAUGUCUUCUGCUUGCAGAUGAUGACUUUGAUCAGUUCGAUAAGCCUGGUGCAGAAAGAUCUUGGAGGAGGAGAACUGGAGAUGAAGACUGGGACAGGUAAGCCCUUUUAAAAAUGUUUUUCAUUAUAUGGUAUUCCAUUUUAUUUUGAGUUUGUAUUUUGUAUCCUGCUUUUUUAAAGUGCAAAUUCAUACACUAAUGAAGUUAUCUGCCUGCUGUGUUUGUGUCAUAUGCUCAGUUGUGGAUAAUGUACACCUGUCGUGAAGAGCUUAGUCUGGAGACAUGAACAAGUCUAGUAUAAUGAAGAACAUUGCAUAAAAUGUUGGCAGGGUAAGGCUUGCUCUUGCAGUUGGCUUCAUAACUAAAUGUAGUUUAGUUAAGAAGAGAGAAUUCCAUGGGGAAAAAUAUUUUUUGCUUUAAAGCAUAACAUGUUUUAUCUUGGAUACAAACAGGUUCCUAAAAAUCCUCUUAAACAUUUUUUAAUAUCUAAAUUGACUUUUGCUAUUUUUCCUAUUAAUGCUAGUGGCAAAUAUUAGAGACUUCAAACCCAGGACUACCUUCUGUUGUGAUGCAAGCAAAGGGUUGUGCUGCAUUGGCUUACAGCAGCAUCUUAUACAAGGCAAGUUGUAGAGAACUGCAUUGUUGGUGCCCCUAGAUCUUAAGGCAAACUGAAUGCAACAGCUCCUAGCAGUAUUGAGUGGCUAACACAUUAUCAUUCCUGUAGAUCUCAAAACAGGUUACAUAUUUAUUUUUUGUUAACGUUUUUGUGGUGCCCUUAAAUAUAAACAUUUACAAACUUACCAAAGUACGAUUAAAAUAAAUAAUAGAACAGUAAAACACAGUACUAAAAAACAGGUAACAGCAAUAAACAGCAGCAUUAAAACAAGCAGUAAGAGUUAAAUAAAACUUGUGGGAAAAUAAACAAAAGUCUUUGCUGAUGCUGAAAAGACACCAGGAUCGGUACCAGGCAAAUCUGCCAGGGAAGAAUGUUCCACAAGCAGAGUACCGUCACAGUGAGAGCCCUGUCCCCAGUAUUCAGCUAAGAAACAAGACCCUGUUCACCAAAGCAACAACUGCAACUAGUACUGCCACUCUGGCACUAUUUCAGAUGUUCGUAGUAUAGGAAGAGGUGUAGGGUUACAGAUGGUGGCUGUAGCUAGGGAAGAGUCUCUGAAAAUGCUAUCAUUGUGUACAGUUAGGUUCAAGUGGCCUAUAAUAGUUGUGCCCUACACUCUUUUGGUACUCUGUACUACUUUGAGAUAGUUCCAGAGUGCCAGCAAUGGUGAUUCCUGCUGCUUUAGUCAGCAGCCAGGACAUGAGUGCAGCAGGGCAUUAUUUCUUUGCAGCACAGCAUAGGAUCAGGCCCCCAUGGUGUAAUAUUUGCACACAAUCCUUUUUUCUUCCAAAUGUUUCGCACUGUGAACACCACUAGAAUGGCAGCUUGCUUUUAUAUCUGGUUACUACUACUUCAUAGCUGAAUUCUUUCUUGCCACUUGGAAAGGAUACUGGUGUCCCCAUCCCAGUUAGCACCUGCUUUUCAACAGAGCAAAUGCUUCCACUUCUUUGUGGGGUGGGAACAGAGGAGAUGUGGAGAAAGAAAGUUGCUGGUAAUCUUUGAUAAGAGGAAGGAAUAGGAAUUGUAGGUUACUCAAACUGUUGCUUUUUUCAGCUCGAAUAGUUGAUUUCUCUUAGAUAUGUGUUCUCUUCAGAAAUUGUAUAGGUGAACUUUCACUUUCUUUCUAAUGCAGUAUCUUUAGGGUGGUUUUGAUGAAUGGCCUCCUGACCUAUUGUCCUGAACAGCAAUGAGCAUUUCUCCCCAUGCAUGUUUAAUUUCAGGAAAAAACAUUAGGAGACUGGUGUUCUGUCAGUGGUAAGGGUUCUAGCCUGAGUGGAUGUGUGUGCUAGUUCAGGGUUGCAAGGUCAUGCACUGCUAGUGCCAGUUCAGAAUCCAGUCAACAAAGCCAGGUCAAGGAGAGACUGGAUUCCAGUUGGGCAAGGUUUAGUAAUCUUGAGGUUGGAUGCCAGUGAGCAUGACCAAGUAAGAUCAGGCAAAGAAAGCAGAGGUUGCAGUCCUAAAACAGCAGUUACAGUAAGUAGCACCCUGGAGAGCUCCAAACAGAGUCUAGAUAACUAAGACAAGACAGGCUUGAAUGCUGCUCCAACAUAUGGCAAAACCAGACUGAGCUAUCGGGGAGAAGGAGUGAUAAUAUCUUGGUGACCACAAACUUGAGUCAAAAGAACCCCUAGCAAUGUUGAUAAUGUGUUGGAAUUACAUUAUAUGAAGAUUGGCAGUCUUCCUUUGUGACACUCCUUAUCCUCAGUAAGUUCCCUGCCUCUUUCCAUGAGAGGUUUACGCUGUGGUAAGUAGCUUUUCUUGAAAGGAGUUAAAUCAAGCACUAACUAUGGUUUUGAGACUGCUAAUCUUUCUUUAAAAUUAGAUACAUCAAAAUGUGUUUUGCAUUUGUUCUAUUUAAUUUGCUGUUCUUCAGUACUGUUAAGAGUCAGUGGGCAAAAAUGAUCUGGAGGAUUCAAUAUUAAAUAACUGGUGGUAAAAUGGAAACCAUAAGUUCUUUUAGAAUCAUCAUGAAGCACUGUGUAACUAUUUGUCUCUAGCCUUUAAGUCACCUAAAUAAUAAUAAAUUUAAUUGUUUAUUUAAAGUAUUUUUAUCUCACUAUUCAGACGAAAGGCUCCCAUAACAGCAGAGUUUUUAUUUUGGUGGUUUCCUAAAAAAACCUGUUUUUGAAAUAUGGCAACCCUGAAAUUGCUUCCUCAUUUCUAUAACUUUGACUAUUUUAUGAAUUACUACAAUAGCUUUUAGAAUCCUUGCUUCAGAAAGCUCAUUGUAAGUCUGUGAAUGAUUUUUUCUUCCAGUGAAUUAGACGAUGACUUGCUAGGAGAAGAUUUGCUGGCUGGCAAAAAGGUAAAUAAGUAAGCUGUAUGCAUAAAUAUGUAAAAAAGACAUUAACUUCUUUGGUUCUGCCAGUUUUCUGUUUUUGUAGAGUGUAUUGGAGCAGCUCUGACAGUAACCUGAUUGUGUUUAUCUUCAAGCAUGUGCUUGUAUAUGGCAGCCUGAAAAGAGUUCAACAAAACCAGGUUUCCCAGCCGGUGCUAUUUCUUUCAUGUAUGGAAUGAUUGGCAGUUUCUCCUGCUUGCUUCACAAAGUGGUGUGAGGGCAGUUAUGAACAUAAAUGUACACAGAAGCUACUGCUAGAAGGACCUGUUAUAAGGCCAAAGGUUGGUUAUAUAGAGCGGUUGCAUUGAAGGGAAACUUGAAGUAUGCAAUAUUCUUGUUUAAUAAUGACAAAUAGCUCUUUUUAAACUCUCACCUGAAUAUUUAGCAGGAGCUUUGUAUACCAAGUAUCAAUGAUCUUGCCAGGCAAGUGCAAAAAAAUAGAUAUUUGAAUACAGGAUUGAAAACCAUCAGAUUUGCAGCAUUCAGCUUUUCUGGCCCUUAUAGUAGUGCCUGGAAACAGACAAUCAGUUCAUGUAUCAACAGUAGUGACCAGAGAAGAAAUGACCGCUGGGAGGAGCACAGAGAGAAUAAACUCCGUGGUGCAACUGCAGCAGCAAAACACCUUCAUCUGCCCCACUUGCAAUAAAGCGUGUAUCUUUACCCCUGCCAUUGUCUCCUGAGACAGAUGGAUGCCAAAAUGUUACUAGCGCUUUGUGAAAUUAUGGAAAUCAGAGGAGGGCUGAGAAAAUUUCCCAGAGGUUUGGAGAUGGAAAGCUUGUUAGGCUCCUUUUAAUAGCUGUUUUCCCAUUUCUGUGGGCUGGCAAAAGUAAAAUGAGCAUAUUGAUAUUAUUUUAUGCAUAGUCGUGAAUUCAGCAAUUUGUGUUUUCUUUGCACUGAAAAAUACCAGUGUUCUCCAAAGUAUGCAUUGCUAUACUUGAUGUAGCUAUUAGUCCUGUUUGAUGUUAAACAUGGAUGCUUUUCUUUGAGACAAGAUCUGUGUAUGUAGUAAAUCAAAUGAGGAGGGAAUAUCCAUUAUAAACAAGGUUCUGUGGUUGCUGUGGCAAGUGGACCCCAGCCUGUAAUGCAUUAUAGCCACCUUCCCAGCUUUGGAGAUGUCUAGGCACACAAACCAGCAAGUUACCUCUUUCUAGCUCCAAACCCUAGAGUGGAGUAGGGGAUUGUGUUUGAUCUCAUACAGAGCUGCAGUGCAAGGUCAACAAAGGAAGCGUUAUUGUGGUUUGGCUACUAGAAUAGCAAAAAUUGUGGGCCACAAAGCAUAAACACUUGUGGCAAGUACCCACUCUCUUACUGACUUUGAGUCAUGACUUGAAUAUCAUUGACUUCAGUAGGUCCAGCUAACUUGGGUUUGGUCUAACCUAUUGUUUAGUACAAUCUAGCCCAGGCAUAGGCAAACUCGGCCCUCCAGAUGCUUUGGGACUACAAUUCCCAUCAUACCUGACCACUGGUCCUGUUAGCUAGGGAUGAAGGGAGUUGUAGUCCCAAAACAUCUGGAGGGCCAAGUUUGCCUAUGCCUGAUCUAGCCUCUUGUUACUUGUGAUGCGGUUUGUUUAUACUGCUUCUUAAACCUAUCAUGUGGUGGUUUCCCUAUCAUUUUCCUUGCAGCGUUUUUAAACAAAGCAAACAGUAGUAGAUCUGUUGUCUCAGUUCAUCCCUGUUGCAUUUUUGUUAAUCUUCUACUUAACAAUCAAGCUAUUUCUUUUUUCAAAGAAUUUUUUUAGCCUGCUUUUAAAAUUGCCUUUUUUGGGUUAAUAUAAAAUUGUAUAUGUUGUCCUUUAAAACAAGUUGUACUAAUAUGCCUCUUUUUUGGUUACCUGACCUGCUUUCUGUUGGAUGGAAACAAAUGUUGACAACACAAUUAACAAAUUGGAAGGUGUUCAGAGCAGCAUAACAGCUUAUCCAACCUUUAGCAAUUUUGCUGCUGUUCUCUGAACUCCUUCCAAUUUCCACACACUUUCUGUCUCUAGAUCUUUCCCAGUUAGCCUUUCAACCAGGCCUUCGGCUGAUUUAUAUCCUAUAUCCUUUUAAGUGUGUUGCAGGUGUGUGUUUUCUUGUUUUUCUUGUUUUUAUUAUGUAUUUUAUGGUUUUAUUUUGUAUUUAUACACUGUGAACUGCCCUGAGAUCUUUGAAUUAAGGGCAGUACACAAAUUUUAUAAAUCAGCACAUAAAAUAACAAAAAUAACCUUUAGAAUAGCAGCCUUUAGAUGUUGAGUAAGAGAGAGCUGAAUAUACAUACGUUUGUUAAAUCCUAAGUGCUUCACCACCACACCUGCCCAAUAAAACCCACUUUAUUGUCCCAAGGUCACAUCUUUUAAAUAUUCUGUCAUGUAGCAUGCUGCUGUGAGAGGAGUUUUUCUGUAAGUUCAGCAGUAAUUGUUGGCUUUUUUCCAGUUUUGUUUGGUGUUUAGUUUUCAUGGCACAGUUUCUGGUCUCUUGUCUUGCUAAUAGAACCUUCUAGCCAGCAGUGUUGCCACAAACUUUGGUACUACAAACUCCUAUUGGUAAAGAGAUCAAGUUAGAAACCCUAAUAUGUGAUUGUGCAAAAACCAGAUUCUUUUUAUCUUCCCUUUGUGUGGCCUCUUGUUCAUUUCCAUUCCACUACUCUAUAAAUAUUUAUAUUUAUAACAGACACUGGUAUGUUUUUCAUAGGCAGUAGACAUUCUUCAAAUGUAAGCUCUGAUUCUGAGGAGUCUUGUAAGAUCUCACGGUUACCACUUUCAAACCACUUUAUUAUUUAUACCAGCCUUCUUCCAAGGAGUUUAGGGUGGCAUACACAAGUCUCUCCCUUCUGUCCUAACCUUCCUUAACAAAUUGUUGUAAAGCUUAGAGAUAGUGAUUGGCCCAAAGAUGCCUUUUGAGUUCAGUAAGCCUACAUCUUAUGCACAUACCUUGUGCGCAUACAGCUUUAUGUGCUUGGUAAUAAUAAUAAUAAUAAUAAUAAUAAUAAUAAUAAUGGAAAAGAGGGGUGGAAAUGGGGUGGACGUAGAGGAAAAACUGCUUUGACAAUCCCUCCCACCAUUGCACCUGAUGUGUUUUGAUUAUACACAAUUUUGGCUUUAGGCCCAAUCCCUGGCACAUAACCCCACGUAAGUUGUCGCCUUACUGUAUUGAGACUGAGCUGAGAUUUAAACUUUGGAUUCUCUGAUUUAAAUCAAACACUCUUGCCACUGCACCACACUGAUUUUUUAUUACAUUGUCUAGCCCUAAUAUUGGAAAAUGUGCUUUCCUUCUUCAAAGUCAGGCUGUUGCUGUGAGUUUUGAAAUUGCUUGUGAAUGUUGAUUUUUUUAAUAUGAAUUUUCAUCAGUUUUUUAUGCAGCCCAUUUAAAUACAAAGUUUUCUACUAUUUUCUUCUAAUCCAAUGGUCUUCAGCUGGUGGGUUGAAGCAGCCUGAUUGAAGGUGGGUCGCAACAGGAGCGCUACCACCAUGUAUAUAUGUGGUAAAAGAUGUUUGGGUUAAAAGUGGGCUUUGAGUCUGAAAAUAUUGAAGAUAUCUAAUCAAUUGGUUGAUGGGCUGUUCAGAGUAAAGCCGUAGAACAGUGUUAAUCAUGAAAGAAUGCUGUUUAACUGAUAAUUCCCUUGUUAAAGGUUCACUGCUGAGAGAGCAGCCUUCUUUGCUGUGUUCUUAAAUGUUACAUAUUGGGUUAUCUCAAGGGCAAUUCUUUAAAUUUAAAAUUUAGACGCAGUCAGAUAUGUCAGAUGAAGAACUGAAUGAUGAUCUUCUACAGAGUGACAACGAAGAGGACCAACAUUUCAGGUUUGUCUCUUACUACUUCGCCCCAGUAAUGUAAUUGGGUUUCUAGAUCAGUGCCUUGAAUGAGUCUUACCGAAAUAGGGUUGUACACGUGUUUCACACUGGGAAGAGAAGUUACUUUUUACAUUGAAAGAGUAUGACUAGAAAUUCACAUUUGAGACUAAGUUGAAGAAAAUACAGCUGCUAUAUAGAGCCUGUUUUCUCAGAUGCAUUCAGCAGUGCUAUUCUGAUUUUAAAAGUUGGUUUCCAUUUUGGAAGCCAACAGGAGUUUAUUUUUAACGAGACAUUCCAAUUGAAUAAUUGGUUAAAUUUAGGCCUGCAAUAUAUAAUUGUCUAAAAAUAUUUAAAAAUAAAAAUAUUUUAUCUGCUAAAAAGUAGUUGUGUGGAUUUGUCUGAAAAUUUUGUAUUUUCUUACAUGAAUUAUAAUAACAGGGUAAUUUGCAUUUGAAAUUUUUCAGUCUGCAUUGACAGUUUUUCUAAAUUCCCAGAGUGACAGUUAGCAUGUUUAUUUUACUUGUGUUUAGUGAACAAAGCUGAAAAUGUUGAAAUUGCCAAGCUUAUCUAAUAUCACAUAUGCAGUUGUCAUUCAUUUAUUGUUACUAAUGAAUGUAUGAAACAUUUUUUUCCUGUAAAACAAUAAAGCACUGGAAAAAAUUCCAACCCACAUCACUGCUAUGUUCUGUAGCAGUGAAUACUUCUGAAAACCUCAGAUGGCAAGCCCCAUAUUUCCUUGUGUAGGUAACAAGGCCUCUCCUUAGGUGAUACCUGUGGUAACGUGCAUAAUUUUAAACACCUAGAGAGAUAUCCAAUGAAGUCUGAGUAAUCAUAGAGUAGACCCACUGAAAAUAAUGAACUUACGUCCAUUGAUUUCAUUGGGUCUAUUCUGAGUCUGGCUAACAGUGGAUAUUAUACAUUAGAUUGUUGCCUAAGAAAGGUUGUUUUUAUUCAUACACAAACCUAACAAUUUGACUGGAUUACAGUUAAUCUGUAGAGUUAACUGGUCAACUAGGUAAAGACCCCAAGAUCUCCUGCAACGAUUUUGCAAAGUUUUUUGCAGAUAAAAUCACUCAUAUUCGGAAGGAGCUAGACACCACUGUGGGAGCAGGGCCGGGGCGGGAGAGUGCUAGAGCUCUGUCUGGUCAAGUUGCAUGGAAUCAAUUUCAAUCCGUUACCCCCGAGGAUGUGGACAGGCUGCUUGGAUGCGUGAAACCAACCACCUGUCUCCUUGAUCCUUGCCCAUCCUGGCUAAUAAAAGCAAGCCGGGAAGGGCUGGGCGAUGGGUUCUGCGCGGUUGUGAAUGCUUCCCUCUGUGAGGGAACAUUCCCAGAUCCGCUGAAAGAGGCGGUCAUUAAACCGCUUCUUAAAAAACCAUCUUUAGACCCGGCCAGUAUGGCCAACUAUCGCCCAGUCUCAAAUCUUCCAUUCUUGGGCAAGGUGAUUGAGCGCGUGGUUGCUGAACAACCCCAGGGACAAAGGUGAGAGUAGUUUCCUGGUUCUGCUGGAUCUCUCAGUGGCCUUUGAUACAAUCGACCAUAACAUCCUUCUGGACCGUCUAGAGGGGCUGGGAGCUGGGGGCACUGUUAUACAGUGGUUUCGCUCCUUCCUCCUGGGCCGUGUUCAGAAAGUGGUGGUGGGGGGAUGAGUGUUCAGACCCCUGGGCCCUCACUUGUGGGGUGCCUCAGGGUUCCGUCCUCUCCCCCCAUGCUUUUUAACAUCUAUAUGAAGCCGCUGGGAGAGAUCAUCAGGGGAUUUGGACUGGGUGUCCAUCAAUAUGCAGAUGAUACCCAGCUCUACCUCGCUUUCAAAUCAGAACCAGUGAAGGCGGUGAAGGUCCUGUGUGAGUGCCUGGAGGCGGUUGGAGGAUGGAUGGCGGCUAAUGGGUUGAAGUUGAAUCCUGACAAGACAGAAGUAUUGUUUUUGGGGGACAGGGGGCGGGCUGGUGUGGAGGACUCCCUGGUCCUGAAUAGGGUAACUGUGCCCCUGAAGGACCAGGUGCGCAGCCUGGGAGUCAUUUUGGACUCACAGCUGUCCAUGGAGGCGCAGGUCAAUUCUGUAUCCAGGGCAGCUGUCUACCAACUCCACCUGGUACGCAGGCUGAGACCCUACCUGCCCACGGACUGUCUCGCCAGAGUGGUGCAUGCUCUGGUUAUCUCCCGCUUGGAUUACUGCAAUGCGCUCUACGUGGGGCUACCUUUGAAGGUGACUCGGAAACUACAACUAAUCCAGAAUGCGGCAGCUAGACUGGUGACUGGGAGCGGCCGCCGAGACCACAUAACACCGGUCUUGAAAGACCUACAUUGGCUCCCAGUACGUUUCCGAGCACAAUUCAAAGUGCUGGUGUUGACCUUUAAAGCCCUAAACGGCCUCGGCCCAAUAUACCUGAAGGAGCGUCUCCACCCCCAUCGUUCUACCCGGACGCUGAGGUCCAGCGCCGAGGGCCUUCUGGCGGUUCCCUCAUUGCGAGAAGCAAAGCUACAGGGAACCAGGCAGAGGGCCUUCUCGGUAGUGGCGCCCGCCCUGUGGAACGCCCUCCCAUCAGAUGUCAAAGCGAUAAAUAACUACCUGACAUUUAGAAGACAUCUUAAGGCAGCCCUGUUCAGGGAAGUUUUUAAUCUGUGAUAUUUUACUGUAUUUUUGGUUUCUAUGGAAGCCGCCCAGAGUGGCUGGGGAAACCCAGCCAGAUGGGCGGGGUACAAAUAAUAAAUUAUUAUUAUUAUUAUUAUUAUUAUUAUUAUUAUUAUUAUUCUUUUAAUUGGAUGGAAAUCCUAAUAAUUUGCAUUGGUGCACAACUUCAACAUUCAGUCCCAUACACUCUUCUGCAUUAAUUUGUUCAUCUCUGUGUCUUUAAUGUGUCAUAGUUUUUUGAAAGAUAGGCAGGAAAACUAGAGGAUUGUUACUUCUGGAUAGUUAAGGGCAUUUUAAGGUGGGGGAGGUCCUAUAGUUGGCUAAAUUCUGGCUUUUACUGCAGAAUUUGUUGGUUAACUUCUUCUGAAUCCUCAAAUUCUAGAUAAGACAUUUUGAGGACACAUUUAAAAUAGAACUUUUACAGACGAUGCAAAUUCCAAUUCAAAGUCUAUUCAAACAGCCCUACCCCUUUAAAAGCAUUAUUUCAUUGUAAGAAAUAAAAGUGAAUGAAAGUCCAAAUUGAUAUCUGGCAGCAUUAAUGUAGCUCAGGCUGAUGAGUAGUGAGUGUUGUGAUAGUGUACGGUAGUCUGAGAAUUAACAUGAAUUGCAGCUUGCUUGGCUACCUUGUACUUCUUGUCAGCCUAACCUGUUAGACCAUCUGGUUGGUUUGAUCCCUCUGGUCAAAUAGCCUGCAGCUGAUGAUAAGCUGUGGUAUAAGUAUGCAUAUUAUGAGUUUGUGGCAUAGAGUCAAGUCGAUGUGUGAGCGAUGCACUUUGCUAUUGAAUGCAGACGCUCUGUGAUCUAUGUGCAUCCUGCACAGAAUGCACAUGCGCACAACCUGCUGUCAUACUGUGGUUAAUGUAUUGAUUUUUAUCUUUCCUUUUUUUUACUCUUAUCAUAGUACUCAAGGUGUCACAGUUAGUCUUAAUGCUACAUCUGAAGUAGCUACAUCCUUUGAACUCUCGGAGCAUGCCAAUGAUCAGUCUGUUGAGCAAGAUUCAGAGUAUGAACAAGGGGAGGAUGAACUGGGCUAUGACAAAUCAGAAGUGCCUGAAGAGUAUUCUGGGGAAUACACAGAAGAAGGGCAGUAUGAAGGCCAAGAGGCUGAGCUGACAGAAGACCAAAUAGAAUAUGGGGAAGAUCAGGGAGAAGAAGAGAUUUAUAAUGAUGGAGUGCUAGAUCUCGAAAUCAAUGAACCUCUAGAUGAUUUUACAGUGAGUUUCUUUCUAUUGUAUUAUCUGAGAUAACAUUGCUCCACAUGCCUAGGUUUUUAGACUGAUUUGAAAUCUGUUUACCUCCCUAGGGAUGUGGGGAAAAUUAGACCUAUUAUCACUGUCUGCCAGUUUCUUUAUCUAGGCUGUGACAAAGUUUGUGUUGACAGCUUGUUUGGCUGUAGGUAAUGCUCCUUUGUCAUUCUGGAAGGCAGUUGAGAAUCAUGACCUUGAGGAUUGUAUCCUUAAGGAAAAAACAGCUUUGUGUGGUGGGGAGACAGUGCCAAUUGUUAGAAGUACUUAAUGCAAAAGCUUUUAUCCAGGCUUUAGACACGAUCUGAUAAAGUCCUUCGAAGGUGAAAAGAUUAUUGACCUGCUAAAGACAUCUUUAAGGUGCUAAUAUUCCAAAGUGAUUGAUGUCCUGCUUGCUCCUUUCCCCCCCUCCUCUUUUUUUUGUAACUGAGAACUGUCUAAAGCUGAAUAAAGAGGUUGGAGGUUACUUCACCAAAUGUCAUAUGCAUAAUUGUUUCAGUUUAAGUUGCUGAAGCGGUUGCCCAACUUGAGUUGAAAAUAAUAUAACUAUCUGUCCAAAAUAUUGUGUACAAAAAAAUUAUAAAAAGCAACGGAUUCAUUGAUAUUUUAAACUUGCUUCAUUUAUUUCUUGUAAAGCAUGUCGAAAAGUGUUGUGCAAGGUGGUAGAGCAUUUAGUAGUUGGGAGUUCCUAGAAAUUACUCCGUGGGCAUAUGUGAUGAUCUUAAAGGGAAAGAAGUAUACUUCUUGGCAAAACUGUUGGAUUAUAGUGGUGCUGCGCUGCUUAUGAAUGGAGUAGAGCCUUCUCUAAAAUUGGAAAAGAAAAACAUCUUAAGGAAUUGGUGCUAUUUACUCUUAAUUUAGUUCCUAAUGUUUCAUAGCUACAGUGGUUAUAGUAACCCUAACUUACUGUGUUGAAACCAUCCUUUUGUGUUGAAAUAAUCAGGCCUGGUGGCACCUGUGGCCCUUCAGCCGAGCCAGAAUGGGAUGAUGGAGUUUGUAGUCCAAUCUGGAGAGUCAUAGGUUUCCCGCUCAUAGUUUAUACUCUCCUAAACUAGUUGUUUGUGCAAGAGACGUUAGUACCUACGACAUGGAUUGAAUUUAGAGCAUGCUACUUGGGGCCAUUACCAAACAUAAAGGUUCCCAAUCUCUUCCCUCACCCUUCCCUUUAACUAACAUGCUCAAAUUCCCUCUUCCCUUCCUUAUUCAGCCUUAAUCACAUCUAAGUGUUACAUUAAAAUCAUGGUUAACAUUAUUUGGUUUUCCUUGUAACCAGCUUUAAAUUCUGGUUAAGAAGGAACCUUAGUUAAGACUGGCUCUGACAGAACAGUCAGUUGUGACCAAGAGACCCAGGCAGCUUCAGAUGGAAUUUGUGUCCUCCCAAAGCUUCCUCCCACAAGCAGAAGCAUUUUAAGAUUAAAACAUUUUCAUCAUGCAAUUAUUUCAGGAUGAAGAUUAUAUACAGUCCUACAGUGAGCAGCAAGCAAUUGAACAGCAAGACUAUGUAGCUGAAGAAGAAUUGGAGGAGGUUGCGGACACCCAGACACCUCCAAAUGAGUCGGAAGAGGUACUUUUGAAGAAGUGAAAUCCUAAAGGCAAAAUACUGUUUAGCACAAGGGGUUGAAAAGUAUUUCGAGAAUUGUCAGUGUUUUUGUCUGGUUUGCGUCUGUUCUUGGCAGUCCUCAUGUGAAUCUUUUUUGGAAAAGAUAGGAGGAGAAGCUGUUCAAUGAUUCUUUGUUAGCCUUGCCUUUUGAAACAUGUUCUUUUGUCUAAGCUAUGAGCGGCUCUAUUUGUCAGGAUGGCCAACAUUUCUAAGCUACAGACAGCAGUUGCCAUUAUCAUUGAGGGCCUCGGGACAUGUACACAGUGCGCCUGGAAUUCUCAGCUCCUCCUCAUCCGCUACUCCCACUGUUACCUGUUUCUCCUCUUCUGGCAGAUCUCACAGCUACUUGUAGUUCUGCACGUGACCACUCACUGGCCAGCCCCACUUUUUCUUCUCAUAUAUGAGUUUCCUUAGCUUGUACGUUAACAUUAUCUUUAGGAGUGUAGGCAGUUAGCUGUGGUAUGGGUUUGUGGCAGUAGGCCAGGGUAGAGGAGGGAAAGGAUGAAACACACACCUCUCCCCUGCAGACAAGACCUGGAGAUUUGAGUAGUUUAUGCUUUUUCUCUUCAUUAUUCUCUUAUUAACACCUGAAGCGACUUUGAAACAUGAACUAGUAUGCUCUUGGCCAAAAAUAAACCUGUUUGGCAUCACUUUGUAAUUAAAUAAGCCUAAUUACAAGUAGGGCUGCACAACUGAUAAGUUGUACAUGGUGAUAACAACUCUUGAUUUGUGUUUACUUUUUCCUCUUUUGGUGGAACUGAUUCAUGUCUCUAGAGCCACUUAUGUACAAUGGUAAUUUAAUUUUCUUCAGGCUCUCAAAAUUGGAGGGAAUUAUCUGCAUUGAACAGACAUCACUGGCCAUCUGCUUGUAAAGAGGUUUAAAUUUAAACUAGUGGUUCCUAUUUCAGUUGAAAUACUGACAAAGCAAGAUUUUAGUUAGCCAGUCUUCUAAAGAGUUGUCAUUAGAAAGUUCUCUUUUCCUGACCUAUCUUAUCCACUUCAGAGUUGGAGGGGCCAUGGAGGCAAGGGGUUAUGAAGCCUUAAGCAAGGCCAAACCUUUAAUAAAAAUGCCAUAUACUAUAUGCCACAAGAAUUCUGACACUUGACACUUCAAGAACUUUGGAUGAACAGACAUCUUGCCAGCAGAUGGAGACAAGAAAUUCAGAGUGACUUAGGGCAGCCGUCCAUGAGAAGACCAAUUAUUACCUGAGCAAUAAGUUCAUUUUUGUUUGACGCAUUUUAUUUUCCCCCCUCUUCUGCAAGAGACUAGCUGCCACUCUUAGCUUUCUCCGCCAGUAUUUGAGGCAGGGGAUUAUAUUAUCCUUUUGGAUUUAAGGUUCUUCAUCCUAGUUCUCAGUUUCUUUUAAACUAGGAAGUUGGAGCUUUAGCUAGAUGGUUUGACAGGCAGUUAGCUUUUUUCUUCAUGAUCUUAAAUAAAGGCUCAUCACCCAAGUUAGUGUUUUCCACAGAACCCACUGGCUCACUUGGCAUUUAAAGCCCAUGGUGAGUUGUAUUUUCUUAAGUCUGUUUAAAGCAUUUCCUGUAUCACAAAAUGCACAUGCUCUACUUGUGUUACAAUGGUAGAGAAUAGAAUUGCAAGGGCUUGAAAAAUGCUUAGAAAGUAAAGUGACUGAACUUAAAGUGCUGAGGCAUCUGGAUGAGUCCAAAUAAUAGAAUAAUACAGCAUUUGAAUAUGCCACUGUUUUUUAUCAUUUUUGAUUCAUUUCAACUCCAUAUUGUGAAUGAAUGUACUGCGUAUGUAAUAAGCACCUCCUCCUUUCCUUCAUGUUUCUUGUUCUGCUGUGUUAGCCACCCCAAGUUUGUAUACAGUGCAUUUAUAUGCCUCCCUCCAUUUCUUUCAGUGGGCUAAACAGCUCCAGGGCUCCAUCCUUUCUGAAUUUUCGAGUCCCAAGAUCUAAAAGUUUUUUCGCCUGUAAUAUUAGUUUUCCUUUAUCAUUUUUGAGCAUGUGGCAAAACCUGUCCAAUAAGGCGUUGGAUAUUGGCUUGAAUUUCCUAACUGUACACAUGAAGUUGUAUUUUCCAUAACCUACAGUUGCUUUCCUCAUGGCUACAUUGUACUGAUGGCUUUAAUGUACCUUGUGAUAAGCAUAGCCACCUUGCUCCCCCUCCUCCUUUGUCAUGCUUCCUGAUGAGACUAUAUUAGUGUGUGAAAGUGGCUGUUCAUUUGUGGGUGAUAGCCCUUACACCUAAUACUAAACAUCUUCCCCUUUUGUUUUCUUCUGGUCUAGAAAUAUUCUAGGAUCAGGAACAGAAUAAGCAAAUCUUGGCAUGUUUUGUACGAACCAGAGAUGGUAGCUUAAAGCAAACUAGUUAGUUAUACACACACUGUCUUCAUAAGUUGGCUUGCUUUUAAAUUGACCAGAGUUGGGUUUUUAAGUAGCAAUCUGUGGGCUCAUAUGACAGAACAAGUAAAGUUUAUGUGAAAGGGAAAUUGGAACAUGUGGGACAUGUGGGAGGAGGAAGCAUGUGAGUCUCAGACUUUGCUCGGGUUUAUGUCAAACACUUAACACUAAAUCAUGAUUUAGUGCUAUGUGCAAAGAUAACCACUGUAAAGUAACUUCACUCUAGCAUUUUGAAAACCUGCCCGACUAAUAAUUUACACUUAUCCUCCUGUUCUAAUAGGCAGUUAUUGAAAACCUAGAGCUUCAAGAAGAAACCAAAGAAGAGUCUGAUGAAGAAGAGGAAGAUGAUGAAGAAUCUGGUCGAUUACGUUUCAAAACUGAACGGAAAGAAGGAACAAUCAUUAGACUUUCGGAUGUAACGAGAGAGCGAAGAAACAUUCCAGAAACUUUGGGUAAGAUUUUUGGUUAGUGGUCAUGGCACUAGAAUUUAGGUGCUUUUAAUUAAACAAACUAACACAUUAUUUGUACAGUUUAGUAUGAAUCUGUAAGCAUUACUCUAAAGUGACCAAAGAGAAACACAAACCAAAGUGUUUGGUAAGUUGGUCUGUAAUAGAGUUUUAGUGGCAAGCAACAAAAAAUAUUUCCCCUACCAUUUCAAUUUUGUGUUGCCUUUUAAAAAAAUGCACAAUGGGCCUGUUUAAUUCUAAUGCCAAUUUAGACUUGUGUGAAUGAGCCUGCAUGAGCCGUGAGCCAUAAGGAUAUCAGAAGAUAAGGCUUCUAGUUUUUGAGUAGUCACGGUUCCCUAUUAUGGCUAAAUGAACUGCAGUUCCCCCCAAGUUUGGCCACAAUGGGUAACUAUAGUCAGUUUAAAAGUGAGGUUCAUGCAGUCUUGUUCAUGUAACAGUAGCCAAUAGCUGCACAUUGAGGUUCAAUUCUGUGUAUGUAACUCUGAAAUUCAAGUUUGGACAUUAGGUGAAAGCACACGUCAGCUGUCGUAAAUCCAUUACUAAUUUUGCAGAAUUAAUUUAUUCUGUUUAUUGGCUGUGUAAUUCUGCCCCAGAGUUUGAUAGCAGAGCAGCUGGAGCUUUCUUUUUAUUUCCUCUAUUCCCUCCCCACUUUAAACUACUUUACUUUUAGGAGGAGGUUGUGAUUUCAUAAAGGUUGGAACAUAUUGCAUUAAUUCAGAAGCUAUUAUUAAAAAUCCAGAUUCUUCUGGAGCAAAUAACUGAUAUUUCCAAUUUCAAAAGCCCUUCUAUUAUCAUAGAUUAUAAAGGUGAUAUGUUCAAAUAAUCAUAGAGAUGGAAGGGACCCCAAGGGUCAUCUAGUCCAACCCCCUGCAAUGAAGAAAUCCUGCCCACAGCAGUUCCUGGGUAGGCUCUAACCACCAACCUUCUGAUUAACAGCCAGAUGCACUGACCCUUUGCACCAAAGGCUCCCAUUAUCUGCCAUUUUUACACGAUCUAUUUUAAGUCUGCAUGGCAGUCAUGCUUAUUAUUAACAUUAUUAACAUGGCACAAGGUAGGAAGGCCUAAAUUAUAAAAAUAAAAACUCCUAAUAGGAAACAAUACUGCAAGCAGUGUAAUUCUUUUUGGAAUAUGCUGUUCAUUCCUUGGUAUUGAUUGGAUGACUGUCAUAAUGGUGACUGAGACUGUUACUGUGUCCAAUAAACAAAGUUGUUUAAAGGAAAAUACUUUUUAAAUGUCCAGGAACAGUGAAUAUCUGUCUGAUGCGUCUCACGUCAGUUUUACAUAAGUAAAAGAAUAUACUUUUGGUUACGUCUAGAUGUGUCUCUCAUUCCCAAUUUGGGAACAAACGUGUUAUCUCUAGGGUGACACGCAAUGUCUGCUCGGCAUGGGAUCAGGUCUUUCCACCAACACACACUUUUCUAGAAGGUUUGGCUGAUUAAAGAUGGUUCUGAAAGAACUCUCACAUUUAUGCUGUCAUCAUAGUGAGGUGGAACCGGCAGGAUUGCUGCUGAAUUAUUUACAGUCUCAGUGUGCCAUCUUGCAAAAGUACAUGCAAACAAGUCUGCUUUUGAAAUGUUCUCAGCUUCAGAAUCAAUACAAAGGCCUUGUGUAGUUUGAGAACAGAACAUGCUGGUUUAUCCCAUGAUGCGACAACCUCAGGAGUGUGUUUUCUGUUGCCUAUCUCAAGGACUGCUUCUCCCCAAAUGAACCAACCCAGACCGUGUGAUCAUCAUCUGAGGCCGUCCUUGUGUGCCCCCUCUACAAGAGGUCUGGAGAUUGGCAACACAAGCACGGGCUUUUCCUUUCCAUUUGUGGAAUGCUGUCACUGGGGAGGCUUACCUGGCGCCAUCAUUACGUAUUUUUAGGCGCCAGGAAAAAAAUGUUUCUUUGCAAAUCAGGCCUUCGGCUGAUUAACUGUUCUGUGGCCUUUUAAAUGUGUUUGUCAGAGGGGGGUUAUUGGUUUGUUUUUGUUUGAUUAUGUAUUUAUGUUUUCAUGUUGUGAACUGCCCUGUGAUCUUCAGGUGAAGGGCGGUAUACAAAUUCAAUAAAUCAUAAUAAUAGAUAAUAGAUGUACCCAUUUAAGGUGCAUCACUGUCUCAGGUCUCUUACGAAAGUAACAGGCAUUUGAACAGUGAUUGAUAGGAGGGAGACCUGCAAAUGGCAGCCUCCAGGAAGGAGCUCUAUAGUUCACAUAUUCAUGUCAACAGUUGUAUGCAUUAGUACUGCCCCCUGUAUUUCUGUAUUUGUACUUACUAUAUUUAGUAUUUAUUUAUUAUUAUUUUUAUACCGUCUUUCACCCAAAGACCAUAGUGUGGUUUACAAUAUAAAAACACAAAAAUACAUACCAUAAUAACAAACAAAACCAAUACUCUGCUCCCAUUUAAAUAAAAAUAUUUAAGGUGGGAUAAAGUAGUGUGCUUUUGAGGAAAGGAAAUGUGCACUCACCAGGUCUCAAUUAGAGGAGUUUGGUACAUGAAACAGGAAUCAUUGCAGAUAUGGUAGCCAGGGCUUGAAAUUUCAGGUUCAUAGGUGUUACAAUACAGAUUUAGAGACCAGUGUUGCAUUGGGCUGAAUAACUUCAGGUUUCUAGGUUAUGAACCAUAUGGGAUUAUCUGGUCUUGAUUUAUCAAACAGUUUGAUAAAUUUGAUUUCUCCUCUUUCCCAGGCUAAACAUGCCCAACUUCCUCAACCAUUCCUCAUCAGGCUUGGUUUCCAAACCAUUGAUCAUCUUGGUUGCCCCCCUCUGCACACACCCCAGAUUUAAUAUCUUUCUUAAAUUGUGGCACCCAGAACUGGACUCAGUAGCUCAGGUGUGGUCUGACCAAGGGAGAAUAGAGUGGAACUGACACUAUAUUUCUAUUGAAGCAGCCUAGAAUAGUAUUAGCUGAUUUUUGCUGCUGCAUCACACUGUUGAUUCAUUUUAAGGUUAUGGUUCAAUCAGACCCUUAAAUGCUUUUCACAUGCACUACUGGUAUGCCAGGUGCAGCUGUUUCUUCAGAUGCCUCCCACUUUUCUUUCUUGUUGGAAUUGUCUGCAUUUGUGCCUUCCAUAUUUUACCUUUAAGAAACUUCCAUUGGACUCCCUUCUCUUUGAGUAUUUCUGACCAUGGGAUCUCACCUAGUAGUUCCUUAAGCUUUUUGAAAUCGGCCUUCUUAAAGUCCAGAGUGGAUGUCUGACUACACUCAGCUUCCUCUUGCCUUUGUUUCCUGAAACCCAAGAUGAGAUAAGCACUUCCUCCCAAUAAUAAAAGAUGGAAAAGCAUACAGCCCAUCAAAAGGCAGAGUUUGAGUUGAACUGAAAGAACCAGGAUAUAGACUGAAAACUGAAACUUGUGGAGUGUUUGAACGUGGUUGGCCUCCCUGAGGUUUGUACCACAGCUUAAAAGGUCUUGUUCCUAGUAGAAGUCUGACUUUUUGGUGUCUGUCUAAAACCAGCACCUUUAGUUAAUCUCAGAAAUAGGUAGGUGGAUAAUGUAGAUAAAAAUAUCAUUUUUCUGAUUGUGGAAAUAGAUAUGUGUGUGUAUGUGUUAUCGUGCUGCUAUCUAGGCAGAAUUCAGCUGGAAAAGGAUGUUAUUGUGAUACUUACUAGCGGAAAUCAGUUGUGCCUAGAAACAUCCACAAUUGCAGAAGCACUUUCACUUUCUGUCCUCUAAUCUGAAAAGUAGUUGAGAGAUUAGUAAAUGCUUCUUACCUAUGUGGGGCCUGUUUAGAAGGAUUAUUUAGUAUACAUAGAAAUAUAUAUGUAUAGUCAUUUAAUUUAUGUAUAUUCACAUGGUCCAGUAAACUAUAGCAUAAAAAUGUCAUAGCUAAUAAAAAUGAAAAGUUGAAUGAAAAAUGAAACAAACUGAUUAGCAGUUUGCAAAGAGUUCAAAAUGACGUAUUUUAUACAAGUCUUUCAGUUAAUUUUGUAUCUUACACCCAAGUUUUUCUUUGAAAAGUCAUUGUCAGCUAGAGCUGUUAAAAGAUCUGCAAUAAUUGAUGUCUAUUAGGGAUCAACCUAAUAGGACUAAAAAAUGUAGUAGAACUGGCGUAAUAAAUAUUACUUUCCUUUCAGUACUGAUUGCUCUUAAUAGGAAUUACGGGUAUAGAAAUGAAACUUGGUUGUAUAGCUACAUUUCUUUACUUUAAAAUCUAGACAUAAGUUGAAAAAACACUUAAAAGAGAAAUUAAUAUUUCAGUGGAAAUUACAAACGUAAUUUCCAUCCUGUCACUUUUUGGUGACCUUUCGUGACAGCUUGUCUCUAUUGGAGGGAAGCAUUCUUACUUGCUGAUUAAAGAUGUCGUUUCAAACCAUUUUAUUACCAAGGAUAGCAAAAUUAAUCUUGACAUUUGGAGGCACUAGAAAAAUAAUUGCUGAUUCACUGCAUUAGGUGUAUGUGAAAGAAUUCUACAGUUAAGAUUGGGUGUCUGCUGGCAAAAAUAUGUUAAACAUUUUCCCUCAUGAAUGGAGCAGAGGCAUCUCCUAAGUGUUGCUUUUGCAAAUGAAAAGGGAAAUCUCUUGGCUUGAAAGAGAUUUCAGGAGAGUAGAUCAUAUUGUAUUGCAUAUAAAAUAGUGUUUUGGGAACUAUGGCCCAAAGAGUGCAUGGGGGGGGGUGUUACUGAUCCUGCCCCCUCUUAGUAGUAGCUACUUGCAGCACUGCUAUGGAGUGUUCCCUGAUCCUCAGAUUUCUAAAAAAGUCUUAAUGCUAUAAUUUGUCGACAUCCAAUGAAACUAUAUAUUAGAAGGUUCAGGAUAGACAAAAGAAAGUGCUUCAUACAGUACACAGCUCUGGAAUUCACUCCCCCAAGAAGUAGUGGUGGCCAUCAACUUGGAUAGCUUUAAAAGAGGAUUAGAUUAAUUCGUGUACAAUAUGAGCUAUGAUUGCUGUGUUUCACCUCCACUGUUGGAGGCAUCAUGACUCUGAAUGCCGGUUCCUGGAAAUCACAGGUGGGGAGAACUCAGGUCCUGCUUUCAGGCUUCCCACAGGCAUCUGGUUGGUCACUGUGAGAACAGGAUGCUUGAUCCAACAGGCUCCUCUUAGGUUCUUAUGAGAGCAUAUGGGCUCUGAAGUGGGAAUGGCAGCUGAAAAGUCCUCAUGCAGUGGAUCACAUAAAGGCCUCUGGAUCCCUUCUCGUUGCUCAUGUGAAGGUGUCAGAUUUCUCAGUAAUUCAACAAUUCCUUUCAAGGGUAUUCUUUCAUGUUAGGUACAGAGCUUUGUCUUAUACCACUUCUCAUAUGUGAUCCAAUCCAGUUAAGAUCUACAUCCGGUACUCUUCUUCAUGCUCCAUCUUCCAACAGGAAGCAAAGCAUGGAGCAGAACCUUGGGACAGGGAUGUCUGAUACGCUGUUGAUCAGGCAUAGGCAAACUCGGCCCUCCAGGUGUUUUGGGACUACAAUUCCCAUCAUCCCUGACCACUGGUCCUGUUAGCUAGGGAUGAUGGGUGUUGUAGUCCCAAAACAUCUGGAGGGCUGAGUUUGCCCAUGCCUGCUGUUGAUGGAUGUUUCCUCUGUUUUAUAGAUACCUGCUUUCAAAGGUGUGAGAUACCCCAAGUGCAGGAGAAGCUGAAUAUAAAGGCUUCUAAUGAAUGAAUACCCAUGGGCAAACUUGUAUAUAUCAGUUGAGAAUGGCACCAAUAGGAAUAAGGAAUUAUGGGUGGAAGGCAGAGGAUAAAGGAUUAUUGGGGAAAUGAUUUCUCCCCUCUCUCCAUCUUGUGUAAAAAAACAAACACAGAACAAAACAAAAACUCUUGACUGGAGGGGAGUAAGAGCCCAUUUUCUCCCUCCUCCCCAGCUGGUUCUUUUUUUGGAGCGGGGGGGGUGGGGGGAAGCUGGCUUUCAUUACAUCCCUGAAGCAAUUGCUUCCUUGCCCUAGCAGAGAUGUGUUAGCACAUGUGGACUGCUCCUGAACAUUCCUCAUAGAAUCAUAGAGGAACCAGGAGGAUCAUCUAGUCCACCCCUCUGCAAUGCAGGAAUCUCAGCUGGCCAUCCAACCUCUGUUAAAAAAACCUCCAAGAAAGGAGAGUCCACAACCUCCCGAGGGAGACCUCUAAUCAGAAUCAUUUUGGUGGAGCUGGGAAGCUGGGCAGUCCUUCUGAGAUAUGAAGAUCUCAUACCAGAGCAGGUUUUCUGUUUUUUCCCUACCAGCUGGGGCAUCCUUAUUGUCCACACCCCCACAUACUAUUUUGAAAUAAAUGAAUAGGGCUGUAUUGUAGUAUGCCUGCGUUUCUUGGGAUUGGGAAGGACAUAAAUCCAACUGUAUGGAUCUGAGGGCUGUGAAGCUACUGCAGUCACACACAUUUCCAGUUUUAGUUUACAGGGGGUGUCGUCCCCUUCUCUGUUUGUGGCCUGGCUCCCUGCAGUCUGUCUCCCCAGGCACUUUUCUAAGCUGUGCUCUGAUGUUGGAAGUGAGCUUGAUUGGGAGAGAAGUGCUUGAUGAGGAGGUAUGCUAUGUAGCAAGUGCAACGGAGCUAUGCACUCAACUGCACACCCUUCUUGCUCUUAAAACUGGAAAACAUACUUUUCUGAUUCUGUGGGACAGGAUCAGAUCAGAGUCGAGAGUGUCAUUUCGAGCAUUUUGUGCUCCUUUAUCAAGGCUGUAAAAUACAAAAGACAAAAGUAAUAGAACUGCAUAACAAGGUUGUCAGUGUGCUUGUACAGCACAGUUGUAAAUACCAGAUUCCUUCAGUUUGGUUUCAUAAAGUAAGGUUUCACGAAGCAAUUAAUUGUGGUGUCAAGCCCCCUUCCUCCUACAAAAAACGAAAGGGAAAAGCUUUCAGGUAUGAGAAGUACAGAGUUGUGAGUUCCAUAGCCAAACUCCAUUUUUAUUUAUAUGCAUUUAACAAAAUUAAUAUACUGCUUACUUAAUAGAAAACCUCUAAGCAUUUGUUUGUGUGUGUGUUGGAAUGAGCAGCGAGAGUUUAGAAACUGAGCAUUAGUAUUGCCCAGGCUUUGCUUUAUUUAACAGCCCCAAAUAUAUUUCUGAAUCUGUUGCCUUAAGUAACAAAUUCAAAAUGAAAUUAAAAAUUAAGCCGUGAGCUCCAUUGCAGUCUGCUAUGUAAUGGCACCUUUAUUGUGAUUAUAGAAAAAGGCAUGCUUGAAGUAAGUUGAAUUAUUUUUUUCCUCGAAUGAAGGGAAAAGUAUUUUCCUCCAUGGUGGUAAAACUGAGGCAUUUAACUUGCUCAAAUAGCACUAGCAAAGCCUUGCAUUUAAUUAAUUUUCUUACAUUUAUAUCCUGCCUUUUGUCUGUAAUGGAAUCCAUCAAGCUUUAUGUGUAGUUCCCCCAUCCAGACACUGGCCAGACCCAGACCUUCAGCAAGGCGGUGGCCUCACUUUCCUUCAGGCCAUAUAAACACUUGUCAGGCAGCCAUAAGCAACAAGAAAUUGCAGGCAAGCAAGGGAGCUGUGUUAGUUCUAUCAAAUCAUGUCCACAGCUUGAGGCUCAGGUUUGUCCUCUACCAUCUAUUGCGGAUUAGAUGUUUGACCUUUCUUCUAGCUUCUGCCGAGGAACCAGAGAAAUUGUUUCUCUAUACAGUUGUAGAGCUCCUUUCUGCUGGAGAUGUCCUGCAGACCAUGUAUAGGGCUGCUUUCAACAUCUGGGAACUAAAAUGGAAGCAUACUAUGGUUAUGCUAUGUGUGUAAAACACAUUUUGUGUGUUAUUUAAAACUGUUUGCAGAGAUUUGCAUCUUAAAGGUAUGCAUUUGGUCUUCCCACAACCCUUUUGCCUGGGAAAAUGAAGAAAAGCAAAUGCUUGACUUUCUGCUAAGGCAGUUCUGAUUGAAUUUAUUGAGAUUUGCUUCAACUGGAAGGGAAACCUUGUAGUGAUAUCUAAAUCUAAAGAAAUAGAGGUGGUGGUUACUGAUGUUGAUCCAGGAAGUUGCCGUGGAAUCAGUUAUAAGAUCCAUUUCAACUAUACAUCUUGAUGCAUUUUAUUUAUACACAUUUUCCAACCUGUUCUGGAAAUCUGUUGUUUCCAUAUUACUUAAAGCACACCUGUUAUUGAUAUGUUUAAUUAAAUCUGAUCAGAUAAUAACUGUACAACCUCUGCUAUCUAUAGUAUGCCACAUUAAGGUUAUUGUGAGAGACAGGAAAAAUAAAAACAGUUUCACAGAUGGAUCUUGAAAGAGCAACAAACUGACACACAAGUGCUUAUAUUCCAAAAAACAAAUUUAGUUGCAAUCUGAUUUGAGAUGUUGGUGGAAAGCUGCUUUAAGAAAUUCAAUAGCUGUAAGCCACUCUUGGAAGAAUAAAACAUUUCUUUCUUGAUAAAUGCAAGGAUGCAUUUCUAUUUGCAAAUUAAAAAGAUCUGGUAAAAGUAAUAUGUGUGCCCUAUAAUCAGGGUGAUGGGUGGCUGUGCAAUUUUGUUGUGGCUGCAGGGAAAAUUUUUUAUUACUUCAUUAGUCCUUUUAAUCCUCCUGGUAAAUAUCUAAAAGCGCCCCCUUCUUUCAUCUGAUAGAACUUUCUGCAGAAGCCAAAGCAGCGUUAUUUGAAUUUGAAGAGAGGGAAAGGCAAAUGAAGCAGGGUCGUUAUGGCUCAAGAAGAGGAGGAGGAGGAGGAGGAGGAGGAAGGAGAGGAGGGCCUUUAAUGUGUCGUGGGAUGGGAGAACAAAGAAGAGACAACAAUGAAAGGGGAAGAAUGAAGGAUCACAGGCCUGCGUUGCUGUCGACCCAGACAUCUGUUACGGUAUCCAAACGCAAUGAUUAUGGUGGUCAGGGUUGGUGAAUUUUAGUUAUUUAAGCCAAAUUGUUGAAAACACUGACUGCAUUAAGCUGCUCAAGGUUGAAUUCAAUAGUUCAUUUAUUGAUGGGAAUGUGAGCGCUUUCGUUUGUGCCUGCCCUUACACAAGUCCAAGCCACUGUUGGCAGAGCAUAGACAUGAGCAUGGUUCCUCCACUGCCCCAUCCUGAGGUUUCUGAGAGAUCCUGUGCCCCAAGUUCUUGUGGAGGGGGGCUAUUUUAGGAGUAGCCAAGGACCAAUGUCAGAAACUGCUUUUAACUUCGCUGAGUUUCCAGUGAGGCUCCCAUGUAGGGCAGAAAGCUGCUGUAGCUUUUAUAUCAAGAGUAGAUACGAGGCUGGGUAAGUCUGCAGUAGUAGCAUUCUAAGUGGGAGAACAUUCUGGUGGGAGAACGUAAAGUAAUGGGACUGGUAGCUACUAUAAUCAUGAUGCUGAAAGCCUCCACUUUCUGAGAAGCUGCUAAGUAGAGCUUGAUGGCAAUGGCUUGUCUGUUGCUGGUGCCUCUCCCUCCCCACACAUUGGGCUUUCUGUGUACAUGGAGUUUCCAUUUAGCUAUCAUGGCUCAUAAGCCUGUGGAUAUCAAACUUCCAGGAGUGUAGUCAGUAGUCUCAGGGGAUGCCUCUUGUGUUUCUUUUAAUAAUUUUUUAAAGGUGAUUACAAUUUCGAGCAAAUGUGAUUUUCUGUGUUUUCUUUUUAGACACAUUCGGAAAGGAUAUUUCGUCAUCAACAGCCCAUUAGGAAUCUCUUCCAGCAGCAGCAGCAGCAACAACAGCAGCAGCAGCAACAACAGUUGCAGGGUCUGUUACCCAUUCCCCCUCAGCUUCAUACACCACCUCCGCCUCAAGGGAUGCAUAUGCCACCCCAGCUAGAAGCACCAAGAAUGCUGAUGAAUCCUCCUCCAGUGACAUCUCAGCAGCCAAAAAACAUACAUAUAAACCCACACUUCAAAGGAACUGUAGUAACGCCUGUACAAGGUGAGAUUUUGUCAGAAAGCAACACUAUAAACAGCCUAUAAUUUUGUCCUGGAGCAGCCCCCUCCAGUUCUGUAAGUACAAUUCACAUGUGGUGAUGAUGAUAAUUUAUAUACUGCCCUAUACCCGGGGGUCUCAGGGUGGUUCACAGAGUAAAAAUCUGUGAUUAUUCUGCAUGUACUGCUGUUUUACUGCCUUCAUUUAUGCAGAGGUGUGCUUGUAUGAAAGGGAUGGGGUAUUGCUGAAGUAGGGGAAAGGGGUCUAUUCCGUCAUAUAUAUACAGUCGUACCUUGAAAGUUGAUUGGAAUCCAUUCUUGAAGUUCGAUCGACUUCCAAAACCAAAGCGCGGCUUCUGAUUGGCUGCAGGAAGGAAGCUCCUGCAGCCAAUCAGAGGCCCCAUCGGAUGUUCGACUUCCAAAAGAACAUUCGAAGAUUGGAACACUCACUUCUGGGUUUCAAUCGUUUGGGAGCCGAUUUGUUCGGGAGCCGAGGCAUUCGAGAUCCAGGGUACAACUGUACUGCCUUGGCGUUUACUGCCAGCAUAUAGAGAACAUUUCCAUUAAAUCAAAACAUUUUUCAUUCAGGCAAGUCCAGCAAGUGUGUGUGUAUUGAAUGCUGACUUUAAAAUUUCAGCAUGCUUCGCUCCUUCCAUUCAUUCCAGUAUUUGAACUACAAAAUCAUCUAGAUUCUUUGAAUACAGUCAUACCUUAGGUUAUGAACGCUGCGGAUUGUGCGUUUUCAGGUUGCGGACCGCGCCCAACCCGGAAGUACUGGAACGGGUUACUUCCGGGUUUCAGCGCUCGUGCAUGUGCAGAAGUACAAAAUGACGUCACGUGCAGAAGCACUGAAUCGCGUCACACGCGUGCACAGACGCGGUGCUUCAGGCUGUGAACGCUGUGUGUUGCGAACGUGCCUUCCGCACGGAUCCUGUUUGCAACCAGAGAUAUGACUGUACCUGAUACUUGGAAGUGGUACCAAUUUGUUUUAUUUGUGAUCUUUUAAGUCCAGUCAUUGGGUAACACCUACUUCAGAACCAACAUGACAAGUUAACUUUAUAAUUGAUCAUUCAUUCACAUAUAUAUUGUUUAAUUGUACAAAAUUCGUGUGUUGCCUUUGCUAGCUGAAUCCCAAUUGCCCUGUUGAAUGCUCUUAGUAAAUUUUUCCUGCCUGCAGCUAUUUGGAAGCACAGGGAAGCAGCUGCCUAUGAAUAUGACUGCUUAUAAAAAUGGCCUAGAGUCUUGGCUAAAACAAAUUGAUUUAAAAGGUGUGCUCCUUGUUUUUAGUGCCCUUGCUGCCAGUCCCAAACCAGCCAAGACCUGCUGUAGGACCCCAGAGAUUUCCUGUGAGUAGCAGCUGUUUUUUCUUCUCUGAUAUGGAUAAGCAUACAUUUGCAAAGAAAUAUUAAUAUGGCAAAUAAAAGCGGUGCCAGUGAAAUAUAAUUUUAAGGUUUUGUAAAUAUUGACAAUGAUCUGUGCAGUAGAAAAUGUUUGUUAGAAGCUUAAGAUCAAUGAAUUUCUGAGAGCAGAAUUAAUUUUGUUUAAUUGUAAAAUUGUUGAGCCACUCUCUCCAAUGGGGAGUGUUAAAAUAGAAAAGUGCAAUGAUUUUUUAAAAAAAUGACUUCCCUAUUCAUUACAGUCUUUUCAGUAUAAAUAGGAGGAAUGCUAAUUUAAUAAAAAGGUCAUACUCAAAAUGUGUUGUGCUUGGAAAAUAUAAAGAUCUGUACUAGUUUUGUACUUAUUUUAAGCAUUUAAUAGCAGAUGUUGAGUUGACACUGGCUAAUUCUACACCCCUUUCUUAUUUUUGGCUUCUAAAAUACACUUUCUCUUUCUCCUUGAUUGAUUUACUUCUCUGAUAUUAGUUCUUCUCAGGAUCUAUGUCAUAUAAUCCCACUUUGCCAGUCCUUGCCAUCUUCAGGGAUAUCCCCAUGUAGAGCACAUUGAUAAUCCAACCAGUUUGGAUUACUGAAUAAUGUGGGCUAUAGUAUCAAUGUUGUCCUUAUCCAAGAAUGUUUGAAGGUAGUGCAGUAGCUGAAGCUGGACAUAGGCACUCCUCACCACUGUGACCACUUGGGCCUCCAGUGAUGGCUUGGUAUCUUGGAGUAUCCCUAGACUGCACACCUCUUCUUUCAUGGGGACUGCUACUCCAUCCUGCACUGACUGGCUACUAAUUAAUGGAUCCAAGAACCAGCCAUUCGCAUAAUUCCAGGAAGUCAGUUUAUUGACUCGCCCUGUACAUCCCUGCCUCCUGUACUGCAUUUGCACAAUCUUUCCUGGUUAUGAUGGUAGGGAGGGAUCUUGCUGGGUGUCAGUUGUGUAUUGUUGACGCCAUGCUCUUAAAUUCCCAGAUGGGUAUUGUUUCCAGACUGUGGAAGGACCACGUGUUUCGAGUUCCCUUUGAAUACUUAAAGAAGCUUUAGGAAAACUAGCUAUAAAUACUGUAUUUUUCGCCCUAUAGGAUGCACUUUUUCCCCUCCAAAAAUGAAGGGGAAAUGUGUGUGCGUCCUAUGGGGCGAAUGCAGGCGUCGCACACCUCUCUGCAAGCAGCGGGAGCCCAGCGCUGAGCUCCCGCUGCUUUCGGAGAGUUGCCUGCAUGCUGAAGCCUGCGCGCGCUGAGCUCAGCGCGUCCAGGCUUCGCGGACCUCUCUGCAAGCAGCGGGAGCCAGCGCUGGGCUCCCACGGCUUGCAGAGAGCUGCCUGUUUGAGGGCUGGGGUCGGGGGAAGCUCGGGCUUCCCCCGCCUCAGCCCUGCGCCUGGGGGGGAAAUAAUUUUUUCCCCUUUAUUUCCCCCCAAAAAAACUAGGUGCGCCUUAUGGGACAGUGCGUCCUAUAGGGCGAAAAAUACGGUAAUUGUUAAUAUACACACAGCCUGUCUGCUUCACCAUAGAUUCUAAGACAAAAAAAUAGUUGCAAGUAGAAAAUGUACGCCUCAAAAUGUGAGAGUGGAUUUGUACCAUCCAUGGUCUUUUAAUAGGAUGAUUAUUUUUCCUUACAUAAUCAAUUACUGUGUCUGUUUUUUCUGUGAAGGAUUACUAAUAGUCAUUGCAAUUACUGCAUAAAUCUGUAUUACAUGAUUCCAAAAAUGCUUUGAAUCAUGUGGCUGAAGUAUUUUCAUUUGUCUAGUUUUACAGAAAAUGGAUGCAUAUGAGGAAUGAGACAGCCUUACUUUUAACCAAACUAAGGCAAGGUUUUCAUAGAGCAACUGCUCAUUUGAAAUAGGAACUUGAUAGCUGUUACGCAUCAGUCACAUUUCAUUCUGAAAAACACUCAAGUUGUAGCUAAUGCCAGUCACCAAAACUUGAAAGUUUUUUUUUAAAAAAAUGAGUAUAAUAUAUGUGUAGCCAUUAUUAGAUGAACUGCAUAAUGCCUAUAGAAUAAAUUAUUGCGGGGGACCAAGGAUGACUAGUCCAUAUUCUCGGUUGCUGCUCGUAUUUUGUUCAGAGGUGCAAACAGUGACCCAUGGACAAUCCAGUUCUAUAAUUGAGUUGGCAUUGCCUUGUAGGGUAUUCAGAUGCAGAGCACAUGAGCUUUGCUGAUGUGAUGUUACUGAGAGGAAACAAGUGCUGCGGAACAAAUGUAGUUCCUGAAAGAUCUCCUGAAACGUCAGGCUGGUGGUAUGGUGAUUUUUGUUUUUCCAGAUUGCAGGUGACAUUGUAAAACCAGUAGAAUGUGUUGUUUAAUCACACAUUUGGUAGGUCCUUGGGAGGCCAGAAGGUGCUUGAGAGGCCAGCCUUAAUCUGUGGGCUGCCAUUUUGCUAUUCCUGCCAUGCACUGCUGCCAGAAGUUGAGGGGAGAGGGAGGAGUAAAGCAGCAUCAUUACUGAGCCUAAACUGAAGAAAAGUAGAAAAAAAGUCCUGCCUUUCUGUAGCCAGUCAAUUAUGGAUUGAAUUCUAAUAGCAAAUAGCUUACUAGUUUGGAAGUCAGGAUUCCAUGUUUCUCUCAUGAAAUUGUAGUCCCGUCCCACCCGGUUUGCGGACCGACUUUCGUUAGAAUAAAUAACAGCUCCCUGAAUUCAUACAUAAUGCAGAAUUGCAGUUCUUCAAAAAUGAGAGUAGAAGCUUUCCUUCUUCAUUCCACAGAAAGGGAGCCUCAGGACAUAGCUUAGAGGAUUUCUUCUGCAGCUUAGAUGAUCUCCUGAAUUGGGUCCAUAACAAUGAUCUGUUAAUUUUGGAUAACAUGUCAUAGUGACUUGGAAGUGUGUUUGCCUUCAGACUGGUAGAACUUUCUUUCAAACCCCAUGAGCACAGUUCUGACACUAACCGCUUUCAGUGCAUUUAGAAAAUUUUAGACAGUCCAAAUUACUGCAUCUCAAAGAAAUCAUAUAAAUUGUUCAUAUUUCAAUAUUGUUUUGUUUUUUACACGUUUGCAUUCCCAGUGCCACAUACGUGUCUCUUCAUUACAUCAUAUGAGCAUAUGUUUACAUAGUUGUUUAAAUUAGGGUUUUUUCUUCUAUGUCACCUUUAAUUCUUGUAGUAUAAUAAAACAAGAAGUUCUUGACCUUAUCCAAAAUGACUAGCAGUAUGUUCCUCCCUAGCCCCUUUAGAAAUGGUUGAUCAAGAUAAAUUCCUCUUGGGAAAGACCACAGAAUUAAUAAAUCAUUCAUUCUAGUAGUUGAGGGGCUUGCUUUUUCAGUUGUCUAAGAACCUUUUCCACACAUUAUGGAAGCCAAGAGCUGUAUUUGGCUCAGUAUGCAGCUGUGUUGACUGGGGUGGAUGAGAGUUGUAGUACAAAACACCUGGAGAAUACAGGAUUGGGGGGUGCUGUUUUACACAUACAGAUGUUCCAAUAAAAUAUAAUUUGUGAAUGGGCCUUUAUAAUAAGUACAUUUUCAAGAGUGUCUUGUGACCGACAUUAUUUUGAGCAUUUGAGAGAUUACGGAUUACGUGAUUGUAGAAAUAAUACUUGUUUAGACGUUAGAUAUCAAAUGGCAUGGGGGGGGAUACCCCUUUUGCGCUACUGCAGCAAUGAUUGUGCUUUUGCUAUGGCGGUGCUGUUAGAAGAGCAGCAGUAAAUGAAAUUUUCACUCUAUUACUGUGCAGCAGCGGUGGCGAAUCCCACAUAGUCUGGAAAGCAUUUUGUUUUCUUUUUAACAUGAUACAAGGUAUCAGGUGGUCAUGAUUGACAUUUCUUGGAUAGAGCUUUAUACAGCAUUUCAUGCAAAUCAUGUUUGAAUGAGACUGCUGAAUCAAAUUACAUUUCUCUCCUAUUAUAGCCCCUACAGAUGUGCAACUGAGCUUCCUCAGCAUCUACUGGCAAGCUUUCCUUAUGAGGACUUGCCAUUUUCACAACUCGUCCGCGCAGCCCUAUAAUUGCAACACUUACAAUAGUGACAGAGUGAUGAGUGUUUUCUCUUAUCAAAUCUAUAAGUAGUAGCAAGCAGAUGUAGUGCAAGAUUUCCAAACACCCCCCCCACUCUAUACGCUGUCAAACAGUGUCAGGCUGGCAGAGGGAAAAUGCAAUUUAAAAUGCAGGUGACAUAAUAACAAACACCCUCCAUUUGCUAGUGGGCUUCUGAUUAAUCACUAUUACCAUACAUUAUCAUACCAUCAAAUUUAAUCAUAUCAGUGAAUUCCCAUCUGCAGGAGGAGCAGCAGAAGCUAAAUAUGAUGGUAACAGCUAUUAAACAAGAGCGGCAAAGAAGACUUCUAAAAAUGAAGUAACCCUUUCCCUUGUUGUGUUUUUUCCACAUGAUCUUACAAACGGUAAAAUGAAGCUGAAUUAACAGUUGUCCACUCUUUCACGUGACAGAUGCAACCGUUACAAACACACACAAAAACAAAUCCCAGAACAUCAGAAUUCACAAAAGCGCUAUGCUACAGAAGUGUUGAAAUAAAUGUGACCUCACUUUUGCCCUUCAAUCUACAGUGCGUCUAAAAUAGUCAGGAGCUGUGGGUGGAUUAUAAACCUCCCCAGGAAUAUAUUAGGGGUCCCUGAUGAUCAAGAUCCCGUAAUAUACCAUGCAUUUUUUUGCGGGGGGGGAUCUUUGCUUUCAGUAUGCAGGAAUGUUUGCUAAUGAUCUGAGGAAACAUGUAGUUCAGUAUGGAAUAGGAUGUUGGGAACAGGCAUGCUUAGCUUGUGGAUUGGUGUGUGUGUGUGUGUGUGUGUGUGUGUGUGUGUGUUAAAUAGAAUUUAAGCAGGAACAGUGCAGGACCCUAAACUACUAAGGGUAAUGAUUCAUGUACAAAUUUCUUGUACAGUGAAACAGGAAACAUUACCACCACCACUACUACUGCUACUACCACUAUUAUUACCAUAAGAUGCCUUUAAAAAAGAAUACAAAUUUAUGUAGGAUAUCUUUUAGUGGAUAUUUGCCCUGAGAGCCUCCAUAUUUGGAAGUAGUAUACCUUAUGAGUAAGAAGUGCUGGCAACAAAAGAAGAGGCACAUCAUUGUGCUUGGUGAAUUCUGGAUAGAAGUAUAUUUUUGUUCUCUUGUUCCCUUCCACCAUCCAAAAAACCCUGGUUUCAAAUUCUAUUGAGGUCUAAUAUAUAAUCUUUCCAUUUCCCCGGAUGCACAGUUCCAGCAAAAAUGUGUGCUGGUAUUAAUAUUUUAUUUCUUCCUAUCACACGAGCCCAGAAUGGCUAACAGUAUUCCUUUAACGCAACACAAAAAAGUGCCCAACUUCAGAAACAUUUCUUUAAAAUUCAUAGCUGAAGCGUUAAUUCUUCAUUUGUUAUUGCAUUGUAAUAAUUUUAAAAGUUAUAGCCAGUUCCAGUUUUUAAACCUCCUUAUACUCACCUCCUCCAGGUUAAAAGCACAACUCUACAAUAAAAUACAAUGUACAGUAUCGUAUAACAGUAAUAUACAGUAGGGCCUCUCAUACUAUACUCCAAAGGCUUGCAAAAACAGGUCUUAAACUCUCACAGAAGUAAAACAAUAUUGGGGACAACUAGCUAUUGCGGGAGGCCUAGCUUCAUGUAGUUUCCCCCUGGGCCAUAUAGUUUUUUGUUUUUUUAAAUUUGUAUACCAUCUUUCUAUCUUACAAUACUCAAGACGGUUUACAAGCUGAAGAAACAAAAAAUGUACAUUUUAUAACAAUCUAAUGCGAUACAAAAAUGUGAUAAUAAAACUUAAAAUAGGCAACCUACAUCAAAAAGUAACAUUCAACAGUCAUUAGAAUAGUAUUAAAUAAUAAUAACAACAUAUAAAAGUUAAACAGAAAUCCACUCAACAGUUACAGUAAAUAAUUUCUAAACUAUAAUCAAUAAAACAACGGCAAGCCACAGUAGAUAAAAUAAUACUAUACAAAUUGAGAAUCAGAGACUAGAGGGUGGAGCAAGGCAGGUGGAAGGAGGCCUUGCCUGAUGGAGUCUCUUCCCUCACAGGCCAUACUCAUGAAGGGUACCAUAAGCAGGGCCAUCUGAGCAGAUCUCAAGACCCAAGCUGACUAGUACUAGAAAAGGCACUUCUUCAGGUCCUAAGCUUUGUGCAUUAGUACCAACACUGCAGUGCGCUCAGGAUUAGUGUAAUGCGUUCCCAUUUUACUGCUCCAGGUAACAAAUGGGCAGCAGCAUUCUGCAUCAGCUGCAGCUUCUCACAUAGACCCCAUUGCAAUAGACCCCAUUGCAGUGCUCCAGCUGGGAACUACUGUACCUAGAUUAUCCUGGUUAAAGAAUGACCUGAGUUGGCUAACCAGCCAGAGCUGGGCAUUGCCACUCGUUGCCACUGAGGCAACCCUGUGUCUCCAGUAACAACUUAGGAGCUAGGAAUACACACAGACUACACACAUAUCAUUUUAUGGGGAGAACUACCCCAUCCAAAACUGGCUGCUGUUUAAUUCUAAAAACCCAAAGCCAUCUUACCCACAGUCUUGUUAGGAUUCAGCCUCAGUUUAUUAGGCUUUCUCCAGCGCAUCACUGCCUCCAGAUUCCAGCACUUGUACAACCUCCCCUGAUUCAGUUUGUGUGGAGAGACAGAGCUCAAAUUCAUCUAAAUAUUAGUGACUCCAUGCUCCAAAUGGUUUUAGUCAUUUCCCCUCCAGAAAUGGGAAUGCUUGUCAUCCCAAAAAGCAAUCUAGAAUUUCACCUACUUUAAAAUACUUCUUCUUCCACAUACAGUAAGUCACCCUUGGGUAUAAGAACCAGAGACUGGACCCUGCUUCCUUUUUGUAUGCAUCUAAUUGGUGCAGAACUCAGUCAGAUGAAAAAAAUUAAGCUUAUGAUGAAGCCCAAAGCCACCAUGCAUUUGAGCAUGGUGGUUUGCUGAGAACAUGAUGGCUGUGGAGCCAAUCUUACGUUGAAAGGAUCUGCAUGUUACAUUUCUGUGUGCAUCUUACCCUGUGGUGAUUGAAUUGAACUAAGGUCAUUUACCCAAGAAAAGCCAAAGUCCAGUGGAUGCUAAAGUAAGAGGAUUAACAUUUUGUGACAGAUGGCUAUAGUUUUAAUCAUGUCAUAGGUUAUAGUCACUGAUUCUUUACAUUUAUACAAUUUUUAAUAAGAAUUAACAGAGUAUCCCUACUUUGGUGUCAGUGGCAUUCUUCUAACCUCUUUGCAUGUUAAGUGAGAUUAAUAAAUGAAAACAUGUUGUAGAGACAGGGUGUAAUUUAUUGAAAGAUUCGUGAAGUUUCAAUGACAUUGUUAAGGUAUUUAAUUAGUCUCUUUGAAAAAAAGUAUAGAGUGACCCUUUUAGGAAAGCUGAUAAGUCAUAUAAUAGCUGUUAGAUCCUCUUUAUGCCUUGCUUUAUAAGAUUAACUUUGUGCUAAGCAAUUUAUGCUAAGUUUUCUCUUUUAUUGGUAGCCAAAGUUAUCUGUGGUUCAUGAAUAGAUUAUAACAGAUAACAUCAUGUAAUUAACAAGAGAUGCCGAAAAGUAAAAGUACAAUUUCUGUAAGAAUUGUAUGAGAGAGAAUGUUAAUUUCUUAACUAGGGGGGAUAUUUGAGAGGAUAAAAAGGAAAGCAAAAUAGUGUAAUUCUUUGACAGGAUUAGGGUAACCUUAUCUCAUGUUCUUUCAGAAAGUAGGAUUGCCUGCGUAUGUGGAAGUCAUGCUCAAUGAGCCAUUCAGAUCUCUAUAACAAACUGUAGACAGAAGUUACCUAGUAUUGAGGUUUUGCAAAAGUAAUCAAUAACGUUUUGGUUAAGCCUUUGAUAUGAUGCAUAAUGGAAGUACAUAUGCAAAGAAGAAUGGCUGAACAAUGCUUGAUGAAUCGUUUUUAUAGGCAUUGGUUAGCCAUAACUUGCAACACCUAAUUAGUGAUAGGCAAAGGCUGGCAUUAUUAAAUGUCACGCAAGGCUGCAGAUUCUAGUCAGUUCUUAAGCAACAAUAAACUCUUUGAUUGACUGAAAUGUUGUCCCUGAUCAGUUGGGCAAUACACACGGAGUAUUAAGAAUUCACGUUUAUACAAAACCCACACUUCUUCUUUGUGCCUCUUCUGGGAUGAUGCCUUAUCUGAUCACUACAUGUAUCAACUAAAAUAUGUGCUUCCCUUCCGUAAUAAAUUAUUGAUUCAUUCAUAAACAGAUUUAAUCUAUUUUAAAAGCCUCAGCCAAUCAACUAAUAAGGUGACAGCCCUAAUUUCACAACUUCAGGUUUGAAAGCUGUUAUGUACAGACACUUUGUGGCUAUGAGAUUGAGCUCUAGGUCUGAUUUGUCUGGCUAACUUUGCCUCUGCCAUAAACAUAGCCUUAGGCAAUCUACCAUGUCUUGUUGUAGCCAACCGACUUACAGUAUGGGGACAAACUAACCUACUUUGCAGGGCCGAUUUAAGGAUGAUUGAGAUUGUAUAUGCUUUUACUUGGGACGUGGGUGGUGCUGUGGUCUAAACCACUGAGCCUAGGGCUUGCCGAUCGAAAGGUCAGAGGUUCGAAUCCCCGCGAUGGGGUGAGCUCCCGUUGCUCGGUCCCAGCUCCUGCCAACCUAGCAGACUGAAAGCACGUCAAAGUGCAGGUAGAUAAAUAGGUACCACUCUGGCAGGAAGAUAAAUGGUGUUUCCGUGCACUGCUGUGGUUUGGCCACAUGACCCGGAAAAACUGUCUGUGGGCAAACGUCGGCUCCCUCGGCCAGUAAAGCGAGAUGAGCGCCGCAACCCCAGAGUCAUUCGCGACUGGACUUAACUGUCAGGGGUCCUUUACGUUUUUUAUGCUUUUACUUAUUUCAUUACAUUUAUAUCCUGGCUAUUUUCCAUUAUGGAACCCAAGGCAGUAAAGUGAGGCCUUUUAAGUACUAAUGUGUGGAAGUCUAUAAAUCCUUUUACUAUAAAAUGUCAGAUGCUUUGAAAUGAGCCACUGUUUAAAUGAGCAUAAGGUGCUUGCAGCCUUCAAGCUCUAAAGUUUUCUAAGUGAAUAUCCUGUAGCAAAUGCUGUUGAAUGUAAUGUUUUGAACUCUUAGUCCAGAAAGCCAGUCCUGUGGGAUUGUGCAGCUGGACUGUGCUUUUGAUGGGAGUGGGGUGGGGUAGCAGCAGUGCGGGGAGUACCUAGCUUUCUCCCUGGUUAAGAUCACAACUAUAUGUAUUCUGCAAAGCCAUGACCCUCUUCAGUUUACUUGGUGGGUUUGAAAAAAACAAAAAGACACAAACAAACAGCAGCAAAUGCCCAAAAUGCAUUAUCCAAAAGCACAUUCUUGCAGUGUUACGAUUUAGGCCAUAUAAAAAAUCAAGAUCAAUUUUAUCCGCUUACAAAUGAAUGUUACUUUUAGCAUCUUGUGGCUCUUUGAAACUGCCUAUGUGAGGGCACGAAAAAGGAGAAACUACUGUGCAUAUCAGAAUUUAUUAUGUUUGCCGUAUGCUUGUUUUCUUUUGAUUUGCGGUACAUAUGUUGCUGAGCACAAAAAAAUAGCAUUCAGACUACUAAAUUUAACAGGAGUGUAAAACGUUAGCAGUUAAAUAUCUACCAAGAACCUUGGUUCAGAUUCUGAAAGAAGUAGGCUAUUUUGAUAUUAUAUUUGUCGGUGUCCUUAACUGUGACUGUAGAAUUGUGCAUGGUAUAUCCAUGGACCCAAGGCUACUUAAAUGUUUCACAGUCCACAGAAUUGUACUGUACUUGUAUUUUCCCCCUAUUAAUGCAACACAUCUGUAGCUAAUGUCUGCUGCAGAGUUCCUAGUGGUGUAUACUCUGCUUCAGGUUUUCAGAAAGAGAUAGGAGAAGAUUUAAUGGUACAAGUAAAUAAAUGAUUAGCGCAUGAGAGAGUGUGUAUGUGUGUAGAUAGUAGAAGCCUGUUUUUCUGUAACAGGUUUGUGUUUAGUUGAUUAAAAAAUGUAGUCCCCCCCCCACAAAAAAACCCCCCAUAAAAUGAAAAAUUGUAGUUGGGCUAACAGGACUAAUUUAUGGACAAUUGUAUGCAUACAUUUAUAAAGGGCAGCUAAGCACGGGAACAGAAGUGUAGAUUUCAGAGCAGGGGAUGCCACCACCUUCGAGCUUGUAAUGUGAGCAGCAUCCAGUUUAGAACAUGGCUCCUUGAAAUGUAGUGGAACCAGAGUAAAAGCUGGCACACAAAUUAAGCACUAUAAUUCUAAUAGUCCAGUUCUUACACAUAUGCAGAACAAUUUCCCCAGCUAACUUUGUGCGUGUUGAAGUUGGAUUUACUUGUACUGUAUUCCUUGCAGCCCUUAAAUUUGUCCAGGAAUCUUUGUUGUUGUUUUUAAGCCUGUACAGUAAUAGUAAGGAAACACACUGGUUGUGGGUAAUACUGAUUUUUAGAUGCUUACCUGAAAACACUGCUGAGUUGAGAAUACUCUUGACUGUUUGAUGUGCUGUAAGAAGCGAUUGUGACAACAUAAUAUUACUUCCCACUAAUUUAGUUAAUGGGUGUUUGUGUCAUAAAUGGUCCUUGUCUUUUUAGUAGAUGAUAUGGCAUGUUCGUUCAUAGAAUCAAAAGGGGGGAAAUCAAUUACUGAGCUUAAAUUUUAAAUGGCUCCUUCCUUUGCUGAUUGUGAAAUAGCUGAAUAUCAGUCUGAAGCAUUUAUUUGAAACCAAGGGUGGCAAAUCUAUGUUAAUUUUUCUGUCUCCUGUCUGUAACGAAUGCUUCAGAUGCUUAAGUAUUUAGGGUUAUGUGCUUUGUGAAAUGUUGAUUCCCUGUUAUUCUGGAAAUAUGAUUUCUUUACUUCAGAAAUGGGGGGGGGGGGGGAGAGAAUCAAUUUAUGACAUCCAGAAAAUUAAAGUAGCUUCAUUUUGGUUGCUUAGGUUGUACUAAAUAGAUAGCAAAGAAUAGCAUGGUUUAAAGAGAUAAAUGUCAGGAGCAUUUUCUAAAGUAGACAUUCAGACUUUUGGAUUAAUGGGAUAGAAGGUCAAUAAUUGCAUGGAUUUCACUAAGCUUGAAAAGAGAUGGCAUUCCUGUGGUGCUGCUGUGAUUAUUAAAACAUUUUGAAUUCAUUGUAAAGAUAUUGUGCUUAGGUUCAAUGUUCACUGCCACAGUGAAAGAUAUGACUCAGUAGGGUUGCCAAUUUAUACAGAUUACAGAAAGGUAUUUUAAUCUUUUCCUAUAAAAUAAAUAAAUAUUCUCAAUAGUUAGGCUAUGUAAGAAGUUUUUUAUAGGGUUUCGUGUAAUAUUUUGUACUGACUCUAUUUUAGAGAUGUUGUACAUUGCUUUGGGGUCCCAGUUGAGAGGAAGGAUGAUAAAAUAAUAAAAUUAAUCUAAUAAAUGAGCCAUAGAAGAAAUGCUUCAGGAUUAUUUUAACCUCCAUUUGUGUUCCGUGUGUCCCCUUGUAUUAUUCAGGGUCCUCCAGAGUUUCAGCAGAAUCCCCCUGGACCUGUUCCUACCAACUUCAAUCAAGCCCCAAGACUCUCCCUCCAGGAUCAGUGGAGAGGACCACCACCGCCUCUGCCACCACCGCCUCCACAGGAUAGAGAGCCUUUCUUCAUGGGAGGUAGUGUCCUGUCUAGCGUCAGAAGCGGCAGCUUGUUGUCUUAACUAUAGGCAUCCCCCCACUUAUAUGGGGGUUACGUUCUGGGCCCCCAUGUGUAAAAGUGAAAUUGGAUAAAGUGGGGAGCACCCUUUAAACACCCUCUCUGCUGCUCUCUUCAAUCCAUAUAGAAAAUACUGUAUUCCAAAAAUAUCCACAACUAGAAUUGAAGCUCUGGCGCUGGCAGGAGGCUGGAAGACACACAGGAAAGCGGCUGCUACUGCUGCACUGUCCCCCACAUCAGCUGAUAGGCGGGGAGGCUGAGCAGCAGCAACAAAUUCCCGCUGCUUAUCCAAUCUCUUUGGGGCAUCCUCUGCCUUCACUAAUGUCCUCUUCAGGCUCCAGAAAGAGUGUCCUCGGAAACCAUGAGGAAUCUCCAGGUUCCUCCUGCCAUUUCUGGAUUUGAAUUGAAUUAUUUAAUUAUUUCCCAUUGUCACACUUAUACGCGGUCACUUUCCCAUCUGUCACUUCUAGGCCAUUGUUGAAACUGGCAAAUCCUCCUAUAUCUGGAGCUUGGGAUUUAGCAAUUAGGUACCACAGGAUCACUUAUCCGAUUCUCUCAUGUAAAUUUUUAACAUAGUCAUGUUUACUGGCUUAUACAUUAUUGUAAUAUAUAUGUAAGAAGAAAACUUCUAAGGUGUCAACUGAAAAAGUGGUGAAAACUUCCACAGACGCAACUUGGAUUUCUCUUCCAUUGUAACUCAUUGUACAACCCUUAAUUGUGUUAGUUGUUGCUGAUGGCUGCUUUCAGUUAAGCAACAGGACUUCCUACUGAAACCGUCUUUUCCCUAUUGAUUUUCCAUGAAGACAUGAAUAGUUCUGCUUGCAGGACUUACCUGGAUUCUGUGGGUUGAUUGGGGGGAGAGCGUUCCUCCUUCUUUUGGAGAAGGGUUUUGAACUACAGGGACCUAGUGGUCCUCUCUAACCCAGGUAUCUACUCCAGGUAUCUAAGGCUCUUAGAGAGUGAUGAAAGAAGCAAAAGUAUGUAUCUCUCCCCGCCCCCUUUGUAACAUAUGUGCAGUCUAGAAUGUUUUGUGAGGAAAGGAUCUUCGUUUAGUGGCAAAUCACAUGCUUUGAAUGCAGAAGGUGGCACAGAUCCAACAAAAAGGAGCAGAUAAUGCUAAAGGAACCUCUUCAUGUAAUCCGGAGAAGCCAUUGCCAGUCCGUGCAGACAAUAUUGGGUUAGAUGGACCCAAUAAUCUAACCUGGCUUUCCUCAACCCAGGUGCCUUCCAUAUGUUUUGGAUUCAAGUUCCCACCAUUCUGCUGUAUGCUGUGCUGGCUGGGGCUGAUAGGAGGUGUACUGUAAAACAUCUGGAGGGCGCUAGGUUGGGGAACACUGAUUUAAACUAAUAUUGCAGCUUCCUAUGUGAGCGUUAUCUGAAGCAGGGGUGUGAGGACUAGGAAGGCUGUUCAGUUUGCUCCAUGGAUAGAUUGGUUUUAUGACUACGUUUUGUUUCUGACAGAGCCAAGAUUUCCCAGCCAUCACUUGUUUGAGCAGCGGAGCCCUCCUCCUCCUCUACCGCCCCCACUCCUCAACAGCGCCCACCCCAUUCCCAACCAAAACCCGCACCCUUUCAGUCAGCCUGGACCAGGUUUUAACCAGCAGGGGCAGCAGCACAUGUUCCCCAGAGAGAGGAUGGUGAGGCCAAACAUUCAGCCGCAGGGCCCCGUGGGAGUCCUUCACUUCAACCAGCCUGGAGCAGCAAAUGCACGACCUUUCCUCCCUCCUAGGCAGUCGUUCAUGCAGGUGCCAGGCCAGCCGUUUUUGACAACUCUCACGCAGCCCAACAUGCAGGUAUGAAAUGAAAGCAAGAGUUCCUAGGAAUCUGCAUUUAGAGAUAUUGUGACAGCUUUAACCUAAGUUCCCAAAAGUGCAAUGCCUCCAAAGCUGCCCCAAAGUUGUUACUCUAGCACACUUUUCAUACCACUUUGAUCAGCAGGGCAGAACCUAGACCUGCCGUCCCCUAAGUGCUGCAAAAAGUAUGGUAAUGGUAUUGAUGAGUGCUUUGAAAUUAAUGACCAGUUUUUUUUGCAGUAUCCUUUUGCCCUCUUUUAGAGACUUUUAAAGCAUGUAACAAACACAUUUAGUUGACCCCCUCCUCUCUCUUGAUCUUUUUAGCUGUGGGCCUAAGAAUAAAGUGAGUUUGUGCAGGUGCUUACUUUUUUCAUCUUACCUAUUCCUUAAGAGCCUCAAACCGUUUGUUGCUUAUGCAGGGAAGUGUGGAAAGCUUUGAGAAGUUCUCCUGUGCACAGAGUUGAAUGUUUAAUGUUUGAAUUGAUGGUACAAAAUAUAGAUGAAAUUUAAAUGUGCCUUUUUAUUGCUGUGCCAAGCAUGAAAACAUAUUUAUCCCCCUGUGCCCAGUGCUAAUUGAAUUACAAGGUUUAGUGGCAACUUUGUAUUGGCAUAGUGCUUCAAAGUGAAGAUAUUAAACUGCUUUGAUUUUUGCAAGGCUGUUCACAGCUAAUGAGAUUAGAAAAGUUUGUAAUGCAACAUUUUGUUCAAUAUUCUAUGGUUUCCUAAAUUGAUUUAUUCCAGAAGAAAUAUGAAAAUAAUCUAUUGUUUAAAAACAAGUUCCUGUACAGUGAAUAGAUUAAGCAUGCAUCUAGAAAACAGCCAUAUUAGCUCACCACAAAGGUUAGAGCACCCUCUGCUGGUACUAUUGUUUUUCAUUUGAGGAUACUAAUAAAUACACAAUGGCUGGUAUCGUGCAUUCCUUUCACUUAUUAAGCUUUCUUUAAAGUUUAACCAUUGUGCUUUAGUAAUUGUAGGAAAUGUUCAGACUCCAGUUAGACUUCUUCAUUAUUAUUUUUUUAAAAGGAACAGCCGAAACAUAAUGCUUAUGUGCAGUACAGCACUUUAAUUUAGCCUAACUUAACUUUAGACUCGAAUUGGGUGGUGGUGUGCUUAUUAAUAAAGGCCUUUUCUUUGCUGGUUAUAGUAAUUGUGAUAUACAGAGUGCUGGUUAAAUCCUAUUAGCUACUUAGAGCUUGAAUGUUUAGGAGCAGGCCUUUUUUGAAGUUUGCAGCUCAUGUGUGCUUUCCUUUAAAAUGUGCAGGGUCCCUUGCACCCUCCUUUGCAGGCACAGCAUCAGCAGCAUCCACAGCCGCCGCAACAGCACCACCCACAGCCGCAUCAACAGCCGCAUCAGCAGCAUCCGCAGUCACAUCAGCAGCAUCCACAAACAGCCCAGCAGCAUCACCAGCAGCAUCAACCACACCAGCAGCACCAGCCACACCAGCAGCAGCACCACCUCCUUGCAGUGCCCCCCCAGCCUCUGAUUUCUGUUGCCCCAUCCCAGUUUAGACCUCACAUGCAGGCACAGCAGCAGCAGUCGAGCAGCAAUCGGAUGCAGUGUCAGCAACGACAAGGUCUGGUAAAGGCCAGGCAUGUAAGUGACAUUUAAAUACAGUACAGAAAACUCCUGUUUUGCGCAUGUUCAAAGAACACACGACUGUGCAUGUGCAAACUGUUUUUGGACCCAGAAGGGGGCGGGACGGGCUUAUGUGCACUCCACUGAUGUGUGUGAUAACCUGGAAUGCAAACCCCAGUUGUUGCCUGAAAUAAAAAAUAACAAAAACCCUAGUAGUUUUCUUAAAAAAUGAGAAGGCUUGGGGAGUGUGUGUGUGUGUGUGUGUGUGUGUGUGUUUUGAGAGCGAAUACAAACCUCUUGAAGAGCUACCUGCAGGUCUGUAGAUUAGAUCCCCCUGUUGUAUGGUGUGACACUAUUAGUGUUGUGGCUUAUCUCUUGCAUGGCCUCUAUGACGCUCCCUCCGUGCUAAAUUCGUCUGCCUUGGCAUUAUUAUUAUUAUUAUUAUUAUUAUUAUUCAAUUUAUAUACCGCCCUAUACCCGGAGGUCUCAGGGCGGUUCACAGAACAAAAUCAGAAUAUAAAACCACAAAAUAUAUAAUCAAAAUAAAAACAACAACCCAUUAACCCCACCCCUUGCUUACUAAGUAUUUGCUUAGUAUCAAAAGAACACUCUUAUUUGGACAGUGUCUUGAGAUUGUUAUCUUGAGCUUGAGAGGCCGAGUAAUCUUACUACUAUUGGGCUGUGCAAAGCAGCACAGAGGAAAAGAGAUUUCCAUGGGCAGCUUUCUCAAUGCCAUGUUAAGGGUUCUUUCUUUCUCCCCUUCCAAGGGAGCGCAAUUUGAACAUUCCAGUAGUGAGCAGGCAAAUGAUUCAUUGCAGCCCUACCUGUGUUACUGAGUGAUACUUCUUUAGUACUAGCAGUGAUAGCUAGAAAGCAGAAAUAGCCCUACUGCCAAUGCUUCAAUGAAGUUAAGACACAUGGGGGCAAAGUGAGAAAGGAAAGGGACAAGGAUUGGCUUCCAAACUGCAGUGAUGAUGUUGAGCAGGUUAACUGGCAGUAGAGAGUGCAGCAAAGAAGUGAUGACAGUUCAGGAGAGACUUUGCCAUGUAGUUUGCCUGCAAAGUUUUGAAAGAAAAGAAGGCAAGGAUGUGUAGGACUGGCUGUGUGUGUGUGUGUGUGUGUGUGUGCGCGCGCUUGCUUGCUUGCUUGCUUAGAAACAUUAUUUAAGGAAGGCUGUGUCUGGAGGUGAAGUUGGCCACAUUUGUUCACUUCUAGUCACAAAUCCUGCAGUUUUGUCAAUCCAUGGUUGACUUUUUCCUUUGCUGUGCUAAAGAAUUUUCAAACUGCUUAGCACUGCUUUGUCCCUCUGUUUGUUUUCACCUGUGUUUCUUGAGGCCCUCUGCAGGGUUGAUACCUUCUCUGCCGCAGAAAAUUCUGUGCUGGGGAAAAAGAUAACACCUGACUAGUUGUUUGUUCUGUUGCUUUGUCUGCUCUUCCUUUGGAAGAUUCCAAUCCUCAAAGCUUAUCCAAGGCUGUUAGUACCAUUAGCAUGGCAAAGGGGACUAUAGACCUGCAUUUGCUAUAGAAAUGACUGCACAAAGAAAGGUGAUUCAGAAUCUCCAUAUGUUAUCAGUUAAGCUACAGCAGAAUCUGCAUGCUUAAAAACUCAGUGCUAUCAGGGGGUUUUUAAUGUUGAUUUUUUUUCAGAACACACCAACACAAAACAUGGUGAAGCGUCCAAAUCAGCAACUCCAGUCACCUGCUCCAAGGAACAGUAACUUGCGGGAAUUGCCGAUAGCACCUUUGCAUGCAAUCGAGGCUGCUAACAACCGAAGAACCUCAGCACCUGCUGCUCAAGUAAAACCCAUUACCAGUACCAUGCCUACUGCAAGGCCUGUUGCUAGUGUGAAGAACCAACAGGGAAGGACUGAGACAAAGCCUAGAGCAGUUAUUCCAGUGGCACAACCUAAAGUGGAGAUCAAAUCUGAGCCAGAGGUAAGGCUCUGUUUAUCUAUGUAACAUAGUUUUCUGCAUCUAUCCUAGUUUCCAGACAGGCACAGAUGAGUAAACUGGAGAGAUAGAAGAAACGCCUUUACCAGCACACACAAUCCACUUAUAUGUUGGUGAUUCCCUCAUCUGCUGAAAAACAUAAGGCACACCUGUUACUUAUACUUACAUCUGUUACAGCAAAAGUUUCUUAUUGUAAGCCAUGAUCAGGAAUUGGAGCUCACUGUCACCAGUCUUGAGAGUCAAGUGUGUGCUUUACUGGAAUGAGAAAAUGGAGCCUAAAGUAGAAGUCCAUUCGGAAUGGGGUAUAUGGGAAGCUCUUCCCCUCUGCCACCCAGAUGUGGUCCACAGGUCAUGGGUCAACCAUGCCCAAUGUUAUCCUGUCUGUUGGCAAGAUGCAGUGAUAAUAUUAAAUAAUGAAAUUCUGUUUUUGUGGAAACAAGAAUUGCCUAUAUCUCUUGAAUACCAUUGAGUGAUUUUGGAGAACGAAGUUACUGUGAAAGUUCUAUUAAAAGUCCCUAGGUAGAAUCCGCAAUGAACUUUCUUGAAACUCAGUUGCAUGUAGCUCUAAGCCAAACCAUAGCUUAGCACAGAGCAAUUGUGCAGGCUCCCUGAGAGGAGAUUGUGACUGUGUUGCUCAUCUGCUGGUUCUGCUGUGCUGGACCAGACUAAGUCAUGCUUUGGCUUAGCAGGUUAUAUGAGCAGGUUUAGCUGUCCCAUACGAAGCACUGGCUGUAACCCACAGGACAAAUCUUGGUUACAAUUCAUAGUUUGUGUGGAGAGAGCUAAACCAUGAACCUGGGUUCAUUAGACAUGUGGAGCUCAAUACAGUGGUACCUCGGCUUACAUACGCUUCAGGUUACAGAUUCCGCUAACCCAGAAAUAGUGCUUCAGGUUAAGUACCUCGGGUUAAGAACUUUGCUUCAGGAUGAGAACAGAAAUCGUGCUCCGGCGGCGCGGCAGCAGCAGGAGGCCCCAUUAGCUAAAAUGUUGCUUCAGAUUAAGAACAGUUUCAGGUUAAGAACGGACCUUCAGAACGAAUUAAGUACUUAACCCGAGGUACCACUGUACAGUAACAGUAAGAGGAGCAGAGUGGCCACAAUCUCUGAGAGCCUGCACAUUCAAAUGUUCAUGCUAAGCCAUGGUUUGACUUAGCAUAAUGUGCAAACUGAGCUUUUAUGGCUUUAAAUGAGACACGGUGUCUUAUCCUCAGUCACUCUCCUGUAGUAUAGGCAUAAUACUGAGUCUACCUUGCGGGAUUGUUGUAAAAAUUACUGAGACAAUGCUUUGAAUAUUCUAAAGAACUAUAUAGCUGCUAAUUCCUGUUAUUAUCCCUUACAGAUAGGCUUGAAUGAUGAAUAUCAAUGGUUUGUCACUGUAAAUGCUAACUACUGAAUGCUGAUGUUUUUUCUGAUCAGUUGUUACAGAAUAUAGAGUAACUAUACUCAGUGAAAUAGAUCACUUUAGGUUAAAUAGGCCUGUAAAACUUAGACUAAAGUACUUUACCCUGCGAGAUGGGAAGCUGGCUAAUUGCAUUUUGGAUGGAUGGCUAUCUUCAGUGUUCUCAGUUUUUUGUUUCAGAUGGUCAAAGUCAAGUGUGGUCCCGUGGGCAGAGAGUUAGAUCUGGUACCCUUGGGUUCAAUGCCAACUCUGCCACAGAGUCAUGUAGCAUCUUAAUCUGAGUUAGAAAUAUGGUAAAUGGGAAUGGGUACCUGUUUACUCACAUUGUUAGGGGAACUCAGAUAUUAAGACGAGCCUAGCAAAUUCGAAAUAGUAUGCAAAUGUAACUGAUAGGUUCCAGUUUCUCCUGCAUACACUUUCAGCUGAUGACUCUUUAAACACCUUACCUGCCAAUUAAACAUGAACAUUGCGUAAGAGAAUCUUUGUGAAAGUAAUAUGUGAGUGAAACUAGUUCAAGCAAUGUUACAUUGAUUCCAUGGUGCAGGAUCUUCCACUUUUUCACUGCUUCCAAGUGCUGGUGAUCUAAGCUGCUGUGUGCCGAAUGAGGUUUCCUCAAGAUGUAUACUAAAUAAAGCAUAUCCGGUCGGUGCUUUAGGGGGUUAAACUAUUGUAGUGUUUAAUAAGGAACAGUUCUUAGGCUAUUAUAUUAUCCUUUAACGUUUGUCCUGUUGAAACUUGCAAACUCAGGAGCAACACUUGGAAGCAGCCUUUCUUUUGAUGUUCUUGAUUUCCCUGUAGCUUCCUGUAAGAAUGUGUUUUCUGCCAGAAUUUUAGGCCCUAUAGAAAGGUUAUUUGAUGCACAAAGGGUAUAAUACUUUCAGAAAAGCUUAAGGCUGGAAUAUUAAAGGCAUUCCUGAUAUACCAUUAAUAUUCCAACACUGCAUUUGGCAACAUUUUAAUUCUGAAGAGAGUGCAUGAGUUCAAGGUCAGAGAGAUUGACUUGUGCUGUUCAUUAUAACCAAUUAUUGUGUGACAAAUGAGUUUCAGAUCAGGCUGAAAAUUCUGUAAGAAAAAUCAAUAGUUCUAAUCAGGGCCUUUCAGGUCAUUUACCACCCUACCUUUUGUUAGUUUGUCAGAAAAGAGCAAGAUAAAACCCAUGUGACAGUGGGCUGCCUCUGCAUUGUUACAGCUUCCAUUUGAAACAAUAUUUUGAGAUCUUGAAUUAUAUUAAUAGUUUAAUUGGUUUCAGCAACUUCUAAAUGAGUUCCGAUUUAAAAGGCUUCAGUUUCAGCAUUCUGAUUUUUUUUCCAUUAAGUAAAGUCCAAACUAGAGUCAUGUAUUUUUUGACUCUUCAUAGGUUGCCUAGUAAUAAACUUGCAUGGUAGCUAUGUCAUUUAAAAGCAUUAGCACCAUAUUUCAGUUGAUUUAAGAUGCUCCUGGGAAUGGAUGCCAUCAAUGCACUCUCUUUUUUAAAAGCAAAACCAAAUUUGACAAAGCUGGAUAGGAGUUACUAUCCCUAUAACUUGUUUCCUUUGAUGUUCUGUAGUUUCCUGAUGAAGAUGAAGAAACCAGGCUCUACCGUUUAAAGAUAGAAGAACAGAAACGCCUAAGAGAAGAGAUCUUGAAACAAAAGGAGCUCAGGCGGCAACUUCAGGCUGGAGCUAGAAAAAGAGAGUUGCUUGAAAGGCUUGCACAGCAGCAGCAGUCUUCAACACAACAACAGGAGGAAGAAACUUCACAGUUGCCCACCAAUGGAAAUCCAUUGCUUCCCCUUCCUGGUGCACAGCCUCGCCAAAAUGUGAAAUGCAGGCUGAUGGUUAAAAAGCAAGACCCAGUAGCUCCAACCCCCCCUGCUUUUCAGCCUAAGCCCCCAAAUAUUCCGCAGGCUGGAGAUAAUGCACAAUUUCAAGGACAGCAAAUAAAAACAGUGAAGCAGCUAAGACAGACUAGGACAGUGCCCGAAAAUGAGCUCCAGCUGCCAUACAAAGGGUUGCAAACAAAGCCACCUGCAGCCCACAUGAACCCGUCCCAGAUUGCUCGUGUGGCAUCAGUACAAGGCCAGCCUCAGGAACUGAAGCCUGGGGUGAAAAGAACUGUCAUGCAGCGGGCAAACAGUGGUAGUGGAGAUGGGCCCCAUGUCGGCACCAAAGUCAGGGUGAUUAAAUUGUCAGGAGGGGUAAGUUACCAGGCUUGUCUGUCUUUUGUUUUCUUGUGUUUUUUGUGGUCCCUGUCUGUCCUGUUGGUGUUAUUUGCAAAGGCCCGAAGAAAAUGGAGAUUGAUAAGCACAGGCUUGGGGGGGACGACAACCCACAUUUCAAAUAUUCCUGUUAAUUUUGAACUGUCACAGCUGUGUAUAGCUAUUUUAAAUCAUUUCCCCUAAUAUCAUACAUGUACGUUUCCCCAUAUUGUAAUCUUGAAUGGUCUUGCUGAACUGAUCGCCAAAUGGAUCAAGUGAUCAGGGUAAGCACAAGUAGCAUAAAGGAGGCAGACCACAUGCUGGUGACUUAAUAGAAUGUUCUCAUUUGAUUUUGAUCCAAAUCAAAAACAUUUGGUAACUAACCACAGCCCAAAAAGGGCAGUGAAUGAUGAACUGUACACUAACAAUUUGUGGUUUUGGCCAGAAGAUCUUCCCUCCUUUGUUCCUCUGAUAGAAGCCUAUGUAUGGGCUGUUGCUCUCUACUUAGUUGUGCUUAGGUCACUACCUGAUUACUAGGUAACAGAAUGCCAGACCUUAGGAAAAGGGACAAUAAAUUGAGGAAUAAUUUCCAUUUGGGAAAGUAGCAAAUAUGUAAAAUCCCCCUUAAGGCCAGGAAAUAGUGAGUUAUAAACUGCGGUUUAUGCAGCAUUUUUCAGGAAUAAAGCGUAAGAGCUGUGUAUACCUCUUCUAGAAAGAAAAUAAGAAACUUUGUUGAAGGACUUUGAAAUGUGAGAACUGAGGAAAUGGAUUUAAGUUGAAGGGAAGUUAUGUGUAUGUUUAACCAUAUUCUCUCCCCUCACCCUUCCUCCCUGUCUCCUAAUGACAAGAAUAGCAAAGUUUGUGUGCCUUGUUUUUCAAGUAGCAGAGAACUAGUUCACAAUAAAAUUACAUUCAGGCUUCUGCCCUGACUCAGAUUUUGUUGGUAUUGCAAUACACAGGAUAGUAGCCAGGAAAGCUUUCACUUUGGAGUUCUCCACCCUCCCCAUGUAGGUUAUUCUGUCCUGUUUUGUGCAUCAGCAAACAACCUCAGCACAGGGUGCAUAUAAAUGGUACUCCGAUAGAAGUGGACAGAAAGGACUUGAUAAAGACUAAGUAGAACUUAGCUAAGGGUUUAUUUUGUUUAUGUGUGUAUCACAUGCUGAACAGAAAAAAUGAGACUCUGUAGUGCAGUCCUUUUCAUAGCAAACAUGACUUCUCGUCCACUCGCAGGCAGGAUAUGCCAAACAGCCUACUGGCCAAAACAAGUUAUCUGCUCCUAAUGCAGAAAUAUUCUUUGGGAUAUAUUUGAGGCAUUAUUUAGUUCUGAGCCUUUAGUAAAGGUUCAUCCAGUUUCGUGGAGUUGGACAGCAUUGGAAAUAACUUAAGGAGUGAGCUGAAAUUAGUUUAGUUUGUUUCAUGCAGUGGUGUUGUUUUUCUUCCAGAAAAAUAAUUAGCUCUGUUUCCCACCUUUUUUAACCACUAUGGUUAAAUUGUUAGGAUUCAGACUGAAAUAGUUCAGAGUGCAGAGAAGUUGUUUUAAGAUGUUCCUUACAGCUUAGUUGUAAGAUCAGUUCAGCAGGGGAGUAAGAAGCCCAGAGAGGCUGUAGAAUUUCCUUGGAGAUUGUCCUGUAAAGGUUGGACAGGCAUUUGAGGGACGGUUUAUGUAUGGAGGUUGAAAUACAAAGAAGCUUUGUGCGCAGGAGAGGCAUCUGCCUGAAAGCAGUGCUUUCUUCGAAAUGUUUUGCCGCAACAUCUCCCACUGCUAAAGAGGCAAGUUGCUUUUUAAAUUGCAGAUUGGCAUGCCUCCUUGGCAGUGUGAGAUGCUGUGGCAAGAACUUCAAAGAGAGCUCCAGCUGAGUGUGCAUGGUCCUAGCCUUCACGUGCAUAGAGCUGCUUUGGAUUGAGGCCAAUGUAUCCUGCCUUAAAGUAUCAGAUGGGAAUCUCUUCCAGCUCAGAUUCUAGUGAUCCUUUGAGGAAUCACUUUCGUUUACAAGAUUUUGACAGGCUUAUAUUCUUUAUCAAUAGUAAUAGCUAAGCAAUCUUAAUUCCAACUGGUAAAAACUAAAGGAUUGUUGAAAUCAUAUAUACCAGCACAAGAAGUCUCCACAACAAAUUGUUGCAGUUAUUCAGUGUAGCAGAUAUAUGCAAUCUUUUUUCAACCACUUGCCUGGUCGCCAUAGGCAACUAGAAAUUUGACAUAGGUGCAUGAGGUUGCAGAAAGGAAACAGAGUAUUCAGCCCCUCCUUUAGCAACCACCUGCAUUUAUUUUCUGGACAGCAGGGGGUUAUUCACCUUCUCUCCUUCCAGCGUGGGUAACAACCCAGUGUUUGGCCCUUCUGCUGACAACCCAUUAUAGGGUUGUAGGGUAGGAAGCCCUCCAUUCCCCACUUGACAGAGAAAGCAAGCAGGCUGCUGGCAGAGGCAUGGAGUGCUUCAUUCCUUCUCCAGCAGCCUGCUGGGUUUCUGUACUGGGUGCACAGGAAGUGAAGCUCCCUCUUAUGCAUCCAUCAUUGCAACUGAGAGAGCUGGCGGCAGAGUAGAGUGCUCCUUCUCUCUGCCUUCUGGGUUUUUAUGGUAGACUAAGGAUGGCAAAGCCCACCACCUGCAAGCAGUUUUGAAGGGUGGUCAGGGCCACCAACCUACCAAUCACCCAACCUCAUAGGACGGCAACUGUAAUGCCAGUGGAUCAGCACAGACAUAUCUCUUAUCUUAGCGCUGUCCCAUAGUUCUAAGAUUGGAGAUAGGCCUCUGCAUGCCCUUUGAGGGUAAAAGUUAGAAGCAGAUGUUUAUCUUCAAUCUUAAUGUUAAGUACCACAGUGCCACACUUAUCUCUGAUCUUAAAUACUGUGGGACUACCACACUAAGAUCAGAAAUAAGAGAUUGGAAAAGCCCAGGGGGCAUGGUUUGCCCAAAAUGGCUUUCUGGGCCAAAUUCAGAGGUGGGCCUAAUUAGGCUCAUGGGCUGGAGGUUUCCAACUGCUGUGCUUAGUCACUCAGCAGGCGAAACUCCUACAUUUCUUGCAUGGGCACACGGGAGGCUGGGGGUAGAUCUAGAACGAUUGAUGCCUCUGCUGACAACCUAUUGGAUCCACAGAAAGGAGUAUCACCACUUAGUCGUCCAGCACAGAAACACAGCAGGUUGAUGGUGGAGCCUUGACAUGCAGGACAGACUUUGCUUCCUGCAUAACUAGCAUAGAAACACCAUAGACUAUUGGAAAAGGGGCAGAGUGAUCUGACCAUUUACCAUGACUUCACAGAGCACUCAGCAUAGAAACAAGUGAGUUGAUGGAGUGGGAAGAGAGUGCUCAUUUCUAGUUAGUACAGUGUUUUGCUAGUCUGUUUUUUAGUCACAAGAGAGGCUGGGAAAGGAAGAAUGGAGUGCUUUGCUUAUUCUCCACUAGCUACUCUUGUGAGUAAAAAGCAGGUGAGUGCAGGGUAUUGCCAGGACUAAUUUAUCAGGCUAGGUAUAUUUGGGUGAUAUAUUUCCUCUUGUUGCAAUACACAGACAUAUUUCACGCUGCAGAGUUCCUAAGGGACUUGCUGUAUCUUCCUCUAAACUUCUAAAUAGGGGUGAGCCAAUUUUCCAGUGCAGGCAGGUGUAUAGCUACAUUCCUUUGUACAGAAAAUUGCUACUAAGCAUGAAAACUCAGAUCAAGAUGCUUGAUUAAAUUUUCAAUAGUUUGUCAGAAAGUUACAACCAUGUUACUUUGUUCCACAUGCUGCACAGAGAAAACUGGAGUUAUUGGCAGCAAGGGAGACAGUCUGGACAAUUUUGCUAGUCUAAGCUUACACAAAGAUUAAGUCUGUCAGAGCCCUCUGUUAGGUAGACAUCCCAAAUCCUGCUGAAUGUCUAGUUCUGAGUCCUGCCUAGAGCAUGUUUUGGUAAUUCUCCUUUGAGGCAUCUAUGUAUUCUUCCUUUGGGUCAAGGUUUUGAAUGUAAGUGUUCCAUCAAAAUCUGAACUCAUCUAGGUCAGCUAUAUCAUGUUCUGGCUGAACAGUAUAUUGAUCUUCUGGUAUUGCAGCUCUUUCUGAAAGUGUUGAGAACUACCAGCCUGUUGAAGAUGUGUUUCCAUUUUUGCUUUUGUUCAGACUCAUUGACAAGAAUAUUGAUGUUGGUGCUUUCAGCACAGCUGUGCCAUUGCAUGUUAUUGCAAAGCCAACUGCAGCAUUUGCUGGACAUUGUGAUCUUUAAUCCAUUGUUUUCAGAAGUUUGAAGAAAAGUCAUAAUUCUUCUCCUUUAGAAGUGUAUUAUGAAAGCACAACCCUGCUCACGUUUGUUCAUGAAACAUAUCAUUUAUAUCAGCUUCCCUAUUUUUCACAUAGAAAACCUAUGUAUAAGGUGGUAGAUUGGCAUGCAACAUAUAAACUGUCAGGUAGGACAGUUCGGGUGCACAGAUAUUCAUGGGAAAUGACCAUUCAGCUCACCAAAGCUUCCUAUUGUGUAGCACAGGAGUGGGGAUCCCUGAGUUAUGGGUUUAAUUAAGCUGGGAACAGAUCCCAGUUUGGCCCAUAAGGCUGUUUUCUCCAAACCACUUGCCCCAGUCGCACACUUGACAUCAUAUGUGAUGUCAGGUGAGGGACAGGUGAAGAUGCUACUGAUUGGCAGUUAGAGCAAGCCAGUUGGGGUUGGCUGCACUACUGAGUUCCCACUGGGUAACUAGCUAGCCAAUCCUUGAAUGGGCUUGCAAAAAUUCCUGCUCAGCACUCUGAAUUGCCAAUGAUCAGCUGAUCAGUGGUACAAAGCACUCCAUCACCAUUGUGACAUUAGGUGAUUAACAGGUGGUGUUCCCACUCACCUGUCAAAUUUGGCCUGUGCAGGGUAGGGGAGAUAAGGAUCUGGCCUGCUACGUAAUUCCAGUUCCCUAGGGUUCCUUUACCUUUACCUUUACCCCUGUUGUAGCAAAUGAGAAUGAGGCAAAACACAAGUGUAUGUAAUCCCACCUGUGCUUGCUGUUCUCUGUAACCAUAUUCUCUAUUUAGGAAUUUUCUUAUUUCAAGCUGCCUUUAUGCUGUGGUUAAGGAUACGUGUUCCCUGCAAGUCAAAAGUCAGUUUUCUGCCUUGAGAAAAGAACUAUUAUGCAAAUAGCACACAUGGCAGGAAUCCUGAUCACUUACUCAUUGAUCUGCAGGUUGCUUUGAACAUUUCAAACAGAAAUACUGAAAUGGAGAACCUCUUUCCUUACUGCAUUUUUGGCCCAAAGAAGACUGUACCAUGGAAGUUGAGCACAAAAUAUAUACUUACAUUUACAUUUUUACACUGUGUAUUAGAAGUUUUUUUUAAAAAGAGGGCUGCAGUGUUUGAUCAAAUAGGUUCAUCUAUUAACCUUCCAGACCAUUAAAAAAGUGCCCCUGAUUAAUUAGGUGCCAUUUUAGAAGAGAGAGCCCUUCUCUCUCCCCUAAACUGGUGCCUGCCAUUUGCUUCCCUCUUCUUUAUUCUCUGUCCUUGUGGACAUCAGAUGGAGAGAUGUUGAUGGAGACUUGCAGAUCCUUGGGGUGCCAGCACCUUUGUCUCUGGAGGGCGUUGGUGUGGCAAGGAAAAAAGAUUAUUCUACCCCACCACCAAGACACUGGGCACUUCUAGACAGGUUGUUAGGCUCCAGUUCUGCAGAUUUGCUCUGGAGUGAGCUCCACUGAAAUCAGUAAACCUUACUUCUGGAUAGGUUGUUUCAGAAAGCAUCAUGUUCUCUCCCUCAGAAUUGUUGGUUCUGUGCAUUUUCAGAUUUAUACAAACUUGAUGAAAACUUGUAUGAUCAUUAACGAACUACUUUGUUUUGUCUAGGUAAUGAAUACUCAUAGAAGCUACCAUAUAAAAUAAUAAGAAUUCUAAAUUGUUGUAAGCCACCUUGAGUAAGCUUUUUUUUGUAUAGGGUUGGACAUAGCUGUCAGUAUACAUAAAACAUACAUAAUAUAUUGACUUAGCAGAGCACAAAUAAAUUUAAAAGCAUAAUUAAUCUUAGCAAAUUCAUGCUGUCAUUCACAGUGGAAUUUUUUUUAAUACAUCGUGACAUCAGUGACACAACAUGGGCACUUUCAGAUUGACUUUUGACACACAAGAUUUGCUAACACUUGCUAAGAAUAUGGUGGGAUAACACUGGGAUAAGUUUACGCUAGGAAGUCAACCUCCUAACUCACUGUUGUUUGCUCAGAACAAUGCUUCUGCUUUGCCUCUGCUUCUUGGGCGCAUAUAUCAACGUUGUAGUAAAAGCUCUCUCAAAUAUCUUUGUGUGUCUCAUCCUCUUUGUCUGGCUUACAUUGAAGUUUCCAGAGUAACCAUAAAUUUAAGAGAAUUUUAGAAAUUGUGUUAAAUUUGCAUUCAUACUACUACUUGUUGAUUUGAUAAGUAAGAAACUAUGCUCUUCAGUUGCUGUGACUCAUUCUUCAGAGGAGUGUUCAUAUCAUGUCAUUUGCCUUUUGGACUGGCAACAGGUUUUUAGUAGGAAGUCUUUGCCAAGGAGGAUGAUUUUAGAUAAUGGCCAUUCAGAACUGGGCUACUAUUUGGCUGAAUGGCUGCUAUGACUCGCUGCUUUUGCUGCUUCCUUUCAAGCUUGUUGCGUUGUCUGCUAAGGACUGCUUUUGGUCUUCAGUGCUAGCUGUAUUAUUUUGGGGUCUCUUUGGUGAGGUCUUCUCAGUAGGGGAGCCCCCCCCUUAAUCUAGCCGAUGUAGAGUAUGCAACCCAGGAAUUCUCUCAUGACCUCUGAACUUCUUGGGUGCAAAGUGAGAGUGGCAGUAUUUUUUGACUGGUGAGCCCUUUGCAAGUAUUCAGGGCUAGGGUAAAUGCCCAGCCUCAUCACUCUGGAGUUACCAGUGUUUGGUUUGCGUCAUAGUUUUAAUUGCAUUCUGUACCUGGUCUGCAGUGGAUAUUUUUUCAGAGCUGGGUUGUGCUGUUGCAUCCCCCCUCCCCACCAUUGUACUAAAUGAUUUUUCAGCUGAAUGUUUAGGUGGGUAUUAAAAUAGGUGAAAUAGACAAUGCACACUUCUUCCUUCAAACAAGAAAUAACCUCACAUCCCUGGGUUGUUCCCCAGCUCUUUUCCUGCUUAACUCAGCCUGUUACAAUGCCUGCCUAUUUUUCUACCAACUACUCUGUCCCCCUUCUAAAUAAAUUUAGUUGUAACUGAAGCCAGAUCAGCACAUGCAAUGGAAUUAAGGUGGAAGAGGCCUAAUUUAGUAGAAUGUACAGAACCACUUCAGACUGCAAGUGUAGAAUCAUGAAUGCACCCAUACAUAAAUCACUAUGCAAGUAAAAAACUAACACAACAUUGGCUGUGCUAGAAACUUUCUCCCUGAUGUGCAUUUAUAUAUUUAUAUUUAUAUUUAUAUUAUUUAUAUUUAUAUUUAUAUAUUUAGGGUUCAAUAUGAGGGAACAUUCAACAAUAGAUAUCCCCCACCUGCAGUGUGAAUUCUUGUCAGCCACUUUUUCCAUCUCAUUCUACUGUCUUUCUGGGUUGGGCCCAAGUCCCACUGAAACCCAUGAAAGAAGUUAAAUACUAUUCAUUUGAGCCCCGUUGUAUUUAACGGAGCCUAGUCUUGUCAAACCUUUGCCUCUGUCUCUCAGCCCCCUACUUUCCAGACCCUCUGACUAAACACCCUUAGGCUCAGUAUCCGCUUGCCCCCUUCCUUCUGCUUUCAUUGUGCUGUUAUUCUGUCCUUAGACUCUGUAUUUUUCCCUUUCAGCCAUACUGGCCUUUCCUUUAAACUUAGAGUAGUUGUAAUGUGUACUACUGGCAUCUUCAUUUGGAGCAGCACUUGACAGAAAAGGGGUUCACACGAUUUGCACACAAGUGACAGCACAACACAAUGAUAUAUUAGCAAUUUUUAUUAUACCUUUCUUCCAAGGGACUCUGGGUGCCUGGUCUUCCUUUUUCCCACAAUCCCCAAUUUUAUCCUCGCAGCAUCCCUGGGGAGAGAGAAAGUGACUGCCCUUAGGUGAGCUUCAUGACUUAGUAGGGAUUUGAACAUGCAUGUCUCUGGUCCUAGUCCAACACUCCAACCUCUACAUCACACUAACUCUUUGAUCACCUUGUCACUGAAAUCCCUUUUGUACAUGCAGAUGACCUUUAUCUCUGUCUGGCUUCGCCCCUGCAUCCCCAUAAAUCAUGAAAAUGGUAAAUCUAGUACCCACUUAACAUUUUUUUUCAGCGAUACUAAAGCACAACACAUGCACAAGGAAGCACUUGUGACAAGCUUGUGCUACAGAAUUGAACCCCACAUGGGCAAAUGGGGGAUUUUGUAGAAACAGGUCACUGCAAGAGAGAAAGACACUAACUGGCAGAAGCUUUGACGUUUGGGGGUGAGAGCUGAUCCCAGGGAAUUACUCCAGCCAUUAUGAAGUUACUUGCCCAUUCCUUGAAUUAGGUGGACUGACGCUAUUAAUAAUUAUUUCUUCCUCUGCUUCUUAAACUUAAAGGAUCAUGUAUGGAAGAGGAAGCUUCUAUCAUCACAGUCCCUAGACGUGAUGGCAGUUAAGGGGUUUGAAGGGCAUAUUUUUACACUGAUCUCCCCAGUACAAUUGUAACACAUAGAAACAUAAAAAUAUAUUAACACUAGUAUUUGUUCCUGAGAUCAAAUAAAAAUGCAUUGUGGGCUAGUGAUGGCUGACUUAUGGGCGGUUCUUCUAGAAUUUCCUUCACUAUAAAUAAAUCCAUUAGCCUGUGGAAUAGCAAGCACUAAGAUUUGAGGUUAUUGUGCUAAUUGUGACAGUAUAAACUAGUAUGGCGGAGUAGUGAUGAUGGUCUUAUGAAGCAGGUUUGUGGUUAUUGUCCCUAUAUUCCUUUUUGGUGAUGGAAUUUCAUGUGUACAUGUUGGAUGAUACCCAUUGACUACUGUGGAAUUACAUAAUGCUUAACAUUAACUGCUGUUCAACCAUCUUAUGUUGUUGUUGGGUGAUUUCUCCUUAGCCAAAGACUGACCUCCCUUGCUCAGAGUGAUAUGUCUAGUCCUCUGUCGUCUGAAAAUGCUGAGUCUUAUACUGGACCAAGAAACACACCUUAGUCUCUGUGGAGAACUGCACUAGUGGGUCUUUCGUAUAUGGAAACUCUGCUUUGUUUUAUGUAAUUGUUGCAACUGUUGGUAGUCAUAGUGUCUCCAAAGGCUGAAACAGCACAACUGUUCAUUCCACUCUACACAAGCUAUUGAUUGGCAUUUAUAUUAGGAAUGAAAAGAGUGGGGGGGGGGAGGGAGAGAAAAUUUUGCUUCACUUGGGAAGCAAGUAUUGCUCUCUAAAAAUGAGAACUGUUCAAAAAAGUUCAAUUAUUGUAUACUUUUGGUUUUUUGCAUCUGUAUUGCUCAUCUCAUGCAAUAAAAAUGUUUAAAUAAUGUGUACUUUUAUAGCCCUUUUAUUGUGAUCUCAUAGAUCAUAACAUCGGUUCUAUUAUAUGGAAAUCCACAACAAUAUUGGAGACAACUCACAUUUCUGUUAGUGAGGGCAGGACUACAGCUUAGCUGUGAUUUCAUUCAGACUCAGUAUUUUGCAAAUUGUACUCAGGACCUACCUUGCUUGCAUUAAUUGAAACUGUGCUACUUAAGAACUUCAAGGUAUUUUUCAGCUCCUACUACUGUAAGUAUAGGUAGCACAAUCCUACCCAAGCCCCGUGCUGUUUACUUCAGAGGGCUUCCAUGGUCUUGCCCACUCAUACCUCUCCACGCUUACAUUCCUGCCAGAACUUUGGUCCCCCAGCUGUGCCAUCCAAAGGUCUGUUCCCUCAAAAGACUUUCCUUUUGUCCCUUGCUGACCUGCAUACUUGGUAUUACCUCCCAGAACACCUGCAGUUUCCUGCCCCCAAACCCCUCUUCAAAAUCCACCUGCCCUGUAAAUCAUUUGGCACAGCCCCUCGAUUCCCAUGCCUUGCUGUAACUCCGCCUGUAGCUAAAAGUGUUCAUUGCUUCCCUAAUUACCCUUCCUCCCCUCCCCGCCCUCACUCUGUUUCCUGAGUCAAAUUUUAGAAGGUAGCCUCCUCAGGGCAGGGAACUGACCUUUUGCAGUCUGUAAAGCAUUAUGGCACACUGGUAGUACUACUGUAUAGAUCAAUCAAUAGCAAUUGCAAGGAGAACUAAUUUUGUUCCAUAAAAUGGACCAACGUCUUAGAGAAAGUACAGUGGUACCUUGGUUUACAACCAUAAUAUUUUCCGGAGGUCAGUUUGUAAACCAAAACAUGUCGUAACCCUAGGCGUGCUUUCGCCAAUGGGGCCUCCCCCCACCAAAAAAAAAUUCCGUAAUCCAAAAAAAGGUUGCACACCGGGACACGCACUUCCGGGUUUGGCGUGGUUGUAAUCCAAAACGUAUGCAAACCAAGAUGUAUGCAAACCUAGGUACCACUGUAGUAAUGGUACACUUGAAACAAGUAGAGAGAUGGCUUCUUUAAAGUACAGUGGCCCAUUAUUAGGAUAGGCCAUUGAAAAGGGUAAUACAGUGGUACCUCGGGUUACAUACGCUUCAGGUUACAGACUCUGCUAAUCCAGAAAUAGUACCUUGGGUUAAGAACUUUGCUUCAGGAUGAGAACAGAAAUCGUGCUCUGGCGGCACAGCGGCAGCAGGAGGCCCCAUUAGCUAAAGUGGUGCUUCAGGUUAAGAACAGUUUCAGGUUAAGAACAGACCUCCGGAACGAAUUAAGAACUUAACCCAAGGUACCACUGUACUGAAACCAUGCAUCAUCUCAAUUUCCUCUCUCUCCCCCCCCCCCCCACCUCCCCAGGUAUUUUCAUCUCCAUAAACUGUAAUUAUAACUUGUGAGUGUGUGUAUGGAAUAAAAUAAAAUAUCAAGUGGGUGGGCACUUCAGUGUUGGGAAAUGCAUUGUGGGCUAGAGAGCUAUAGAUUACAGUGGUACCUCGGGUUACAUAUGCCUCAGGUUACAAACACUUCAGGUUACAGACUCUCCUAACCCAGAAAUAGUACCUCGGGUUAAGAACUUUGCUUCAGGAUGAGAACAGAAAUCGUGCUCCGGCAGCGCGGCAGCAGCGGGAGGCCCCAUUAGCUAAAGUGGUACCUCAGGUUAAGAACAGUUUCAGGUUAAGAACAGACCUCCAGAAUGAAUUAAGUACUUAACCUGAGGUACCACUGUACUGGCAUCUUUUGUCUGGGCUGCAUAACCUACAGUAAGGUCUCUGCUCAAUUGUCUUUCUUGCUAUGAGUAGUUACCUCAGUAGCCAGGUGAGGAGAGCUCCUGCCUAGAAAUUUCAUGCAACUCCAAGGCAUAGCAGCUGUUCCAUCAUCACAGGAAAGGAAAGCAGAGUCUAUCCUGGUCCCAGCUGGAAAACACCUCAGAAUACUUAGGAGACUUGCCUCGGAUGAAGAUACAAGAAACUGUUCUAUCACACAGGAUACCAGAAGAGGUUGGGAACGAUGGCAGAGCAGGGAUGGGAAAGGCUGGCUACAUUUUUGGUAUCCUUUUUAGAAAUGCAUUUGUGAUUGCAUGCCAAGCAUUUAAGUCACAACUGAUUUGUCAUGUUUUUUGGGGAGGAAACCAACCCCGUACCCAACCUCAGCUUUAAAUUAUGUGUUCAAAUGUAACUGCUGACUUCCUAGCCUUUGCUAAACAUUUACAUCUCAGCAAAGUUGGUUAGAAACAGAUUCUAGAAUUGUACUUCAUUUUUGCUUCCUGCAUAGUAUAAUUUGCUAACUUUAGUUAAGAGGAAGUGUCUGUCAUCAUAACUUCUGAACCACAGACGCUUAGCCAUUUUAUUUUGCCCUCACAGAAGUCAGUAGUGUGUGUAUCCCCACCACCGUUCCAGUUGGAGUUUUAUUAUUUUUUACCAUACAACCAUACAUAAUCUGUUUCCCAAGGCAAAUGUAAACUGUUGUUGAGACUCUGAAGGUAUAUUUCUCAGUGAUAGUUCUCAGUGUUCAUCGAAUUAUGAGUUAAUUGUUUCAGUUAUAAAAAUAAGAUACUGAGUUAUGUAUUAAGAAAUCAUCACUUCAUUAGCUCUCCCCAUUCCUUUAUAUGCAGAUUCUUGGGGUGCAUGACAAAUAUUGCAAGCAAAAUACGAGGCAAACCUUAUCACCCAUUUUUUGUGCGAUCAAGGUAUUGCAGGGGUUUGGGUCAUCAUUAUUCUGCCCAUUAUGUUACUAGAUAGAAACCAGUGAAUUUGGUCAAUUUUAACUUAACAUUUCACUUGUCACUAACGCAUGCGUGUUUGCGUUUUAUAAAUUAUUGUGUUUUGUGUUGCUAAACGUUUAAAGUCCUCCUAAGGCAAGAUAAGAUAUUGUAGCAAGGACCAUCUUUGUGGUUUUCACAGCUCAUCAGUGUAUAUCUGUAACCUUUGAAGGGCAUGUUUUUCAAAUAACAUGAAUUCUCUUCAGAAAGGAAAAAUAUGGAUGAUUGUGCUGGAAAUACCAGGAAGAUGUGUAGAACAGUCUGUAUAGCACCUUUGUGCAUUCAUGUAAGUCCCCUUUGAUGCACUGGGCUUUGUGUGCAUGGUGUUGCUCACAGCACACAAGUAAAUCAACAACAAAACAUUAAUUUCCAGUAGUACGCUUAAAUUGAAUGCUAUUGUGAACAUUACCAGAAAAAAGAAAAGAAAAAGAAGUCACUCUUAUCUUUUCCUGCUUCUAUCUUCUCCUGUUUCUGCCAUCCUGUAGGGAAUAAGAAUUAUGAGUGUAUGUGAGCCCAGGUAAUGUAUGGAAUACAUGAGUCUUGCUAGUGCAUUCCCCAUAGGUGUUCCAGGCGCAUUGCCAUGAGAAAUAAACCAGAAAGUCAAUAUAAUUCAAAUAAUGGAAUGUUGUUACCCACCCUAUGUAUACAGUACGACCACAGCACACAUGCAUUUUACUUAGGUGAGUUCAGUCAUAUGUGCUUGGCUCUGGAGGUGGUGGUCUUUCCGGCGAUGGUUGCAGCAGAGGAGAUGGCUGCAAACAUAGGCAAGCAGACAGAAGAAGAAAGCUGCAGGAGAGAGGAGAGAGACACAGAGAGCUGCAGGCAGAAGAAAAAAGCUGGAAUGGAGCCACAGCUCCUGUCUCCCUCUGCAUUUAGACCUCUUAGGAAUUGGAUACCAUGACCAUGUCCCCAUAUAAACUUGGUUUGUUUAUUAUUUAUUUUAUAAUAUUCAUACGCUGAUUGCAACCUCCCCCACUCAAAGUGGUUUACAAAAAGGUUGCAAUCCUUCCCCUGGCCCGGGCAGUAAAAAUAAGUAUGUGCUGUCCGUUUCUAAGGCUUUGGUUCUUUGCGGUGGUGUCCCUCUGCUGAUUGAAGACACAAGGAUACAGUGGAGGCUUCUGUCAACAGAAUGGGAAGGGAGAUUAUACUUGCUGAUGCGCCCCACUAAAAAAAUUGCUCCAGAGGCUUUUGUGGGGGAUGGGGAAGCUUUGAAACAGCAUGGACAGUGGCAUGGGAGAGGGGGAAUCAAAGGAAAUGUUUACCUCUCUGUUCUUCUGAUGGAAACCUUCACUGGACAAAAGCACUUCCUGUUAGUGGAAGGACACAACUGGACAGCCUCAUUCACUGUAUGAUUACAGUCGUACCUCGGGUUACAAACGCUUCAGGUUGUGCGUUUUCGGAUUGCACAUCGCGCCGAACCUGGAAGUACCGGAACAGGUUACUUCUGGGUUUUGGCGCAAGCGCCGAAUUGCAACCCAUGUGUGCGCAGACGCGGAGCUGUGGGUUGCAAAUGUGCCUCCCGUACGGAUCACGUUUGCAACCCGAGCGUCUACUGUAGUUCCUUUUGCAAAUUAAGCAGUCAAACAGGAGACCAAGAUUCAAUGCUAUAUGCAAAGUUAUUGAGGGAGGACGUACGACUUCACUUCUACCCAGAACUUCCAUUCGGUUUUUAAUUCCAUCUUCCAUACCCCAUUUAACUGAAUGUGUAAGGACAAGUCCACUUGAGCAUACUGCCCCAUCUCAUGCCAAUGUUGCCAUUGAUUAUAGAGCUGCCAGUUGGUAAAUAUAGUUGCUAAUGAACUUGCUCAACAAGUUGGUUUUAGAGUAUUUUACCCCUCGGUAAGAGAGAGAGAGAGAGAGAGCGCGCGCACAAAGGCUGAAAAAUGGACGUUUUUAAAUGUUUAUAAAAAGGCUCUUGUUGAAAAAGGACUUUUUCUCUCCACGCGGGCGUUUGAGGGUCCUGUGGUGCAAGGUUUCCUGUCCGCUCAUCUUCACAAAAUACGUCUGCAGAGCAGUUUUUUGCUGCCUGUGUCCCUACAAUGUGACACUUCACAAAUCGACCCAAGUUUAUUUCCUUUAAAUGCUUUAUCCGGCAAACACAUCCCCCUCGCUGUUGGGUGAUUUUUGAAUUAGCUUUAGAAAAGAUUACAUGGAUAAACACAGCAUUGUCGGCGUUAAUAGAAACCUGUGCAGUGAGGUCUAUGGGCUGCAAGAUCGGUAACAGUGCCAAUGACAGUGAAGUAUGGCCUUAUCGAAAGGAGAAUUCAUAAGAGGCUGCCCUGGGACACUCCACUACUGUCCUUCUGUGUAUCCUUACAAUGUUAUCUGUCCUCUCAGUACGGAGUAUCAAAUGUCUGUCAUGAGUAUAGAAAUUAAUUUAAUGUCACCUGAAGACAUGCAAUUAAUCUUUUGGAGGUUUUCAUAAUACCUUUACAGAAAGAGUUGCCAGUUUGGCGGAUUUGGAUUUUGGGUUUUAGUCAAAGAUAAGGAAAAUUAAUUUUUCAUCAGGGUUAAUACAAGCUAGAAGGGCCACAAAGGCUGAGAGAGAUGGUUGGGGAAUUUGUCAAGUGUUGUCACUCUGGAAUAAUGCUGCUUAACGCCUGAUAGGUGUAAUCAAGAGUUGAGAUUUCUAUAGAAGGGGAUUAAUCAAUUUGCUCACUACAGAAUGCUUGCUGGUGAUAUCGCUCAUUCGCGGGGUUUUAAGAAUUAAAAUAAGAUUUGAUCUGUCAAAUUGCAAGAAGCUCUGACAGUAUCAAUGGGGCAGUUUUUUAUCAGGACAUCCUCGAAGCAUUUGUUAUAAAUAAAUUUGUCUGGCUAAUAUUGGUGGCAAACAAACUUCAUCUUCAUUGUGAAACUGUCAGGAUAUCCGUGAUAGAGUGCACAGCAUACAAAAUUCUGGCACUCCUUCAAAGGUCUUAUUUAUUAAAGAAUGCAUGUUCUUUACAAUAAUGCGUGGUCUCUUAAGUUUCUGGAGGUAAUUAGUUUAGAUUUCUGCAAAUAAACCAUUGAUCUAGAGAUGGUUGGACCUCAUUCUUUUAUGUUCUUUCUUGUACAGUCCAGCUGGACUUUGAAGGUGACUUCCAAGUCACAAAUGACAAUAGAAAGUUAAUACAGUGGUACCUUGGUUUGCAUACAUCUUGGUUUGCAUACGUUUUGGAUUACAAACAUGUCAAACCCGGAAGUGCAUGUCCUGGUUUGCAACUUUUUUUGGAUUACAACCCUUGGGUGGGGGGGAUUCCGAACAAAAGUUUUUUGGAGGCCACAUUGCUGAAAGCGCCCCUUGGGUUACAACCCUUUUUGGUUUACAAACGGACCUCCGGAACGGAUUAUGGUUGUAAACCAAGGUACCACUGUACCACAUAAGUACAAUAUUAAGCUAUAUGUCAGUGUGCAACACCUUUAGCUUAGGAAUGUCUUAUAUCCAUCACUGAAAACUGGCAAGGAUUGUGGGGUUUUUGGGGGGGUUUUUUGUAACAAAUUACUUGUGAUACAAUACUGUUUUAUAUAAUAAUGGGAUGAAAGCAUAUUUCUUGACUUCCCACUGUUUGCAUUUUAAAUCUGUAGGAUCUGGUAUUUUGCGGAUCAACAGUUUAAGAAUUGACUCUGACUAGAGCGCCUGCCCUUUUAACUGUACUGUAUCACACCUAAUCCUGUUCUUGGUUUAUCACUUUGCAUAUGAAGAAUAAGAAUAUAUUAAAGGUCAUCUGAAAAUAUUGGUCUUGAUUCAAAAUGAAAGUUGGCUUUCAAGGUUUGAAGAUCAGCAAAUCUACCAAAAUAGUGCUAAUGUAUUUACUUGGUUAUUGGCUCAGUUCUAAGGCUUGCUCUGUGGGCAUUUAAUUGUUGAGGAUGGGAACUAUCUGGUUCUGUGCAAAUGCAGCCUUGGCACUGUCGUUGCUGGAGGCUACACAAAACAUGUUAAUAUACUGGUAAAGGCUCAAGUAAGUGAAAGGCUAAGCAAAAGUUUCAGGUCUGCUUGGCAGAGUUAAAUGUACAUAAACAUAACUCUUAGAACCGCCCUGAGACCUCCGGGUAUAGGGCGGUAUAUAAACUCAAUAAAUCACCAUCACAGUCAUCAUUAGAAAGGUUUGCAUCCCCUCUAGGACAACACUGGUUUUAAUUGAGUCCCAAAAUUUGGAAUGAUACAUAUAACAGAAUGACACCCUUCUCAAGUCGUUCUUUUAAUAAUAAUAAUAAUAAAUUUUAUUUAUAUCCCGCCCUCCCCAGCCGAGGCUGGGCUCAGGGCAGCUAACAACAAUCAAAAUAAUCCAACGUUCUAAAAUAAUCCAACGUUCUAAAAACAUUUCAUUAUAAAACUUAAUUAAAAUCAUAUUGAUGGCAACCAUUAAGCAAAAUUCUGUGCAGAUUGCCAGAGGAGGGGGUCAGGCUGCGCCCUGACCAAAGGCCUGGUGGAACAGCUCUGUCUUGCAGGCCCUGCAGAAAGAUGUCAGGUCCCGCAGGAUUUUGGUGGAUUCACCUAGCUUGGACUUGAUGAAAGAUGGAUUUCUGUGAAUCAUCUAGUGUCAUGGCAAAAAAGAUUUGCAUACACCAUAAUUAGAAAAUAAUAGACGUUUGGAUAGUCCAACAUCCUGCUUCCAUCAGUGGCAAUUCAGAUGCCCCUGGACAUUCAAAAGCAGAAUACAACCCCUUCCCCCAGUUGUGUGUCCUGCAAUAUUUGGUCCUCAAUAUGCCCCUGAACCUGGCUAGUAGUCAUUGAUUUCCCUUAAACAUGCCUAAACUCUUUUUAAAGCCAGCAAAGCUAGUGGCUAUCACUAAUCCUGUAGGAGUGAAUUCUGUUAGGUAUUGUUUGACUUUAUUUUCCCUAACCUGAAACAACAGCCAUUCGGUUAUAUUGGACAUCUGAAUUCUUCUGUUUUGAAUGGAGUGGAAUUCUCUAGCCAUUUUCUCCAUAAUUUGCAGCUUUAUAAGCCACCAUCAUGUCUCACCUUUUGUAAACUAAAAAGGCGCAAAAGCUUUUAGCCUUUCCUUAUAGGAAAAACACUACAGCCCACUUAAUCUUAAAUUGCUUUCUUUCUUUUUUAAAAGCAAUAUUUUCUUUUCUUUUUUGGGGGUGGGGGUAGAACUUAUUUAUGAUUACAUAUAUUAAUCUUAACUUAUAAAUAUAUAACACAUAAAGAAAUGUACAUUUUGUAAUAUAAAAUACAUAGCAUAACCAACACAAUCUUAUAACAAUGCAGAUUUGACCUGCAAGUCUACUUCUCAUAAGGAUCUGGCCUAUGGAGCAAAAAAAUGUUGCCCAUUCCUGCUGUAGACAGUAAAAAUUGACCCAAGAGAUAAGCAGCCCUUGUGCUGUCAGUUUUUGAUAUAGAAGUUGAAACAGUAUCUGAAAUUUCUACCCAGAUUAAAACAAUUCAAACUCUCUUAACAGAUAUCACCACUCUAGUCUAUCAAAUCCCCUUUUGGCACUUAGAAAUAACAAUAUAGACUUUCAGUUCUUAUCUUGAGCUCUCUCAUACUGAUUGACCUUUGUAUGAUGGUAGAUAAUUUACUGUUUCUCAAAAAAACAACAAGCCCCGUCUGAUCAAUAUUUAUAUAUAUCAGAAUGGUGGAGUUAUAAUGCUCAGCAGAUAAACCAUCUGGGCUAGGAAAUUUGCCAUUUUUAAUUAAUUAAUUUUCAGCCUUCUGGUAUUGUAAAUGGGGCUUCUAGGUUUUUUUCUGAUACUCAUUUCAUAUUUUUUGGUAAAUAUAAUUUUUUGCCAUAAUUAUUUCUCCUUUACAGAAUUCACCUAAGUAGCAAAAAUUUUACUAAAUUUCCCAAGUGAAUUAUGUGAACCAUAAAUACAUGCCAACAUGAUUUCUUUCCUCAGCAUUGUACCUUUAAUCAUAACUACCUUUUAAAAUUUUAAAUGUCCCCUUCUGCAUUUGGGAACCUAAAAUUGGCGAGUGUUACCCAGAGAAAGCAACUAUAAGCCUAGAUAGAGGAAUACAGCCCAAGGAGCAUGCAGUAGGUAGCCCCCACUGUCAUCAAACUAAUCUGGCAUGUGGAUGCGAUUCUGUUUUACCCAUGCAAGUCACAGCUUAGAUCAGGGAUGGCCAACUCCUAAGAGACUGCGAUCUACUCACAGAAUAAUAAUAAAAAGUGAUCUACCCCGGGGGGGGGGGGGGUUCAGGUCAAAUUCCUUUUUUUAAGGGGUUCAGGGAAAAGUUGCUGAGCUUUUAUUUUUAUUUUCUUAGGGGGAAAGGGGGAAAGUCGCUCACCAAAAAAUCACUUAGGAAACAAUCAGCCUCACUGCAAAAGCUCCGUCUUCCGUUCUGGAGAUCAGGCAACAAUGGAGGGCGGGGCCCAAUUAUAUUUUUAACUGAGGAAAGGGAACCAGCGAUCAACCACAAUCUACCAAAACCUCCUGGGGAUCUACCAGUAGAUCACGAUCGACCUGUUGGACAUCCCUGGCUUAGAUGUUCUCAUAUAUUAGGCUUUGAUUCAUUUAUACAUGUAGAAGAACAUUUGCGUAGACUCUCUCCAUUGUAGCUAGUAACCUGUCAUCAUGCUGGGGGGUGGGGCGCGAGGGUGGCUUUUUGCCAACUCCCCAUUUCAUAAUUCUAUUUCCACUCGGCAUAACCCAAAAUUUUGAGCCAGUUUCUGUUUUUAGCAGAAUAUGGUACCUGUGCAGACUAAUCACACUCGGCACUGUAGUAGCUUUGCAGAAAAUGUGUGCUGCGUUUUGUGGAUCCUGAACUGGUGUGGUGUUGUUUCCCUCAGGGUGGUGAGAACGUUGGCUUUUCUCACUCCGACCUGCCACAUCACCGGCUACAGCAACCCCUGGACCAAAGACAUCAGCCUGUGCGGAAGGUCACGUUGACAAAAGGAACAAUACAGCAACCACAUCAGCACCAGCUGGCACAGAUCCACUCACUUCCCCUGGGGCUGAAAAGCAUCCCAGGGAUACAUCAGGCAAAGAAGGUAUGGAUUCACAAUUUGUAUUAAAAUCACCUUUGUAAUUUGUUUGAAAGAAUAGCCAGGAAUGAAUUCCCACGGUUAUUCAGAUGCUGAACCAGUUAAAACAUGCCAGCUGCUAGAGAAGGAGUGACGAGAGAGUUGGCGUGUCAAGUAUUUGCAACUUUUUGUAUUGUCAUUUUAGUGUUAAAGUAGACUUUUAUCACCUGAAACUGUCUUAAUCUGCAUGGCAUUUCUAAGGAGAACUUAACAUGAUCUCUGCCACAAUGAACAUCCAUCAUGUUAAUAGAGAGCUCAGUUUCUCUGCUAUGCAAACCUAUGGAACUUCGUUGCCAUUUUGUGCAUCAGGGUGUUGCCCUCUUAGCAUUGGACUUGUCUUGCAGACUAGCUAAGCUUUUCAAGCUCUGAAUUUGGAGAGCUGACGACACCCCUGGAAAUCAGAAGGCCAGGGAGGCGAAUGAAAACUGCUACGGCAAACCCCAGUUUCCAGGACGGUUGGGCAGUUAUGAAAGCCCUUAAGGGAAACAGUGGCAUAACAUUUCUGGUGCUGUUGCUUCCCCCAGAGAGGAAAUCCUUGUUACAUUGACAUGUCUCCAUACUUGCACAUUUAUAGCACGCAGGGAGUCUGAACUGUUUGGCUGUCAGUCCAAUGAACAAGCUUGUGUGUGUAAAAUUUGCCAACAGCAACAUGACACCUUUUAAUCGGUCUCCGCUUUCAUCAUCUCCUUCUAAGUGAAUUACUAACUUGCGCGUUACCUGUCAGAUUCAGUUAGGCGAAAGCAAGUAAAUAAAAAAAUGCAGCUUACUUUUGUUCUUGGCAGGUCAUUACGCACGGGAGAGGCAGAGGCAUUGCGGGCCAGAUGGGCCGAGGACGCUUGAUGCCAAAUAAACAGAAUCUGCGAGUGGUAGAGUGCAAACCACAGCCCUGCAUUGUGUCAGUUGAAGGGCUUUCUUCAUCAACCACGGAUGUCCAACUGAAAAACCUGCUGAUGUCGGUAGGACCUAUUCAGGUAAAUCACCCUGGGCUUGUGUUACUUGUGCCAGAAAUCUUUCAUCUUACAAAGCUCAAUGUCUUUGAUGGGAGGACGAGGAGGAGGAGGCUUUUAGCAGUUAAUUACAUAUAUUUAAAGAUGCCUCCCCUCCCCCCCCCCCACACCCAGUGUGUCUGAAAGGAAAAGGCUUCUAGAUAAAAGAAUUAUCUCAACUGUGAUGCAGCAAGCACAGAGUGUCGUUCAUCUCAAUGCAGUGUCACACAAAUGCCUUUCAUGGUUGUUCCAGACCUGCUCUUGCUAAGGGUUCAGCGUACUCACAGGAAAAUGCUGUGUCCUCAAAAAGUACAGAGAAAAUAGUCUUUUAAGAGGGAAAAGAGGGUGUUCAGUUAGAUAACACAUCUUUUGGCUGAUGGUGGACUCUGCUGCUUUACUAACUCCAGUGUUUAUCAUGAGCAAGAUUGAGCAUUAACAAUAAACUUUUUGGAUAUGACUUCUUCCCUCACGCCCACAUGUGGCUAGAUCAUAAGUGGUACUUGGGUUUUACCACUUCCCCACCACACCGAAACCAGGCGAGUCCUGUUGUUUGAUUUGCGGCAUAUCCUCUAAGUAUGGACAGUGAAAUUGCUAAAGAAAGUAGUUUCAUCAGGCAGGGCUGAAGAUGAUCCUGCAAGGGAUCUUCAAGAUCAGAUGCUCACCUACAUGCCAUGAGGGGAGCAGGAAAGAAGAGCACAAGGCUGGGUCCUGCUUUCAGUAAAGUCAGAAUUCCCUUUACUGAAGAAAAUGUCCCCCCACCCCCUCCAUUUUAUUCCCACUCUGCAUCUCGCUGGUAGUCAUAUUGUCUCCCCGGAAAGGUAUUCUUCCCAAGGUCAGAUUGGGGAAUGGAGAAUUUGGUUGUGCCUUCCACAGUUGCAAGUGGAAUUGGGAGCAGAGCAUUUGGCCAGUAUUUGGGGGGGGGGGUUGUAUGUUCAGAUUGUUUCAUAGAGGAGGAGGGUUUUUCCAACCUUAUGGUAUAGUGUAAGAGAGCAGCAACUUCUUAUUCUCCCCUUCCUUGUCUGUGGACUGAGCAAGAUGUGCUAGCUAGCUACCCACUUGGCCAUCCAAGGAAGCGAGGGAAUUGAGGAGGAGCUGCUUUGUUGCACUAUAUCACCAGAUUUUUUGGGAGGGAAGAAAAACAGCACAGCCUUUUUUUUUUUGCUCCCACCCCCCAAAAUUGGGAGGGGUGGGGAGAAAUUUUCUUCAUCUUCAUCUUCCUCAGUCUCCAAACCCAGGUAACAGCCCUGGUUGAUACCAGGAGAUUAGGAGUGUUCCUUACAGAAGAUAGUUGUAUAGAAAGGGCCAGCUCUGUAGUUCUGAGGCGUUACACUCCGCAUUUUGUUGCAAUGGAAAAUGCUUCAAUUUGCAGUUGUGAUCACCCACUCCUGAUGACCUUGUUAAUGGCAUUCUGCCUCAGGAUUGUGAAAGCAUCACCCAAAUAAUCUUUGUUCACCUUGUACACACCUCAGGAAGUACAUAGGGCUGAUUCACACCCUCAAUAGUUGCCAUGGUUUGUACCUUCAGCCUCAACCCUAUAGAAGUUCCUUUGCUGCCAGAUGAAAAAUUCUCCCAAACCUCAUCAAGGUUUUGGGUAGAGGGAUAAUAAAAUAACUUGUACUCCAGCACAGUUACAGAUUCCAGCAAUGCAUUUCAAAAUACAAACAGCUUCCCCUUAAAAAAAUAUUUUUGAAACCCAUUGGGAACAUGAUCAAUCCAUACACCUAUUUCUUUUUGUGGUAAGCUUUGUUAUGGCCUUUUGAACAACUUUGCACAAUUUACAGUGUGAUCCUAUGCACGUCUACUCAAACAGUGAAUUAAAUGGGACUAUUUAAGGAGAGUAGACUUAAGGCAAUAUAUCAAGUUUGCAUUGUGAUGGAGGAAAGUACGGGCAAAAAGCCAGAAUGGGAAACUUCUGGCCCUCCGGGUAUUGUUUGGAUUCCACUCCCAUCAGGCACAGCAAACAUGACCAGCUGUCUUACCAAAUGCAAGGUGGUUCUUUUAAAAGAGAUUCAGAAGCAAUAGAAAACACAAGUGGGUGAGAAGAUGAUUUUACAGUGGUACCUCGGGCUAUAGCCCGAGGUACCACUGUAAAAUCAUCUUCUCACCCACUUGUGUUUUCUAUUGCUUCUGAAGAACAACUUAAUUCAUUCUGGAGGUCCGUUCUUAACCUGAAACUGUUCUUAACCUGAAGCAACACUUUAGCUAAUGGGGCCUCCCACUGCCACUGCACUGCCGCCACACAAUUUCUGUUCUCAUCCUGAAGCCAAGUUCUUAACCCGAGGUACUAUUUCUGGGUUAUCAGAGUCUGUAACAUGAAGCGUCUGUAACCCGAGGUACCACUGUAUUCCUAAACGGCAAGCAAUAUAUACACACCAGGCUUGCACUUCUGUCUGCCAUUUGGAAGUCCUCAAGAAGUGGCGAAGUGACUCCCCCAGGUAGCCGCAGUUUGCACAGCCCUGCGGCGCAGGCUUUCCCCAAAAAACUCUGCCCAAACCAUGCCUCACUUUCCAAUAACAAUUUCCAACAUCAAAGAAGGUUCCCAGCACUAUCCUCCCAGACUGAUUAAGGCAGCUGUGUGGGGGGCUUCACCUCCUCCCAACUUAUUAGGACAUCAGAGAAGGUUCUCACACCUUCAAAAACUUAACAGCUGCAAGGGAGGGGGAAGGAACAGAGGCAGGAAGGGUAACCAUGUUAGAAUCACUAACUCCUCGAUAUACAUUUUGUCUUCCGGAUGGAUUUCCCAUACCCCAGCGGUCAGUAAUGAUGGAAGUUUUAGUCCUGCAACACCAAUGAAUGAGUUCACCAGUUCAUAAUGUCUGCAUGUUUAACACUAUCAGUGCAGUGCAGUUUAUAAUGCAAAGUGUCUGGAUAGAUUUUUUCCAAAUCACAUGGUUUUGCCCUAGGGAAAUAAUCUGCUACUACUCUCAGAAUCCUCUGCUGUGUACUAAACUCCUUAUAAUGUUGAGGUAAUAUGUGAAUUGGUAGGUUCUCAUGGACCAUCCAUUUAAAGAUUUCUUGAGCCUCUCCACCUUAAUCUGAAAGUUGAGUACUGGCAUAGCAGCCUGUUCUUGCAGUGUUGUGCCGACUCAGUAAACUCCACCCCAGCCUUCCCCAACCGGAUACUUUCAAGCCUUUAGAACUGCAACUCCCUCCCAGCCACCCAACUAGCAUCAGCUGAGUCUGAUGGGAAUUGGAGUGACCCGGUUGGGGAAGGUUCCUCUGAUCUGAAACAUUAGUUACCUAUUGGCCAUUUAUAUGUUCAAAUGAAUCUCUGGAAUUCAAGGCUGACAGCUCUUUGCAGCAGCACUGCCAGGGAAUAUUAUCAGGUUAUCAUCACAGUGUCAUGCUUGUGAAAACCACUCCGCCAUUCUUUGGAAACAAUGCAGUUAUAAAACUAGCCUUGUAAAGGUGGCGAUCCAGUUUCAUGUUAAAUAUUCCACUUUUUCACUGCCUAAAAUAAUAAUAAUGCUUAAUAUGACAUGCUAGAGCAGAGAAUACACGACACCAUCAUAGAUAGAUGCAUUAAUCAUUGAUUCUUUGUAAGUGGCUUAGUUAUUUUUGCAAACUUUGUGUUGAAGUGUGUUUAAAGAGAAAGAUGUUUUUGACAUGACAAGUGUGCUUUCACAGUGUAAGUAAAGGUGACUCCUUGUGGCUUGAGGAAGCGGAGAAAAAGUGACUGUGCCUUUUUCAAUGUGUCCCACUUGGCAUUCUUAGAGUGAUGGCACAACCUAGUGCUCAUUUAGGGUAAUGUAAGGAUUGUUUGUUUUAAAGCGAGAAGCUUGUAAAUUAAAAAUGGGUUUGAAUCAAAGUUGAUGUAUCAUCACAUGUUGUAGGGAACUUUAGGUUGGCAUGAGAAUAAGAUUACAUAUGAACUGAUGAAUAACCUUACUUUGGAGACGUCUGCAUUUCUUUGUAUUCUGUGCAACAGUGAAGAGUCCCUGCAUGUUUUACCUACACACACACACAAAAUUCUUGUGUGUUUCUGCCUUUCCUAUUUUGCCAAAGAGACAGAUUUUCAUCCUGAGUUGGUGUAGCCAUGUUUUUAUAGCUGCUUUCCACAUCAGCUAUAUGUUAGUCUCUUAACCCCUGUUCCUAACUCUUCCCAUUCCAGUUGGUUGUUAAAGAACUUUGUAACUAAAAACUAGUACAGUGGUACCUCAGGUUAAGUACUUAAUUCGUUCCGGAGGUCCAUUCUUAACCUGAAACUGUUCUUAACCUGAAGCACCACUUUAGCUAAUGGGGCCUCCUGCUGCCGCCACGCCGCCGGAGCCCGAUUUCUGUUCUUAUCCUGAAGCAAAGUUCUUAACCUGAAGCACUAUUUCUGGGUUAGCGGAGUGUGUAACCUGAAGCGUAUGUAACCCGAGGUACCACUGUACUUGACUUUUCUUUUUACCCUACUCCCUCCAAAUCUUUUCCUUUUGUGUAGUGGCUUAUAGAUUCUAAACUAGACGGUGGGGAGUAUCAUAUCCACCUUGAAAGCCUUUUCUUGGUGCAAGUGCUUAGUAAAAACGCUUCAGAUAAAUAAGUCUAUUGCAGGAAUUAAGAUGAGCCAGAAGUUUGGGGUGGUGAAUUCUGGCGAUGCCGAGUGCCUUGUCAUCUCCUGCAUUUUAUCCUUUGGUUUCCAGAAUGCAAUGAGCUAGGAGUAAACUGGUUGCAGUUGAGAGUGCAAUCCACAAAUAACCCAGCUGGUUCUGUCCAACUGGAAUAUACAAAAAGUGCUUCUGACUACAAGCAGAGUGUAGCCUGACACCUCCUACCCAAGUGAAAAAGGGGCUACACAACAAGUGGCCUGGCAUCCCUACAAACCUGAGUCUUUACACCUUACUUUUUAGAAAUGGAAAAACUGUUUCUAGCUCCCUUGCAGGUUGCCUGGAACCAACUUAAAACACAGAUUGCCUCAUCUCCCCCCCCCCCCAGCACUGUUUGUUUGUUAGUUAAUUAAAUAAAUUUGUAUACCACCCUUCAUCUGCAGAUCUCUGGGUGGUUCACAGUAUAAAAAUACAAGAUAAAAACACAAUUUCCAUGUAUUGGUGGACUCUAUUUUUGCCCCACUCCUACACAAGGUUUGUGCUCAGUCCAGCAGAAAUAUUCAGUACCUGAACAAAAGACCAGUAUGUCACGGUCUGGUUCACGGGCGGUAGAAGUCCUUGCUGAGGACGUCGGGACCAGGGACAAGAUGGUGGAGGUGGAGUGGGAGCAGGAACGAGAGUCCCGGAGUCAGGAAGCUAAGAGUCCGAGGGUCAGAGAGCCGGGAGUCAAGAAGCCAAGGGUCUGAGGGUCAGGAAUCAAGGAGUCACGAAGUCAAGGGUCCAAGGAUCAAGAAGCAAGGAGUCAAGGAGCCAAACACAGCAAGUCAGGAAACGUGUUGCUGUUGCAAAGAGCCAAAGGGAAAUGCUGACCUUAGAUACCUUCCUGGCUUUUGCCACCAGGUGCUGUGAGUUACCAAUUGGCCUCACCUGUGCGACCGCGCCUUGCCUCUUCAGAACAAACUUAGGAAGGCCCUAGUCCUGCAGAGUCCUACUGGUCACAGGGCCUGGCUCCUGCAUGCACUCCUGACACAGUAAGCAAAAUCCAACCUUCCACAGAAGUCCAUUCCAGUCCUUACAAGAACUCGCCCUCUGCCUUUCUUUGAAAUCAGCUCUUGAAUAUGAUAGAAAGAACGACUGGGGGUAAUUUGGUGUGUGGAACUUUUGCUUUGUAUUCUUGGACAGAAGCUUUUUUUAUUGGGGGGGGGGAGAAGUGAUCGCUUGUUCUUGGCCUUCAGCAGAAGACCAGGACAGGGGGCUUUUAAGGUUUUAAGAUUGGAAUAUUAAAAAUAUAAGGCUCUAGGAAUGUGCAUGAAUAAGCUAAUACUACAAUGGAACCAAGAGGGGGAGUGGAGGGAAGUCAAUCGAAUUAAGAUUUGUGAUCUGAAUUGCUAUGAUUGAUUUGUUUUGUUUUAUACCGUUUUUAUAUUGUUGUGGUUUUUUUUUUAAUUUUGCUUUUUGAAAAUUAAUAAAUUGUUAUUUUUUUUAAAAAAAGGACAGAGUGGGGCUUUGGAAGAAUGGUAGAUCUACCAUGGUGGAAAGCGACAGCAGAGGUGGGCAGGACUAACAGUCAGAGGAGAGAAUGUGGCCACCAGUUUUCUUGGCUUAACAGGGGGCAUCUCUUUCCCCAGAUAUCCACUCCAGCCUUUUGUGGAUGCCUAGUAUAGUUGCUGGAGUGCAGCCCCCCAUUAGACAUGCUGCCAACAACCAACCUUCUUCCAGUGUGGCUGGUGCAGGGGAAACCAUAGAAACCAUAGGUGUUGCCUGCUUUGAGACUCAAGCCAGCUCCUAUCUGCAUUGCUCUGCCCUUCCAUUCUGUCACACUACAGUAGGAUAUUCUUCAUUAUUCUGUGGACAUGAGGAGGGAAGACUUUACAAUGCAGAAAUUUCUGGGUCUGUGCACAGGCCCGUUGCAGGAUCCUUCUCAGUCAGGGUCAGGCAAUCCUGUAUCGGGAGGGGUUAUAGCUCAGUGGCAGAACACAUGCUUUCCAUGAAAAGGUUGCAAGUUCAACGAACAGGGAGAGCGAAGAGGUGAAUACCAUUGGUCUUAAGGCUGACCAGUGAAACUCCACACUGCACCCGUACCAGCAAAACCAGAUGCCUUCAUUUGUGCCACCUGCGAUAAAACAUGUCUCUCCUGUAUUGGUCUCUACAGCCACAGCAGACACUGUAACUCUCCAGCUAUUUGACUUUAUGCCUAAAGUCUCCUCAGGCAGACGGUUGCCAACAGAAUAGGGCUGACCAGUUCCAUGCCCAUGAUGACCCCAAGCAGCUGAAAGCCAAAGUUGGCUGGCCGUGCUAGUGUGUGAAUGAAUGUUUGAAACUGGCUUUAUAGAUGGAGGUUUCUGCUAAAAAGAUGUACACAAAUACUUAAAGCUGAAAAGAAACUUUAGGAGAGAACACUUUGAAGGGAAGUGUGCAAUUCAUGGGUAGUUGAAACCUGCUCCAGUGACUCUUGUGGAGUCAUUUUGAAACACAGUGCUACAUAUACAAAAUACAUCUCUGUAUUCUAUGGAAUGUUAGAAGAACAACUAUUUUGGUUAGUGCUUGAAGGUUAAAAUGAUGCUUCUAUUACAGUAUUACACAAGUGGAAUUUGAACAGUCUAUAAUAAUGUAACCAAGCUAUGCAGACUUAACUCCAUUUUAUGUGUUUUCCUAGCACCUGUAUUUGGAAGCCCCAAAGCAGACGCUGGUCCAGUAAGUUAUUAGCUGAUAGUUGGCUCAAGUUACUUAGUAUAAGAACUUUAUCUUAAUUUCUUCUUCAUGCAAAACGAAGCAUUUUACUCAAAAUAUUAAUAAUUUUCCUGUUUGAAUUUGCCAGGCUUAUGACCACAGGAACUCACAGCAGAGUCUCCUGGAAAAGAAAGUAAUAAAUGAUUGUUAAAAAGAAAUUGAUAUGGUAUACUCUUCCUUUAAAUCAAAAGGAGACUUGUGUUAAAAUAAAGAAAAUAAACAUUGUUUGUGCAAGUCCCACUGUGUAAAACAAAGCUCAAAACACAUAAAGAGAACACAGUCCUUUAGGAAAGAGAAUGUUCCUUCAGGCAGCAAGAGGUAAAUGAGAGAGAAUCUGUGCAAGGAAUCAAAUGUUCACUUAACAAUGAAUGAGCUUUAAAAAAAAUCUGAAAGAUUAAUAUAUUUCCUAUCAGAAGUGCUUAGCACUAAACACUUCAGCCUGUGACUUGGAAACCAUUCUAAGUCUUGUUAGCUAAUGUCAUUGAGAAACUUGGCAAAGUUACCGUAUUUUUCGCUCUAUAAUACGCACCCGACCAUAACACACACGUAGUUUUUAGAGGAGGAAAAUCCGUAGGCAUGCCACCCGUAGGCAUUUCCUCCAUAACACGCACAGACAUUUCCCCUUACUUUUAGGAGGAAAAAAGUGAGUGUUAUGGUGCAAAAAAUACGGUAAUUAAAAAUAAUUAACACAAUGGGCAGUAUGGUGCAAGGAUCAUGAGUUGGGACAGGCAGGGAGCCCAAAGUGAAAAUUUACUGGCCGCUCCCCUUAAAGUGUUUGGAUACCAUCGUUGAACAAAACAGAUCCAGAGUUGAGUGGGAUGGCUAGCUUACAUACUUGGCUCCCCAUGCCCUCCAGCAGCCCCAAGGCUAGGACUUAUCUUUCCCUCUCCUGAGACCCCAGGCGCUCAAAACAUGGAAGUAUGUGCCACUGUACACUCAGCUUGGCUCUCUGAUUUUGGGGUGGUUUUGUGCAAAGCGGUUUUGCGCAAAGUGGCCCUGGGUUGACUAUGAAUUAAUGCAGUUUGUUGGAGGAGAGCCCCAGUGGCCAGAUAGGUUUGACCACCGCAUUUGGCCUGCCCCAAUCGGAGGUUCUUCACCCCUGGUUUAAUCCAUAUCACCAGCUCUGUCUGCACAGAGAGUUUUAUAUAGAAUGUUGACUUAAAAAAUGGCGCAACAGCUAAAUACAGCUUCUUCUUUUCUCCCUCAAUUGGCUGUCACAGGAGGCUGGAGGCUAAAGCACUGGGAGGAUGUCCUGCGGUAGUUGAGAGAGAGACACCUAACUUGGUUGUGAGAAUCAGUUAUUAGCAGCAGGGCCGAAGAAGUUUCAGGAGAGGGAGAGCACCAGUUGACACAGGAGGAAUUGCUGCAUGUCGCUGACGGGGAAAUGACCUCCUAUGGUUACUUGUCCCUCCUGUUGACUUAUAUGGACCUUUAAGCAUGCCAUUCCCUUCAGGGAGAAGAAGGAAUUCUCCACCAUAAGUGACUGUUCUGUGGGAGACAAAAUCCCAACCUAAAUACUUUGGCUUUUGUUUUUGUAAGCAUGUUUUUUAACUCAGUGCACAGUGGCGAAAAUUGACUUUACAAAGAAUUUCAUUCACCUAGUUAUAUGUUGGCAGUGGGGAAAUGACCUGGCAGACUGAAUAGUGUUCCUGCUGUUAAAAAUGGGGCACAUACCCGAAAAAAAAGGGUAGGGGGAUGAAAGAGUGCAGACUUGAGGAAACAUUUUUUUGCCCCCCACGGUCUGUUUUCCACAAGUUCUUGCUGAGAUUUCCUGCCCAGCUUAAGUUGUGAUGUCGAACGCCACAACUUUGUUUACUCGGGUUCCUGUUGUAAAAAUUUAAGAUUAAACAGUGCUUGCUAUAAAAGUGCCAUGAUUGGGAGGUGUUCAUUUAAAUAAGAAUAAGAAGAAGCUUUGUUGCAGUGUUCAAGCUGCAGACUAUUUUUUGUUACAUAAAGGAACACAAGGACCAUCAAUACAUUUUAUAAGGAUGUUAAGAGAACCCCUCUACCAGAGUUGCUAAGCUAAAGUGUAUGUCUAAGAGUUUUUUUAAAAAGUAGGUUUUCGGUUUGUUUUGUGUUCAUUAAACCUCCUGGGAGGUUUCAUGGCAAGCUUCAGAAGCCUUAUUCAGAUAUAAAGUUGGCCUUUGUUAAAUUUAUUAUUUAAGAGCUUUAAAAAAAUCCUAAUAAGAUGAAAGGCAUUUUUCUUUUAUCUAUGAAGACCAAUGGAUACUGCUGGUAUUUGUGUUUAAUUUUUAAAUUUUUCUUAUAUGUAUUUAGGUCACAGAUUACAUGUUCUUUUCACACACUCAUUCUUGAUAGUGAUUUCCAUGUUUUUGAUUCCCAUGAAAAUGUGUGAUCAUUUGUUUAUGGAUGGGUUCAUAAAGAAACUUGUAUUCAUUCCAGAAGUGUUCAGGUAGAAAUGAGUGUUGGUUAUGUAAAAACCAAAAAACAAGACAGGACCAAUUUACAGGUUACUUGCAAUGGGGGAAAUAAACAUUUCUGUAUCAUGUUAAGAGUUAAAACAAGCACUCCGUAGCCAGCAUCAGGAAGAACUGUUAGAACCACUUGGGAGGAGCUUUAGAAGUUGAUAUAAUUGCAGCGUGAACUGAAAUAUCUUUACAUGUCAUUCACCUUCUGGAACAUCAGUUCAUCCUGUAGGAAUUUUGCCCAUUGGGAGCAGACAUUUCAGAUAAUGGUGUUGCAAAAUGAACAACUGAUUGACUGGUUUCUUUUCACUCUAUAACGCUGUCACUUGCUCUCUGAACUCAGCAGAAAUGCAUAUUUUGAGAGAAUGGAUGUGUUUUGACAUAACACUAAACUAUGGUUUGUUGCCACAUGAACGGUUCUCAUGCCAUCCCUUCUCCUUCCGCAAGGCGGCUGUGAGGAGAUUGGAAGCACUGCCUUCCAUUUUCCAGUACCUGCAGUUUAUUGUUAUGUUCAGAACAGAACUGUGGUUUGUUUAACCAUGGUUUUACGAAACAAUUCAACUUCCACACUGUGGUUCAAAAUCCUGGCUUGUUCAGAAAAGCUGCAUUAAAAACUAAUCACAGUUCCCAAUUUGGAGAUAGCACAAACCUUGGUUGGUUGCAGAUGAAAGAGGGGUGAGGGAAGCAGUUAAUGCAUGUCAUGUUAUAUUAUGGUUUAUUGUUACACCGGAACACAGUCAUUGUCCAGAACUUGUUUAAAGAUAGCAGUGUAGAAUUCACACAUUACCAAAACAAUUGCCUUCAGCUAGUUUUCUUGACACUGCAAAUUCAAUUGUUUUUAUUUCACUUAAUAUGUGUAACUGGUUGUAUGCUGCACUGUUUUCCUGAAUUGUUGUUUGAAUACUAGAAUGUCUAAAACCAUUGUUUUCAUCCCUGUUUGUCUAUCAUUAUUUAGCAAUAAAUGGACAUGCAAGAUUAUUUUGCAUGAUAUUAGAAAUGUGCUUGUGGUUUUCAAAUACUGAAGUGGCCAGCUGAUCAUUCAAACACCAAGUUGCAGUGCUAUUUCAUAAAGUAAUCCUGUAAAUCUACCUUUACAUGUAUGAGUAGAACGUCUGCAACUAGUCUUGGGGCCGAACAAAUAAUUGCUUACUUAAUUUUGAUGGGUGUAAGCCCACUUCAAAGAAAGUUAAUUGAAAAUGGAAUUUCGUUAGCCCAGGAUUCCUCAUUAUUUCUGAGUAGCAAAGAGAAAUUAUGCUCAGUGAUUAAUCACACCAUUUGAAGGAACAAAUGUGUUUCUGUACAGAAUAUUUUUCAAGUUCUGCAAGCCCUGAAUUUUUUUUUAAAAAUUGGGUAGUUAUUUUUAAAUGCAAAUAUUUAUGUAAGUUUUUUGCUGUUACUUUAUGAGUCAUAGUUUGCUUCUUGUAAUAAAUUUGUAAUCAACUGAUGGCUAGUAGUCCUGUUAAUAAAUAGCUGCUUUCCAGACUGGUAUUCAAGAUGGGUUUUAAAGAUUUCUGCCUUUUUUUGUUUGUAGUCCAGCUUUGGCCAUUGUGUAUUAAAGCCUGGGUGUACACUCUCUGUUUUAUGUCCAUAGUAAAGAAACGGUACUUGCAGAAAUUGGUCUUGGGUUCAACUAGCCUGGUUCUAAACAUGUUAACUAAGCAGCCAUUGGUUACCUGACUUUGAUGGGUUGUCAGUGUCCUCUGAGAACUUGAAAUUAGCAAAGGAAAAGGUUGAAACAGUAGCACUAUGCAUCCUCCAAAGACAUAGGACUUGCUGCUAAUGCAAGCAAUAUUGUGUCUGCUACUUACAAUACAGUCAUACCUCAUGUUGCAUCCCCUUCAGGCUGUGUGUUAUCGUCUUGCGUCCCGUGGCAACCCGGAAGUACCGGAAUGGGUUACUUCUGGGUUUCACCACAUGCGCAGAAGCGUUAAUCGCGCUUCAUGCAUGUGCAUAAGCGCCAAAUCGCACUGUGAGUUGCGGGCUUUUCACCUUACGGAUGGGCCUCCGGAACGGAUCCCAUCUGUAACACGAGGUACCACUGUAUAGUAAUAAUUAGGAGAACCUGCCAGUAGCCUUCUGAAAACAGGACUAUUCUUGCAAGAUGCAUAGCUCAGAUUUCAAAACUAGCAGAAUUCUGCAGUAGCUGUCUUUCAAGUAUUCCACAGAAAGAUGGAGAACUGGUGUCUGGAAUGGUUUGAGUGGUGGAGGAUUAAUUAUACAGCUAAUUAUUCUGUAGUAUAGGGCAGAGCUUUUCAUGUUGGUAACACAUUUUUUAGACUGCAUCAUUUUGCCACAUGGUAAUUCAGUUUUACUAGCAAACCGGAGGUUAAACUAACUCCUUUCCAGCCCCAGGAGGAACACGGGGAGUGUGUCUGCGACACACCUACACACUGCAACUGACACAUUAAAGUGUCGCAACACACAGUUUGGAAAGCUCUGGUGCAGGGGUUCCACCAAAAUUGAACCUCCAUUAUGGUGUAUGUGUGUUUCUCCAGUCUGGGGAAAUGUGAGGUUUUCUUAAGCCUGCUUACUCUAUUGUAAAGAAGAGGGGUUAUUCUUUAGAUCCAGCCUACUCUAAAUACAGCCAUUAACAGAUUGGGAUGCACUUGGAUUAUCUGUCACACCACAAAAAUUUCCAGCCACUUUCUGAUUUGGUACCACAGAAUCAGGGCUAUUCUCAUAACACCUAAAUAAACCCACUGAGUUCAGGUUCAUUGAAGGAAGCCACCAACUGUCCAUCUUUGGGGAGAACUGUAUGUUUAUUCAUUUCAAGAACAGCAGAUAAAAUGAUACCUUUGGGCCUUGUUUGUUUUAUAUUCAUUAAUUUUACUGUUUUUUAUAUAAUAUAUUUAAACAGCCUCUGCAAGUUGGGGGUGCGAUAGUGUGAAUCUACCCUGAUUCUCUCUGAAACAGCUGUCCCCUCUCCAUCCCAGAAGCUUGAUUGAGGAUGGCUUCAUAAAGAGACUGCAUAAAUAUUUCAAAUGAUUAGAAUCCAGGUCUGGGCAAAGCUCAUAAAAUGUACAAUUCCUUAUACCCGCAUCUAAAGGCUUCCAAAGUUGCCUCUUUGCAAGUACCCCGUGCAACACAGCAGGUCACCAACAUUCAGGACAACUUCAGGAACACCCUUUAAACUUAGCAUGAGAAGCUGUUGAGUGUGUAUGUGAAAGAAACCUGGGUAUGUGUAAACAUGCUUUUGUUGGGACUCUGGUCUUCAGUUCCAGCAUCAGAUUUUUAGAGACUACCAGUGCAUUUGACAUAUCUACCCCUGCUUUAUAUGAUCAUUCCGGCUAAAGGCCUCAAUCAAUUGCCUAUUUUUGCUGCAUGUUAGGACUGCCGGGGGCAGGCCAGAGGAAUAAGGGAUGGGAUUUCUCAAUCAACCAGCAAGUGGUGAGAUUCCAGCCAUGAUGUUCUGAUUCUCUGCAGCAGCCUGAUUCCACCUUGUAGAGAAGGGAAAUAACUCAAAGCUCUGAUGUUCUUUUAAAAGGCAAGCAAAAUAAAGUGGUUUUCUUCUUGUCUUCCAUAGAGUUUACAGAUGCUUCCUCAACAGCGGAAGGCCAUAGCAAAAUUUAAAGAGCCCUCUGAUGCAUUGAAAUUUCAACAGAAGUUUCACAGGUAAAUAUUAAUUCUAAUUUUGCCAUAUCUAAAAUAUCCUAGACACAUUCUACUCAAACCACUAUACAAGAGCCUUUUGUCUUCUUAAAGAGAUGAGAAUUGUUUCACCUUGGGAACUUCCAAUAGGCUGUUGUGAGACACGGGAUACUGAAUUAGGUAGGCCUUUAGUCUGAUCCAGUAGGGCUGUUCUAAUGUUACAUUUAUGAUCACAAACAAAUAUUGAAUCCCCUGUUUCUUCUCCUCUUUGUGGGCCUUCCACACAGCUAAACCAGUUUCCCAUGAUGUCUGGCCUGGAAACCUAUAGUGCAAGCAGCACUUAAACCACAGUUUCCCUGUUUGGAUGUCAGAGGAAACUUGAUUAACAAGCCCUCAAGUCAGGCGCCUAAAUGGGGGGCAAGGAGGGAGGACCUGGCUUGCAUGUCAUUCAGUAAACCAUGGAUUAUUAGACUGACAUGGUGAUGUCUGAAACAUGUCUUGGACUUGUGAUAAAAACGUGCAGAAAGUAAGGCUCCUUAGUUACACUUAAUGGUAUAAGCUAUUGUGCUCUUUGUAGAAAACGUGUUCCUUGACCAUUGUCUGUUGACCUUCUUCUUAGGCAUAUGAUAGAUUUGUCCCACAUCAACGUGGCACUGAUAGUGGAGUGACCUGAGCGCAACUGGUCUGUUCUUCUACAUGUAGCUUCCUUUGAAGGAAGUCGCAAGACAGGAUCUCCUCACGAUCUCCAAUGCCAGCUUUGCAGUGCCCCGCUGAAACUUCAGACUACUCUGUGACACUACAGACAGCAGCAGCUUUGUUGCAGUGGAAGCUAGAGUUAACAAGGAUCCAGAAACGGAUAGUUUUGUAUUGGCUUUCUUUUACCGUGUUGACACAUGGAGCUAUAGGUCUCGUGUCCUUGUGCACAAAUGUGCGUACACAGGUGUUUUUUCGAGAAAUGUACUAUAUGAUCACAGUGACUCAGAUUGAAAGAACACUAACUUUGAAUUUUUUUAUGCUUCUUCAUAGCAAAGAAUAUAUGAUAAUGGUUGCUCUUAUCUUCCAUGUGGGGUGUUGGAAUGAGAUGGUGUCCAUACCUAUCUGGAUAUUUUUUUUAGCUAAGUAGAUAGAAUAAAACAUGGGCUGUGUAAUUUGUUGGUAUUUUUCCAAGAGUUCAUUCUUGAAAGCUCUUAUUCCCAGUGAGGUGAAGCCAACAAUAUGAAGUAAUGUGCAUGCUCUCAACCUUUUCCCCUUUCCAACAUCACCUUGUAGGAAUAACCUUCCCCUUUUCUUCUCCUGGCUUAACAAGUCUCUCCUUCCCAGAGUAUCUGAAAGGCAGGACUAUUAGCAUUCUUUUAUUAUAUCUUAGAUUGCCUUCAGAGGCGAUUGCAGGAUGUCAGGGUGGGGGUGGGAACCUGUACAUGUUUACAUUCAAUAUAACACUAGUAGUAGUAUUCAACGAAACAAGAUUCAUUCCUGGCAGGUGGUUAUGAAUGGUACCAUUAUUUUGAUUAGCAUCUUUCCUUGAGAUUUUCUUGGUAUAAUGAUUUUCAGCAAAGACUGCAUAAUGGCAGAGGCUGUUGAAUUGAACAAGUUGAACUUACAAAGACUUUUUAUUCCAUGGGAUGCCAGGAUGGUCUAAAAAUUAUGUGCAGACUUCAAGGAAACUGUGUUUUAUGUAAGAAGUAAAGCUUUUUUCAUUGUAUCCUGCUUGUUUCUUCCAAAGGAAGGGAUCUUUUUGUUACCAAAAGCUCCUUUGUACCCCGAUGUCUUUUGGGGAGAGAGAGAGCGUCCUCUAGAAAUAUUUUUCAGUGCUAAUAUAUUAGGCAACUGCCAGAAUGGCAAAAUUACAGAUAAUAAUCUGUAAUUACAAAGCAACUACAAGCAUUUUGUGUGUGUGUGUAUGUGUGCGUGCGUGUUGGCUAGAAUAAAAAUGUUAGAGCAGGAGAAAGAAUUACCAUUUAAAAAUACUAUUUAAGACUUGCAUUUUAUGUGAAAUUAUGAACUGGUUUGUUUUUAAAAAAACCAAACUCUAUAUACAGGUAGGAUUUUAAAAACUGAAUUCUGAAUUAAGAUGAAGCAGUUAAGCUAUAAAUAUUGUCAUGUCGUUUAAUGGCAAAAUUGCUUUCUUUCCCCUCUGGAAAUAUUGCAGGAGUAGCUUUAUUAGGGUGCUGUAGUAGUAAAAGUUUGAUCAUUUUAAUUGUGUUUUUAAUGACUAGCUAGUAAGCACCCUCCUGCUCCUUCUGAAGUGCUCCACAGAGCCAUGCUGUGGGGGUGAGUUUUGUUUUCCUUUGCUGUCUUAGGCCUUUCAUUUUUGCUUCUUAGUCUUAGUUCACGAUGGAUGGCUUAGUUUCCCUCUGCUCAAGAGCGCUUCAAAGGUUUACAGGCAUCAAGCAUUGUUCAUAACUGAACAGACUGUACUUACCUCCCAAGUCAGCUCUGGUCCUUGUGCAGAUACUAAGCCUGCCUUUUAGGGAUGAUUUAAAAAUUAUUCACAAAGCUUGGAUCUUCACCCCACUGUGCAGCUACAGCUUCUCAGUAACAAAUAAUAGACUUGGCAGAAAACAAAAAAAACCAACGGAUUGGUCAAGGUGGUGGUUGAACUGCCUGGGAUGUGGGCAACUUUAAUGAGCUGAGCUCCGUAGCGAGCAAGACUUGGUUGGUUUGGCUUUGUAAAGGUGCGGAUUUCAUGGUGCCUAAGCUUACAGUUCAGAUCUGCUGGUGUCAACGGGACUUGUGCUUAAGGAAAUGGUGAGGUUUUGUUGUUCAACUGUUUACAGGUUUCAAACCUCUCUGUCCAUAGGCUGUGGUAUGGCAUUUAAUGCAGUUUGUGCUUUUGUCUGAGUAAAGUGUAGUCACGUUUGUCUGACCUCAUCUGUUACAGGCUAUAGUGUAUGCAGUGUGCGCUCACACACAGCAUUUCAAUGCAGGAACAUUCCUGUUUGGUUAUAGAAAGAGGGAGAAGCGUACAAUUCUUUCCCCUAGCAGCGGAAAACCUGUGAUCUGGGUGGCAGGCACCCAGCCUCUGGGUUGAAUUAUCAUUAAGAUAGUGUAAUAAUAUAUCUUGAUUGAUUAAUGCUCACUUGGAACCGGAUAUGUUGGCAGGAUCACAGGGUGGCUUUUCUUUCUUUUCCCCCCUUUCCUUUUCUGUUUUUUGACGUGCUCUCCACAAAAGCAAGAUCACAGUUAAGAACAGGAGGCCCUGUCCUUUGUACAAUGUUUCCCCAGUUUAAUUUUUUGUAGAAGAUCUGUUGCAACCAUUAUCUUGUUCUUUCUGUAUCAUGCAUUUGAAAUAAGAUGUGAAAUGCAAGAAUUGCAUUUAAUGUAUUAUGUAAAUAAGGGACUUUUAAACAAAAUGUAAAUGAAGCUCUUCUUGCACUUGCAAAUUCAGCCGCAUCAAAGCUUAUUUGGUGGGGAAGGGGGUGUUGUUGUCUUAUCGAAGUUGAGCGGAAGAAGUUCCAUAAAUGUUCUUUUUUUGGUGUAACUCUUCAACUUUUUUUUUAUAAAGAUGCUAGUAAGUCAAUACAUAUAUCCUGACCUGUGUAUUAUUUGUCCAUAAACUUUCAGAAACCUGGAAUGGAUAUUUAGCCAGUGAAUACUAUCAGUGGAAUAGUUUUCCCCCUCGGUUUUUUCUUUUCACUUAAAUUUGCAACAUUUCCUAGUAUACCUCAGUUCAUGUCCUUGCUAACAAAAAGAUGCAGCCAACUUACAUGUGAUACUGGAAUAGAAAUUAUGGUUUUAUAGCAAUGAACAAUACGGUAAAUAAGCUAAUUGGGAAAUACAGUAUCUGUCGUUUUUACAGGGGUUUGUGUGUUUUUAAUUUGGGCAAGGGAGCUUUUUAGGUUUGGUAACCUUAAUUUAUGAAAUAUAUUUACCUGCUGGAUAAGAGUGUUUCUAUCAAGACUGUGAAAUGGAGGUUGUUUACUUCGUUCUCAUGAUGCAGACGAGUCAGGGGAACUUGCACCAAUCCUCCCUGUAUCAGUAUUGUGUUUUAACACUCCUUCAAACUAUCAAAAGAGUUUUUGUUAUAAUGUUGAGCAUAAAGGAGAGAUACUCAACUUAAGUGAGUUUAUAAAUAGCGGUUUCCCCCCCUAAUGCUCGGACCAUGAACUAUAGAGGCUAAACAUAAAGUUUAAUUAGCUAGGGAACAAUAUAUAAAAUACAUGUUGCUGCAAUCUACAACCCACAUCACAAUAGAUUUUUUGAAUAGUUCUAAUGUCCCAUGGACCAAAAAGAAGGAGGAGGAAUAACUGGCCUCUGACUUCCAUUCCCUUGGUCAGGGAUGAGGAAUCUUUGUUUCUUCAUAUGUUGCUGGACUACAACUCCCAUCAUCCCUCACCAUUAGCCAUGCUGGCUGAGGCCAAUGGGAGUUGGAGUCAAACAACAUCUGGCAGGCCCCAGGGUCCCAAUCCUUGCCUGUUGGUGGAAUAAUACCACAAAAUAUAUGGCAAGUCUCAAUCACUAAUGAAGAGAAUUAGGGUGAGUCUAUAUGAUCAUGUAUAUGGAGAAAUAUUGGCAUGAGAUGACAUUUCCCCUUCAUUUUUUAUUGGUUGGUUGUUCCUAUCAUGAGCCCCACAUGGGGAAAUCAAAAGGGAGCACAUUGUUUGAAGCUGAUCUUCAUGGUACCAUGUGUCAUUACCAUGGGAACAUGUACCCAAAGUGGCCAAUGCUAAAGAAAUGAAGAGUUAAUGUCACCUUGUGGUGAUACUUUUCCCGGUAAGAAUUGAUAUUGAAAACUUGCUCUUUCUAGUUUCACCACAUUUUACUUGUGGCUUUUAUCCGCAACUUAAUCAGCCUUGACAGCCAGUUUUCCAAAGAUGUAGCCUGACAUUUUUAGCUGGCAUCAGAUGGCCGUCAGAUUGACUUAGACCCACGGGGUACACUUUAGAUACUAGCUCAGUACUAAAUAUUUUAGCUUAAUUAUUUUUUGCUACGCUUCCUUUCCAAAUUCCACCAUUAUAUUCUUCAUCUGGAGAACCUUGUAACUUGCCCAAGAAUCUUUUCGCCAGCAUGUGGAAAGGGAAUGAGAUGUGCUUCCUUAACCCUCGUCUUUCCUGGAUAGGCUCAUAGUCCCAUGGAUGUUAUACAGGCGUCUCCCCACUUAACGCAGGGGUUACGUCCCCAGGUACUGCAUGUAUAUGUGAAAUUGUGUAUAUGGUUUUUUGGGGGGGACAUCACCUAUGAAGCCUGUAAACAUCCUCUAAACCUCUGGAAACCGUUGGGAAAAAAACCCGUUAGAAAACCAGCAGCACAUAACGAAAACUCUGCCAAAGAUCCUUCAAUCUCUACCACAGUCGCUCCCUCCUUUCUCAAAUUCCAACUCCCCAUAGGCCUCAAAGAUCAGUGCAAAGGCUCCUGGAAUAGCUAGCUGUUUUCCCCACUCUUUGUGCGCCAUUUUUGCAGUUUUCCCGGUCUUUUGGGGCCACUUUUGUGCCUUUUUUCAGUUUUAAUCAGUUUAGUUUAUUAUUUCCCAGUGUUGUGCAUAUACCCAGUCGCUCAUGAGUCCGACGUGCAUAAGUGGGGAGACGCCCGUAUUGCCCUGUUCCAUUGGCCUUCCAUUACAUGAGCGCUUACGCAAAGUCUUUAAGUUACUGGCCUCUCAUACCUCACUGAUGGACAACCCUUUCUUGUGUCUUUCUUUGAUCACUUGCUUACAUAACCUGUCUUACUGUCUUCUUAGCUUUAUUUUGCAGCAGCACUUUUGGACAAAAUGAAGAUUGCUUUAAGAGACAACCGAGGGUUGCAAUUAGGUUUUAAGCCAUAGGGUACCUCUAGACUCCUGACUUGUUGAGGGCUUACCUGUGGAAUGUUGCGUUAGCAUCGCUCUUUAUAUAUCAGGAUGAAUUUAUAAUCCCAAUAACUAUAAGAGGAUUAUUGCAGUAGUAUUAAAUCCUAAGGAUUUUACGUUAGGUUUUUUUUUAUAACCUAUUUAAUCUUUUUUUAAAAACGAGCUCGUUUAGCUACCUAUAUAAGCCUAGAGGGCUUAUUUACAUACCAGUGAUUCACAUUGAAUCUCAUGUAUACCAGCUUCUGGUAUUUAUACUUCUGUCUGGGGAGAAUUUCUCUUGGGGUGGGGGAUAUUCAGCGGGUUUAUUCCAUGCUCACCUUUGGGAGAAGUGUCACUUUUCACAUUACAUGAAAGUUUUGUGUAGAAGGUCAACUUUCUAAAGAAAUAACAAUAAUAAUGAAUUGCCUCUAUUCUUCAUUGGCUUGGAUGUAGAUCCGAUAAAAAGAAGGCAACCUGUGAACACUUGCUGAUUUUUCAGAAGGUCAUUGUUAGAGGUUAUUAGCACAUGCUGACAAACUGGGAAGCUAAAUCCAUAAAACCCAAUUAAAUGGAGCACCUAGUAGGGUUGUUUUUUUUAAUGAGUUAAAGUAGGAAUGUUAUCUGUUCAUUCGGUGAGGAUCACUGUUAACUCUCAAAUUGUAUCAUAUUUCUCUGUUUACUCUUAAAUUGUAUCAGAUUUAUCUGAUUAUUUGUGCAUCUUAACUCUGGUGUAGCAAUUUUUCUUUCUCUGAUUUCUGCGUAACUACAAUUAAAUACAACUUUUGUUUUAAAUAACCGGAUUACUUUCUUCACAGGUAUAGGACACUGGGGAGUUGAUUCCUGCCUGCCCCCCAAGCUUUGACCUGGAAAUAAAUAUAUUUCUUUUUUACAGAUACAACUGAUGCAUUAAACACUUUUCAUUCACAGCAAACCUUUGGGCUGAUGCAUCUUAUGCUGUCUAAGCUUUUUUAAAAAACACUAUAAUAGUUUAGAUUUUGGUCCAUGUCUGGGUUUACUUUUUAUGCCGUAGCACUUUUCAAUUCCCAUUCACAAAAUGCUUUAUAGUUCUUAACUCAUUGACCCUCAAUAAUAAUACCCCGAGCAAUAAAGCGGCCUUUGUGAGGCUAUUUCCACAGAGGUAGUAGUGUUAAUCUGCUGUAGAAAGUAACAAAGAGGCUUGUAGCAACUUAAAUAUAACGUUUGGAAAUAUUAGACAUGUGCCCAAGGCCAUCCGGUUAGCUAAACCUCAUAAGGGGGUGUCAUCUCAAAUUAAACUGAUCUGUAGAAAAUGUAACUUGAAAAAAGAGACAUUGCACAUACCUCUGUAAACCAAUAAAUCUUUAAUAAAAAUAUGUUAAACUACAGAAAAAUAAAAUAAAGGGGUUGUCACCCUUUUGGGCAUGACUUUCCACUGUACAACACAGAUUUACUACGUUCCCAUAUAGCUAUUUAAGAAGAGAACUGCAUCCCUCUUUGCUGUCAUCUUGUUCCACACCUCUUCUUCCUAUUUAGGAGGCCCGUACGUCCCAAUAAGUUGAACACAUUAGUUUUCCUCCUCCCGGACCAGAGUGUAACUCUGCUGACACACACAAAGACCCCUGCCAGUUGCUAUGACCAUCAUAUAGCCAGAUCAUUCAGCUCAAGACAAAGGAUCUUCUAUGUUUCAUGCUGAUGUCUUGUGGUGCCUGUUGGUUGCUCUCCUCUCCCAAAUGGUAUUCCUGCUUCUGACUCCUUCACUGUGAGGCCUGGGAGGAUCUUGCAUGGAAGCAAUUGCCAUGGCAACAUGGUAGCCUUGCCCAUUGCCUUGCAAGGAAAACAGGGGAGGCAUUCCACACCCAGCUUGCAACAUACGGAACAAAUAGAACUCCACCCUUGAGUCUUUCACCAAAUUGGAGAAGUGCCAGCGGUGUUUGCUCUCCGCUUAGGGCACCGCUGGGGAACCGUUGGCCCCGAGUUCUUGGACUCCAGCUCCCAUCAGCCCCAGCAAACGUGGACACUGGUCAGGGUUGACGGGAGCUGUGGUGCAGCAACAUCUGCAGGGCCCACUGGUUCUCCUCUCUGGAGGAUCCCAGUCUCUCUCUGGGCCUUCCCCUGUCAUGGAGGUGAACCUCCUUGAACCCCAAGAGUCCACUUGGCUUCAGGAACCCCAAGCACAAGACUCUCAAGCCCCUCCAGCCUUUGCUGAGCCACUCUUUUGGAAUCCAUUGGGCCAUUUCACUAACAAGGCACUUUGUAUCAAUAUUUUAGAUGGAACAGAGGCGUUUCCACAUCCCUUUGAAUAAUAAUAAUAAUAAUAAUAAUAAUAAUAAUAAUAAUAAUAAUAAUUUAUUUAUACCCCACCCAUUUGGCUGGGUUUCCCCAGCCACUCUGGGCGGCUCCCAAUAGAAUAUUAAAAACACAUAAAACAUCAAACAUUAAAAACUUCCCUAAACAGAGCUGCCUUCUAAAAGUCAGAUAGUUGUUUAUUUCCUUGACAUCUGAUGGGAGGGCGUUCCACAGGGCGGGCACCACUACCGAUAUUAAAAUAUAAUUUUAAUGUUUGCAGGUGCUUUAGCUGCUUCCAAGGUGCAACUAAUCUUUUUCUUUACAGGUUUGCUUCUUUUUAGGAACAAUGUGCAUUGCAGAAAACAGGGAGGGAGAUAUGAUUUAACCAUUCCACUUAUGUGCAUUCCUUACCCAUACAGGAGAGUGGUACCUUUGGCAGGCCUGGGAGAACAAAGUAUUAUUAACCUUUUCCUCCCCUUCUUCCUUUUUGCAGGCUCUCCUAAUUCUCUCUGAAUUCAGUGGUAGGAGUAGCUCUAUAACAUUUCUCACGUAGCAAUAGUGUUAACCUUUUGAGCCAUUUAUUACGAUUGCUGUGGUGUGAUCCUAUCCUGUAACUUCGUGAAAUACUGUAUACAGCUUGAGCACAAGAAGCAAUGCCGUUCAGACUUGUAUUUCUCUGAUAUGGACUGUGUUUAUUAGGAUAAAUGCAGGAGACAGCUCUGACAUGAUAGUGACUUCAAGGGGGUGGGGGCUGCUUCUCGCCACCUCAUGUUCUCUACAGAAUCAACAACCCAAGUUAUUUUGCAGCUCGUUUUGUUACAUGUAAUCUUGUGUGCAUUUUUGCUUCAAAAUUCCUUCUUGCCUUGGAAGAUUUCUCUGGAGGUUGUAAAUGUGAUAUGAAUGUAAAAAUGCAUGACUUCUCAGAAAUGACCAGUGUAAAAAGAGAGAGAAAAGAUUGGAUUCCAGAUUUCAGCUGUCCUGCAGUUAAAACGCAUCCAAAUGUAAUUGAAAUGUGCAAAUAAAAGUCUUUUCAUUGUACCUUG